UAUAAAAGUAGCUAACAGGUGGUCUCCGCAGAGCGCUACACACACAGGAGUUCUUGCCCUUGCGUUUGUAACUCUGCCUGUGGGCGGAGCUUAUAAACGAGGCCUGUCGCCGAUCAUUGUCGUCACUUCCUUCCGGAAACGCAGCCGUUUGUCGUCAAGGCGAGAGGUCAUCGAGCAGGCGCACAACUUGUUCCUGUAGUGACUGCUCGACGGGUUGUCUUUACCGGUGGGUUAUGGAGAGGGCGGGAGAGGGCGGGAGAUGGUGUGUGCGGGCAGGGCCGGGGCACCGAGCGCGGCUCAGCCUUUGGACCAGCUCUGGGCGAGCAAUGGUGCACUGUGGGCUAGUGCGGGGUCCGGAAUGACGGCAGAGAGCUGGACCGGGGGCUACUGGGAGGGAGGUGCAGGCUGACAGCUCCGAGGGGGACACUUGUUGUGGUGUGACUGCCUGUCAGAGAUGGCAAGGGUUUAUGGGAGCUUGGAUUGCCAGUGAGAUCCCCGGACAGGGGUGACAGGCUGUAUGGGAGCUGGGAAUACAUGAGGAUCAUAGGACUUUAACAUCUCUUGGAAUUUAAAGAGUGUUUGUGUAAUGCAAAAACUCAGUCAUUAUUAUUUUUUUAAACUAGUGAUAUCACUCAAUUUUAAACUAGUGAUCUAUAUGUCUAUAUAUGUAAUUUAAAAAAAGUAUAUUUUUAUUUUUUUAUUAGAUAUACAUUAAAAUGUUUGUAUGUGUGUGUGUAUGUAUGUGUGUGUGUGUGUGUAUAUAUAUAUAUAUAUAUAUAUAUAUAUAUAUAUCUAUAUCUAUAUCAUGAGGAACGUCCUGCACUGGGACUGAAACGUUGACAUUUUUUUUUUGCAUUGUUUUAUAUGUAAUCAAUAAAAGCAAAUUUUUAUUGAAAACGUGAGUACGGACCAUCCAUCCAUCUGUAUUUUGAUGACCACGGGCCAGCGCCUGGAUUAAAGAAGUAUUAGUUUUAUUUACAGCCUGUAGUGCAUGGGAACAUUGGAAUUUAUAUAUAUAUAUAUAUAUAUAUAUAUAUAUAUAUAUCUAUAGUUUUUUUUGGAUUUUUUUUUUUUUUUUUAGAUUGGGUAUCUCAAAAACAAUUGAUAAAAACUUAACUCCCUGCACAGAAGCAGGGGAGAUCAUAGAGACUUACUUGUCUGUUUUCAAAUGCUGUCUAACCCAAGGUGCAUGUGUGUAGGAUUCAUUCAUUUUUGUUCAUAGACAUAAUUUUACCAAAAUCUGUUUACUUUUAAAACUUUAUGAAAGAGUUAUUGUAUUAAAACAAGUUUUGAGGUGUCUAUUAUUUAAGCAUAAUUAUUCAUCCCCUUGAAGUGGUCUGGAUGCACAGUCACUUUUUCCUUCACUCUGCAAUGUAAAACAUUACAGUUUUAGAGAAAUUGAUGUGAGAAGUGAUAAAUCUGUCUCUAGUUGCUUAAUGCUUAUGUGGCGCAUUCACAUUAGGUUCACCCCAUUGGCUGACGUCAAGGGACAUUGGAGCUAGAGUCAGAUAAGUGAUUAAAAAGUAAUUUAAUCCUUUAUUUUGGUAGGCGAGGGGACUGCGGUGGUCGCAGUGGCAGAGGGACAAUAUAGUGAUGGGCAUACUUCUUUGUAUUCCUAACACUAUAGUGUUCCUUUAAACUGAUGUUGCAAUACAUUUUUUUUGUAAAUAGACUGUAAAAUAUACAAAAUGCAAGAUUCCAAAAUGUAAACCUGCUUGAAAUAAAUAUUCUAAAAUGACACUUAAUCCUGCAAAACUCCACACGUUUAUGAUCAUAAUUGUCCUCCAGAUAUUAAAUGUUAAGACAAAUAGAUUUUUUCCUUUGCUUAUGGGAUACAAGCGAGAUAUCAUUCCAAUUCAUUUGUCACUUUCAAAAAUCUUUUAACCUUUUAGGAAGGAAAAAAUUAACUUCAAGAAGACACUGCUUAAUCAAGCUUUGAAAAUUGCGACCAAAACAUUUUUUUUAGGAGAGAAACUCUACGAGAAUAGGUGAAGAAUGGCAGCAGAUAAAGCAGGAGGUAAGACCCCUGAUAAUUGUUGUAACUUUGACAAUUUUAUCCACUCUAUAGUACUUUGUAAGUUUAAUAACAUCCAUAUGUAUUUAUUGGUAGCUGUUUAAAGAGAGAUUCUAAGCUCAGUUCUGAUUUGAGCUUACAGUCUUAGUAUUUAUGUACUUGGAAUAUUGGGGCGCCUUCUUUAAGCUUUGUUAAACCGUUUUUAAGAAGUUUGACGAUAAAACAGCCUCUGCUGGCACUCAAAGGAUGGUUCCUCUGCUGCCUUUUGAAAAAUGCUUACAUUCCACCAAUGAAUUAUCUAUCUUAGUUCACAGUAUACAAAUGCUUCCUACCUUAAAUGCCCAUUACCUGAGUUUCCAUACAUUGUUAUUGCUUCUCUCUCCAUGUAAUUGUUACAAAUGAAGUGUGCAGAAAAGUAAAAACCUACAAUAAUCAAACAUAUUCAGCUUUACCAAAUGCCUCUUGCUUGAAAAUAUUUUAGCGUGCUCCAAAAGUUCAAAUUUGAACUUUUUUAAAAAUGUAUUUUUUUUUUUUUAAACUGUCAUGUGACAAGGUUAUUUCCCCCCCCCAUUUUUACAAUUUUUUUUUUUUUAUAGUAAAUAAACCUCUCAUGUUUUUUAUAUUCAGCAUUCUCUUUGCUUCAUCAUUCAAACUUUUAAGAAACAGGAUUUAAGUGAUCCGUAUUAGCCUGUUGCGCUUUAUUUGAGAAAUAUGUGUGUAUUUGUGCUAUGUCAGAUGCAGAAGUCUUGAGGUUUUUGAAUCCUGAAGCUUCAUAUUUUUAACCGCAAUUAGACAUUUUGGUUUAUGUAUAAAUAUUGUCAUGUUUACUGUCAUGUGAAUGUUGGAUUUUGUGUGUACCAUUUUCUUAGAAAACUAUUACUCUACCCUUUGUACAUUAGUGUGUUAAUUAUUAUUUUUUUUUCUGUAGUAGUGAAUAAAAAAAAUGGCUUUUUAAAAAAAAAUCCGAUUACAUCUUUUCUAAUGCUUUUUAUAGUAAUCACAUUUACACAAUAAGAUAAACUACAUUAGUAGGAAAUAAAGGUAAAAAUCGUCCGGCGCUGGAAAAAAGGUAAGUUUAACCCCUUUCCUCUCCCCAGAGCCCGGCGGGAGUGGGUCCCUGAGGGUGGGGGCACCCUCAGGGCACUAUAGUGCUAGGAAAACGAGUAUGUUUGUUUUCCUGGCACUAUAGUGGUCCUUUAAUUUGAUUUGGCAGAAUGUUAUCAAUAAAUGUUUUAUUCCCUCUGCUUCUCAGAAUUUCUGUUAAAAUACCUUGUAUGAGAUAUAUCUUUGCUAAAUGUUUACAGCGCUUUUUUUUUGCCAAAUAUAUUGAUUGUGGUAAAUUUAACUGUCUACAGAGCAAGGGACUGAAAAGCAUGAGGGAUCUGCUAAUUGUUCUGCUAUUUCUGACCAGGAAAAGGAGUUGGCUAGAUGCUCGUUGCAAGCAUUUACGGUAUGUUCUUUUGCAUGCACUAGUUUUCUCUACGAAAAGUAGGAAAUCUGUCUAUAGUGAGCUUUUAUAAAAGCAAAGCAAAUCUCUGUAUAUUUGGCAUUGGACAACUAUUAUACAAAAAUCGUAUUCACUUUAUUUAACAUUUAAGAACCACAUGACAUUCAAUGCAGUGCAGGGCUUUAAUGCCAAGUGAUGGCAUAGACUGUCAUGCUGAUAACAUCAGUGUGCCUUAUCUGCCUUAUUUGAUCUGGUAUUUGACACUCUGUUAGACUGUAAAACUACACUGCCUGACCUGACCUUUGACUUUCCCUGACUGUGUUUGUUUAUUCCUUCUGUAGUUUGCUUUAGCUUAUUUCUGCUACCUGGGUUCCUCCUGUCAAAAUACGUAACAGUUGGAUUGUGGGUUGCAUUAGGGGAAAAAAUAUUCAUGUGGGGUGUCAUUGUACUCGAACAGUAGCGGAAUACAAAUACGGGGUGUUUGCAGUAGUGGGGCAUACAUGGUCUGUGAAAUUUCCAAAAAUAAGAAGCCUAAAAAAAAUGCACAAAAAUAGCGAAUUUGACCCAGGUUUAUGAUAAAACAGUGUCAAAAUGCUCAGUUACAUAACCUGGGGGUGUCAAAUUUUGCAAAGUUUUAGUUUUAAAGCCAUAAUUCACUCCUUUAUAUAUUUGUUUUAGAUCUAGAAUUAAUUUAAAAUCCUAGACAUAUUGGGCAUUUUAACAGUCAGGACUAAUUUGUGAAUCUGGUUUGUUCUCUUUUUUUUGCACGCUGUGUGUAGAGAUUAUUACUUUUUUUUUUUUUUUUAAUGUUAUAUAUGCAUAUAGGGUAUCAAAAGAAAAAAUGAUUUCUUCUUUGAAAAUUGAUUCAUAAUACGUAUGUCUGCACUUAAACAGGGCGAAAUUGUGACCUAGGUGUUUGGCACUUUUUCCAUGUGUUCAUUCUACCACAAAUGCAUUGCAUCACAUAAAAGCCUUGGUUCUUAAGGGGUUAAAGUGGACUUGAAGUGAAGACUGCAACAAUGCCAUUCAUGAUACACUUUGACUGUUCUGAAAUGGUGUUGUGGCAAAUUAAAUUUUAAAUAUUUUGUUUUCCAAGGCUGGAAAUUAUGAAGCUUCUCUUCAACAACUUGCAGAGCUAAAGGAAAUUAACAGAGAUGAUUACAAAAUCGUAUUGAAUACUGCUGUUGCAGAGUUUUACAAGAGUGGCCAGACCAUAACGGACAAUUUGAGGCAAAUGCUUAAUCAUUUAAAGAAUGAGGUAAUUUAUUAAUAUAUUGCACACUGAUAACUAACGCAUCUGUUUUAGUCUAAAUCGAAGACCAUGCUACUGUCUUCUGAAAACUGUUCAACAUUGUUGCCUGACAUUUGUUAUAAUUUAUUUGUAAACUACACAUUAUGUGCACAUAAACUAUACCUAAUAACGUGCACUUAAUAAAAAUGCCAAGUGGCGAACGCUUGCAAGCAUGCUUCAGUAGUCACUAUUAGAGAUGUCGCGAACUUCUCACGAACGGUUCGCCACGAACCGUUCACGGCGAACUCCAGUCAGCUGACACAUCCCGGCCAAUCUCCAGCAGACCCUCCUACUUCCUGGACAGCAUCCAUGUUGAAGGCAGCUUCAACAUGGAUGCUGUCCAGGAAGUAGGAGGGUCUGCUGGAGAUUGGCCGGGAUGUGUCAGCUGACCGGAGUUCGCAGCGAGAAGUUCGCGGACGGUUCGCGACAUCUCUAGUCACUAUAUAUGUAAUGGAAUACACAAGAGUUGGCCGUACAUUUUAAGGUAGGUUAGUUUGCAAUUGACAAAGUUACUACAAUAGAUGCCAAGAAAUUUGUGAUCUGAUGGGUAUCAUUGUCCUACAUUCUACAAUAAAAAUGUUUAAAGGACCACUAUAGGCACCCAGACCACUUCAGCUUAAUGAAGUGGUCUGGGUGCCAGGUCCUUCUAGGAUUAACCCUUUUUUUUAUAUCUAUAUAUCUAUAUAUCUAUAUAUCUAUCUCUAUCAGUUUCAGAGAAACUGCUAUGUUUAUGUUAGGGUUAAUCCAGCCUCCAGCGCUUGCGUGCUUCUCACUGUGAUUUCCUCUCCAUCCAGCCCGGCGGGGGGGCACCUUCAGGGCACUAUAGUGCCAGGAAAACAAGUGUUUUCUUGGCACUAUAGUGGUCCUUUAAGGAAAGAACAUGUUUUUUGGGGAAUAGGAGUGAAAUAUACUGUAAAGUUAAUACGUCAGAUUAUGUAGCACUAGAACAAUAGUUCUUACCAUAGUUCUCCAGUAACAUCAAAAUUCAAGUUUUGUUAGUCUCCCUAUUGUUGUCUGGAGGUCUUAACUGCGAACAACAAGAUAUAAAUUACUGUAUAAAAGAAAAAUACCCAGGCAUGUCCCUUUCAGUUCUUUUCUUGUCAAAGCGUGGGAUUGACUAUCCUAGAUUAUUAGACAUGGUGAAGCGGCACAUGUAUUGCUUCCGGGGGAUUCGGCCUGAGCGCACCCAGGAUGGAGAGCUCAGUGGCCAGACUUGAACUGAGAAUGUUACAAAGCAAAGACUGGGUACGUUUUAGGAGUGUCAGUUCCAGCUUCCAAGAAGGGCAGUCCUGAGCGGCAUUCAAUGCAUGCACAAGUUCAACGCAUGCUGUAGCGGUUGAACGCACAUCCUGGAGGGGCUUUUUUGAUUUAAUUUAUAUCUUUGAUGCUUGUCCCAUAGGGAAGAACAUCCCUACUGAACUGCGACCAUAUUAAGGAAAAAAUAUUUUACGGCAAGCAAAAUUGCUGAUGUGUGUUUAAAAAAAAAAAAAAAAAGUGCUUGCAAAGUUAUUUGGAAAUAGAUUAAUUAUUAUCGUUACCUGAAGUUUGUAUUAAAGUAAUACCAGUAGUUGUGCCCGCGAUACUAGUGCUGCAUCGCAUAUUGUCUUUUGUCAGUGUGUUGCUUUUUCAUGAAAGGGGUAUUUUAAAAGCAGAGCGGUUAUGGAAUGGUUUGAAGCAUGCUGUAGGGUCUCACCAGGUGUGAGUGGAAUUUAAUGAAUUUGUUAUUGUCAUGAAUAGUAUUCUUUUGCUACUGAGUAAAGUUGUUACAUUGCUAAGGAAAUAUUCUUGUUUUUUUUAAAUUUAAUUUUUAGGUUCAUUCAGCUGUUGAUGAAAUAGACAGCCUAGAUGACGUUGAAAACAGUAUGCUAUACUAUAACCAGGCUGUAAUUCUUUAUUACCUACGUCAGCACAUGGAAGCCAUUUCUAUUGGAGAGAAACUUUACCAGUUCAUAGAGCCGUUUGGUAAGUGAAUGCUUGCUAGCAUUCAUUUGUAGAAAGCAAUUAAUAUCUCUUUAUUUACCCAUUUUACGGAUAAGGCAUGAAAUUGUUCUUUUAGAGGUCUGUCAGCCAUCUUCCUUGAACUAGUUACUGUGCAAGGAGUAAUUUUUAAAUAAUGCGACAUAACCAUCUGGGUAGAAAAAAAAAAAUCUAUCUCUAUAUUAUAACCACAUCAAUGUUGCUAAGGUAUUGAUCCCAUAACAUCACUGUGCUUUACUUUUUUUUUUUUUAAAGUCCGGUUGCACGAGGGCCGCACGUUCUAGUGCCCAGUCUGUUUCCAUAGGUUACAAAGUAGCAGGGGAUCUGCAACAUGUAAGCUUUAGACUUGACUAGUUGGAUAGGCGUUUGUAAUUUGAGCCCUGCCUAAUAAUAUAAUUAUGUUGAACUAUGAUUAUCCAACAUUACAUCAUGGAAGUUGUAGUUCCAGUAAAGCUGGAAAUCUAACUAAAUGUUGUAUUUAAAAUUUGUUCAAUGUGAAAUAUAUGUAUAUAUGUAUAUAUGUGUGUGUAUGUAUAUGUAAAUUUCAAACUGGUUCUUUAGCAGUUUACAUACAUAGCAUACAAUAGAAAGAGUGAACUACACGUUUAAGGAUACAAGGGUGUGACAAACAGUCAGCUGACUAAGAAGCAUGUCACUUAUUUGCUGCAGGCGUUUUUAGUCAUUUUAACUCUGCUUUAAUUUGCAAAACAGUUUAAUAACAUGUAGCAUUUUACUGUUUUUAACAUGCUUUUUAUUUUUAAACAAGCAUUCUUGGUCAGUGACAGGAGAUACAUUCAUGUGUUGCUUACACCAGGAGAGAAGCUGGGCAAGGACAAUCUGUUAAGUGCAGGGAUUGGUCAUCAUUGAAAUUAUGCAGGACCCCAAUAUUUGUGAUUGAAGUACUGGACCAAUUUUAUAUGUAGUCCUCUGUCAAAACCAAAGUGGCAACCUUUUUCUUUUUACUGCAGAUCCUGCAUGCAAUGUUAAAACCACCAAUGCAUGACUGAUCCAAGAUCCACAUAAGCUUAACAGUAUGCAAAUAACGGAUGACAGAAUCUUACUGCAUCAGUAACCGUAGACCUAAAGUCACUCGUUCCUCCAUUUAAAACAGAGCGGAACAGGGGUCACCCAUUGUGUGUUUCACCUGAUCUGAGUACACCAGCUUCUUCUGGUACACAUUAUGUUUACCUUUUUUUUACUCAUCAGAAGUGGUAGUCUGAUCCAAUUACAGUGCUUCUCCAUAGGAUUGGCUGACACUGACAAAGAGGCAGUUCAGGAGCAGAGCCAGCAUGAUUCAAACACAGCCCUGGCCAAUAAGCAUCUCCUCAUAGAGAUGAAUUAAAUCAGUGAAUAUCUAUGAGGAAAGUUCAGUGUCUGCAUGCAGAGGGAGGAGACACUGAAUGUUUGGAUGCAUUUUAGGCAGCAAUGACACAGGGGGAUCUCUAACAGCCAUCUGAGGAGUGGCCAGUAAGGUUAUCACUAGACUGUGAUGUAAACCCUGCAUUUUCUCUGAAAAGUCUGUGUUUACAGCAAAAAGCCUGAAGGUAAUGAUUCCACUCACCAGAACAAAUUCAAUGAGCUGUAGUUGUUCUGGUGACUAUAGUGUCCGUUUAAGCCAUUAUGUGUGUUUUGUUUUUUUUUCUUUCUUUUUUUCAGUCCACCGUUGCAUACUAAGAAUCUAACACAUUUUUAAUUAAAUAUUCCCCAUGCCUACUUAUGGCUUCUUGUACUAAACGUCUUACUUAACCUGUUCAAGGUUACCAGGAUUACUUUUAAUGACCUCCGUUAACCACAUUAAUAUAUGGGGCAACCUUUCUUUUGUAUAACACACAAACUGGUAUCUGCAGAAUCUGCCUCCCUCUGUCUUCAUAGUACAGAGUGUGCUAGCAUCCAGUGUUUCAGCCUGUGUAUCCUGUAUGGGCCUUGCUCAUAUUGAGUACAGCAAGGCAGGUUACUUCUUGUAUCAUGUGAGCUCAUAUAUUUUGAUUCAGCACAUUUAUGUUUAUUUUUUUUUUUAAAGUAUGUUUUAUUUUUUUUCACUUUGGUAAAAUUCUUGAAUGUGGUUUUUUUUUUUUGUUUUUUUUUUUUUAGAACAGACAGUAUUUUUAUAUAUGCACAGCAUUUUAAUAAUGCAGUAAACGAUUUAUGUUUCCUCUGCAUUUGAUAUUUUAAUGUAGAUUUGCACAUUCCUGGUAUGCUGAAACAUUAAUAAUAAUAAUAAUAAAAAAAGCAGCCAACAGGGUUUGUUAAUUUAUAUACCAAGUGGAGGUUAGUUAAUUCAUAAUUACAUAUGACUUAAUUGUAAGUUUUACUUGGCAAGGAAAAAAAAUCCAACAUAAAAAAACAAACAUUUAAGUCCUGAAUUUGACAGCACAUAAGCUGUGUGUUUUUAUUUUUUUUUUUUUAUUUUUUUUUCCUUCUGUAUAUUUACACUUGUGGUACAGUGGUACAGUGGUGUGUGUUUAUUUUUGCAGUAAACAUAUUGUUUGACUGAAUCUGAUAUUAACUGGAAGGACACUAUCCUGUAAACAUUGCAUGUGUUUGUAUUACACUAUGUUCAUAUUUGACAAGUGCCAUAUAUUGCUGCUCUCUCCUUUUAACCAUGUAAAAUGUCAUUCCAUAUUGAUUUGAUAUCUUGCUUUUUAACCAAUUCUAUGUUUUUCUGCAAACUUCUCUUCCCCAUGGUGCUUUGUUUGCCACUGACAUUUUUAGGUAGGCGUAUUUGUCUGAGAACACCUAGAUCGUCGCCCCAAAGCCCUAAAGGACUGCCUACACCAAACAGACGAGGUGAAGAUCCACUGAUAUUUAAUGUUAAGGUUUUCUCUCUUCCCCUCCCCUCCCUUCCCUUCAUCAAGAACCACUGGAAGUUGGCAGGAUAGAGAACCAUCUGUCCCCGGAGCCAGUCAUAAAAGUUUAGACCACUUCAGUUCUCAGAAAUUAAAUUUAUAUAUAUAUAUAUAUAUAUAUAUAUAAUAUUUUUUUGGUUGUUGACAACUUCCAUAAAUGCAGUAUCUCCAUAGCGCUUUGAUUUUUUUUUUUUUUUUUUUGACUAAAUGGUAAUAUAGACACACAACUUAAAUCACAGUUAUGUUAUAUGUAUGCUUAUUUAAAUAUCCUUUAUAUUUUUUUUAAAGCUGUUCUACUACUGAAGUGUUUUCAUAAAUGUGCAAUCUGAUUUUAUUUCUAGCUAUCAUGGGCUUUUUUAAUUUAUUUUUUUACAUUUGUUAAGCACAAGUACCUCUGUGUAUAGUUUCCGGUGCUGAUUCUGGAUUGGUAGCUCAUUGAAACUAGAUAGGCUGUUUAAAAUGUAUUCCCCCAAUUAACUUUACAUUUGUCUACUAAAUAUACAUUUAACCAGUACCUCUGAAUGUGACUCCAGAUGUAAAUCCUAUUCGGCCUUUAUGGAUCAAACAGGAGCUGUUUAUGAGUUGCGGUAAUGAAGAAGAAAAAAAAAAUUUGCAGGAUAUAAAAUGUUUUAGCUGACAUGUACCUUAUUUUCUCCAAUAGGUAUAAAUAUAUACUUUUUUGCUAGAAGAAAAAGACUUGUUAAUUAAGUAUAGGUUAAUUUCUCUAUAAUAUAUAUAUAUAUAUAUAUAUAUAUAUAUAUAUAUAUAUAUAUAUAUAUAUAUUACACACACACACACGUUCAAAUAUGAAUGUGAUGGUGAUCUUCAAUUGCCCAGUUUGUCUGCAUUCAAUAACCUAGAGGAUGAUGGCUGCUGUUGCCGGAAUACAUUUUCUGAUCUCUGACCACAAUUUGUGAUAGUUGUUUACAUUCCAUGUCUCUGCAACUGUCUUUAAUUUCCUUGAAGUGCAGACCUUUCUAGUUCCCCUAAUCUAAUACUAAUUUGCAUGUGUGCAGUUUUAUAAAAUAUUCUAUGUUCUUCAGUUGUCUCUCAGUUUGUUUACCCAUUAAUGAAAAAGCUGAAGGAUGAAGUAGCAUAAACAUUGUCGUUGUGAAUUUUUUUUUUUUCUCCAUAUUCAAAAUGUCCAUUUUAUGCGGCUUGGUUACAGUAUAUGUGACAUACGCAAAAUAUUUGCUUAUUGUAAGUUAAUGUAUGCUAUGUUUUUAAAAUGUUCGUAAAUAAAGGUGUUAUGUGUUUGUGAAAUGUAACACAAUAACCGCCUAUAGUUAUUAUAUAUUAAUUACCACCCUCCCCCCCCAAAAAAAACUAGCAGUUUCUAAACAUUCUCCAAAAUGGAAAGGGGAUUUGAAUUAUUGUUUAGAAACCAUUACAGAGCAUGGAUAAAAAGAGCUGCAGAAGUUUUCCAGUUCAUAUAAUUGCAGAUAUUCUCCACGCUGUAUUUGGAGGAAUUUGAAUUGUGCAAACUGAGACUGAAGAGUCCUAUACAAGGAAAAAGUAAAAACAAAUUGUUCCUUUUUGUAAAGUUUAUAAAACCAAAUGAAAAACCUGAGAAAACUUAGUGUUGUUCACUAGUGCUAUAUUCAGGGAACUGCUAGUGAACCAAGCCCGGCGUGUUAGUGGUUAUGGUCCAUAGAGUGUUCAUUUAAGGCCAAAGUAGCUGAACAUAAAUUCAAGUUGGUUAUUCUUCCAGUUUGACCACUUUGCCCAUAAAGUUUAAAUUCACUUUGAAUUCCAAGCCUUGUUGGUGUUUAAUAUACAAUGUCUUUAUGUGUAAUUGACUGCUUCCCACCUCCACACUUUUAGAGCAAGAUUUACAGCAUAAAAAAAGUAUACACUAUUUUAUAUUUCUACCAGAUAGCAUAAAGUUCAGGUUUGGAGGCAAGAUAUUCUGUUUGUAGUUAUUCUAUAAAGUCCAGCCACAAAAGACAAGUUGUAUCCUGAAAAAUAACGCUCAUAAUUAGUGAUGGCAUUUGUUUUGUUUUUAUGUUUAUUUUUUUUAAUCAUUGAAAUUUUAAUGUUCAAACCCUCCCUCCCCUGAAUUGAUAGUUUAUUAGUGUUCUAUAUAGAACAACUUUGGGGGGGGUUAUCUUUCAAAAAUUUCAAUAAUAUAUAUUUAAAUUUUUUUCCAUUAAGGAAAAAAAUAACUUAACCUUUUUAGUUAGAAGUGUACUUGUUUACUUUAAAUUUGCUCUGUCUUACAAUAACUCAUAUUUAUCGUAAAAAUUUUGCCCAUUUUACAAGUAGUGGUAUUUUUAACUUUUUAAAUCCAUUUAAUGCUAGUGUGUUAAAAUGACUGUGUAUGUUUUUCAACUUUGCUACCUCUGUGUCCAUCCAGUAUUAUACUUUUCAGUCUAUAUGUUGAUUAAAGUUAAAGGGGCACAAAUGCUCAGUAUUUGCUGAAAUUCUAUGGCAUUUCAAAUUGAAAUGUACAUUCCCAUCCAUGUUUAUGAAUUGUCCUAUUUUCUAAAUAACUUCACAAUGAAGUAACAAUUUACUUUUCUGAAGGAUCCGUGACACUUCUUUGCCAACCAUCAAUCCAGAAAGGAAUUCCACAGAAAUGGCUUUGUUUCUAGUGUGUGAAUGCCUAAUGGUCAAACCCGAAUUAUGCGAAAAUCAUUUUGAAGAUCUCCUUAACAGUCAAGUAGUUUACGAAUGUCUGUAUUAAAACGUUAUUGAUCUAUCACUUAGACUUGCUCUAGGAGAGUUUGUCCCUCCCUGAUAAAUACAAAUUUCACUUUGUUUUAUUUAUUUUUGUCAAUAUAUUCAAAUUUAUUGAAUUCAUAUCCUAGAUCAAGAUCCAAUUGGGACAAAAUCUUUUUGUUAAUAUGUCCAUAUAAAUUGGGUAAAUAAAAAAAAAUAUAUAUAUAAAUAUAAAUAUAUAUAUAUAUAUAUAUAUAUAUACUAAAUGAAUUCUUUCAUUUAUAUUUGAGCAUUAAUGGCCCUUUAAUGUGUACUGUAUACGAACAUCUCAUGCUCGGUAUUCAAUCAAUUUUAGACGUUAUCAGCACUAUUUGUUUGGCUUCUUUUGAUUUAUUUAUUUAUUCCCCCCACCCCUCCCCUGAUUUUUCUUGCUGUGCUGUACAUUUGAAACUUGCCUACUUUGCUUAUUUAGCUGUGUGUGAACAUGUAAUAUGUAAAUAUGCUUUUAUUUGUACCAGGGGUUUCUAGACGACCAGCUGGGAUGUAAUUCUUCCAUACAGUGUUUUUAGUGUUCUGAUUUGCAGUAUUACUUUCACGUCCUUGUAUCUUGCCCACAUGCUUAACUGGUAAAGUGAAUUUAGUGCAUAUUUUGGUCACCCUGUCAGAAACCGCACUCAGACCUCAGUGUUACCUUGGUAAAACUUGGUAUUCUUUUCUUUUAAAGUAAAGCUUAUUCAUUUGGUUCGAAUGUAUACUGUAUUUGUUUUCUGCUGGAUAAUUAGUGUCAUGGCAUUCAAUCAGUAUUAUUUUUUUAUUUUUUAUUUUUCUUGCAGAGGAGAAAUUUGCACAUGCAGUAUGUUUCCUGCUUAUAGAUUUAUAUCUCCUCACAUGCCAAACAGAAAAGGCCUUACAUUAUCUGGUAAUUCUGGAAAAAAUGAUUUUGCAAGGCAACAACAAUAAAAAUGGUAAAAAUGAGGUAUGUCGCCCAAUCCAUAUAUAAGAAUGCUUGGUAUGUUUGCGUUGUAUACUUCUUUGAGGAGGGUUUGUUGUCAAAUUUUAUUGUUUGAGGUAAUGAUUUUUAGAGGCAAAAAAAAUAAAUUCCUUUAAAACUGAGGGUUGUCUGUAGUGCUUGACAUCAUUUUGGAUCAACCUUACCUAGAUAACAAAAUCACUAAAUUAAACUAGAAAUGGUCGGGUGAUCCCGGCUGUGUUAAUAGAUGUUUUUUGUUAAAACCAUUAAUGAUUGUGCUAGAGAAAUGUUUACAUCUGUUCAUUGAUUGUAAAUAUUGCCAAGAUCAGAACUGUGUUGUGCUGACCCUUCGAUUGAUUUUGUCAUCAAAGAUUAAAUCCAUAGGUGUUUUUAUUUAUUUUUGGUAUUUUUUUUUUUUUUUUUUAAAUUAACGUUGAGCUAUACAAUGUAAACUUUAAAUUUAGUUAUUCCAACCAAAUUAGUCACUUGAUUAGUUUGAUACAUUCAGUUAAAUGAUUCCAUUGUAUAGCUGCAAUCUAGCUACUAUUGUCACAAAACAGCUUUUUAUAUUUUAUGUCCCACACAGUGUUCCCUUUAUUGGAUGAACUUUAAAGGGACACUAUAGGCUCCUAGAUCACUGCAUCUCAUUGAAGGUGGUAUGGAUGCAGUGUUUUCUGUCCCUCUUAGUCCUGCAAUGUAAAUUACUGAAUGUAAGAUCGUUUGAGCAGGGUCCUCUUCAACCGAUCGUUCCUGUAAUUGUCAUAUUUGUAGUUGAAUCCCCCUUUUCAUCAUAAUGUAAAGCGCUACGGAAUCUGUUGGCACUAUAUAAAUGGCGAUAAUAAUUGCAGUUUCUGAGAGUUAAAUUGUAGAACUAAGACUACUUCUAGUGGCUACUAAUCAGACAGCCACUAGACUCACUUCAUGGUGGUUACGUGAUUAUUUUGGUCACUUAAUCAACGCUGGAUGUUCUCACAUUCUGAGGACAUUCCCAUAGGAGGGCCUAAAGCACUUACCAUGCAUCUGCUUUAGUGCCCCCUGUAGGGGGAUGUCAAAGGAAGCAAAGCUCCAACCCAGCUCUAAAGAAAUCAGUGCUGAAAAAGGGCUAUUUUUAACUAUUUGCGGAGGGAACUGUAGUCUACUAUACACUAUAUAAUCCCUUUAACCCUGCAAUGUAUAAUGUUUGAGAGAUCCUACAGUGUUUACAUUGCAGGUUUAAGACCAUCUCUAGUGUUCGUCUACUACUGGAAUCGGGUAAGUGUUAAAAGGAUAUUCACCAAUGGAGAAGGGGAGUGCUGGGUCAGAGGAACACUAUAAUGUUAGGAAUACAGUUUUGUAUCCCUAAUACUUUACUGUUUAAUUCAACUCUGUAUAUUCAUAAUACAACAUAGCAAUACGGCCUAAAUAUUGUUUGUGUCAGUGUGGGAAACCUGUCUGGACAGACAUCAUGCUGACUACAAAAUUCUGUCCAACAUCUCUGGGCACUCUAACAAUUUAAUGAGUUGGCACUUUAUGUUUCUUCUAAUUGUACUAGAUAUUGGUAACACAACUAAUUACAUGUUUGUUUGGGAUUAUUGGUGAGAGGGGUUAUGCAUUAUAUUUGAAUGCAAUCCAACACUGGGCUCUUCUCUUAAAGGGACAUGUAACACUUUGAGCCAACGGACUCAUUCAAAAGCUUUAGCUUUGAAUGACUGUUGCUUCACUCUGCAAGCUUUAAAAUAAGUGUGUGUGUGUGUGUGUGUGUGUGUGUGUGUAUAUAUAUAUAUAUAUAUAUAUAUAUUUUUUAUUUUUUUUAUUUUUUAUUUUUUACAAUGUUAAAGAGCCGCAGCUCUCACCCGUGUAAAUCUCCCCCAAUGUCCGCAUAGCUGGUGUGCUUGUGCCUCCGGCCAUGCAAUCAGGCGUUUGUUCUCUGUCUGCAGCUGUCCUCAUGCAGGUGUGUAGGCCGGGUUCAUCAGUCUCGGUGUUCCCCGUGAAUUUUUGGCCGUAGUCUGGUAUCAUAUGGGUGCUUGGGUAGUACCCCAUUGUAAUGCAGCAUGUAAUCCGGCCCUGGGGCAAGUUGUGAGCAAGUUUUAUGCUGUUGUUUAGGGCUUAAGCUCUGAGCCACGGUGUUCUGCUGCUUGGCGGCCCGGCCCCGCCCCCUGACCGCUUAACAAAUUUGCACACAUGCGGUUGGAAGCUCUCUUCACCUUCCAACAUGACUGGGGGAGUCCGAUCGUGUAGAGCAGGCUCUGGUAUUGGGCUGCUGCACCAUGAUGCCUUGUUUUUGUCAUUUGUGGACUGGCCUGAAACUAAGAUGGGUGGGGGCAGGGCAGUGGUGUUGCUGGUGGAGGGGGUGGCCAGAGGGGGGGGGCAUGGCCCCCCUACAUCAUGCAGUGCCCCUUCUUGAGCCCCAAAUUGAAGUGGGAGCACCAAGCCUCCAUUCACAAGCUGCAGCAUCACUGUCACUGGAACUGUGUUCACCCUUUUCCCACGUGUGACCAGAGGGGGCACUGUGCUGGAAAGGACUUCCUCCUGCGUCAUAGAGAGCAGCGCAGUGGAGAGACCGGGAGAAGAAGCAGUGUGUAUGGGUCAGUAUCUGUGGGUUUGUAUGGAUCAGUCUGUGUAAGUGCUAGAGCUCCAAGAGAGAUGCCUCUCAUUUUGUGACCUCCCCUGUACCCGUUGGAUAGUCAGCCUUCUCAACCACCACGGAUCUGAUUGUGCCACCCCUUCCCUGCAGGGUAGGAUCAGGGAAAGGGUAAUAUUCAUAAUUUUUUUUUUUUUUUAAAUAAUUGAGAAAGUAAAAAUUGUAAAGCUCUUCCCUAUCCCACUCUCUACAAAGUACACUCCCAUCAACACAGAGUGCACCUUUGCAUUCACACACAUCAUCUCUUCACCCACAUACACACUUCUUCCCCACAUACCUUCACCCCAACACGCAUACAUACAUACAUACAUGCUUCACCCCAUUACACAUCGAAUCUUGUAUAACUACAGCGCCUUGAUAAGCACACAAUGCAAUCCCAAUACACAUACACUCACAAUGCAGCCCCUAGGUGCGCGCGCGCACAUUUUUUACAGGCCCUCUCAGCACACACACAAUCUCAAAGCUCCUAUACAUGAGCACGUGCUCACAAUGCAGCCCCUAGUUACACAUAGUACACCAUUAACAGACUUCUCUAUACACACACACACACUUCACCACAGCCCCUUCUAAACACCAUGAAAAAUUAUCUUGCAUCUCCUGAAAAGGUUUUCCAGUUUCCCUGAAAAGGUGUCUUGCCUGUAAUGAGGAAGGCGUAGCAGCGGAACUACAAGGGGUGCUGGGGUUACACCGGGGCCCAUCGAGUUGCCCGUGCAAUUAGGACCACCCUAAGGGCAUGUGUCUUCAGGGGCACAAAACUGUUUUUGCACCAGGGCAAACUGUAAGUUCAUUCUGCUACUGUGCAGCUGCUUCCCCAGCACACAAGCUCUGCCCCUGCAUGGAAUAUCGCUUUCCCGUACGCAAUCUCCAACCCCAAUCUCUGACUGAGACACACACUGACACACACACAUUCUGCCAGACAUACAGUGACAGGCACAUACUCUCUGACUGAGACACACACACACACAUUUUCUCACAAAUUGCUAUUUUUAAUUUAAAUCCACGUUGUCUCCCUACCUUUGGGAGAGCUAAGUGGAUCUUUCCCUGGCGUCCAGUGUGUGUCUCCCCCUGGCGUCCAGUGUGUGUCUCCCCCUGGCGUCCAGUGUGUGUCUCCCCCUGGCGUCCAGUGUGUGUCUCCCCCUGGCGUCCAGUGUGUGUCUCCCCCUGGCGUCCAGUGUGUGUCUCCCCUGGUCAGUGUGUAAUCUCCCCUGGCGUCCAGUGUGGUAAUGCUCCCCAGGUCAGUGUGUCUCCCCUGAGGUCAGUGUAGUGUCUCCCCUGGCGUCCAGUGUAAUGUCUCCCCUAGUCCAGUGUGUGUCUCCCCCUGGCGUCCUGUGUGUGUCUCCCCCUGGCGUCCAGUGUGUGUCUCCCCCUGGCGUCCAGUGUGUGUCUCCCCCUGGCGUCCAGUGUGUGUCUCCCCCUGGCGUCCAGUGUGUGUCUCCCCCUGGCGUCCAGUGUGUGUCUCCCCCUGGCGUCCAGUGUGUGUCUCCCCCUGGCGUCCAGUGUGCGUCUCCCCCUGGCGUCCAGUGUGCGUCUCCUCUCAAUCUUCCUGCAGUUUCUCUCUGCUCCCCUGCGCGCUCUGUAGUAAUGCCUGGGCCAGAGUUAUAUCAUGUCACUAAAUCGCAUGCAAGGGAGCAGAGAGGAACUGCUCCCUCGCAUGCCACCUUCAUGCUCCCAGCGGCAGCCGACUUUGUUUCCUGCGCGGUUUACCAAAGAACUGACAAAUGCUAGGCACCAUGGCGAAAUGUCUAGUCGUGCGCACACACACACACUUUAUAACUGCCCCCCUACUUUUGUCCCUGGCCCCUUAUGUGGCCCCCUCUAUGUAUGAAUCCUGGAGAGGCAAAAUAAAUUCCCUUAGCUGAGAGGUGUAACAAACCAUGCAAUCUGGCCAAAUUUAAUGGGAUUUAUUACAUACAUAUUUUUUAUGUCUUUUUUUUUUUUUUGUGUGUGUGUGUGUGUAUAUGUAUGUAUAUAUUUAUUUAUAAAGUGUGUGUGUGUAUAUCUUUUGGUUUGUCUGUUUAAAAGGGUUUGCUGGUUUAAAAAAAAAAAAAAAGUGAUGCAUGUUCCUUUAAUGUAUAUCACAGUUACGUUAUUAGAUAUUCAAAUCAGUCAGUUUUACAAAGAUGUUUCAAAUCUUGUCGUCAGGUUUGUUGGUGAUGUCUAACAGGGAGCAGCACAUCAUUGUAUAUUUGAGAAUAUGCACAAUGUUGGUUACAAAUUACAUAAGUAAAUGUAAUAAUUUGUGUAUAAUCUUCAUUGCUAUUUACUUAUUGUUGCAAAGUCUCUUGUAUCUGCUUUUGUGUGUGUGUGUGUAUAUGUAUGUAUGUAUGUAUGUAUGUAUGUAUAUAUAUAAUAUAAAAACCCCAACGUACUGCAUAUUAACAGAUGAAAGGGUUAGAGCGGUAGGGAUACGCAACAUAAAGACAAAGUCAUUACCGUAUAUAGUACAAUAAGUCUUGCUUUAUCUAAACAUCUUCCUACUCCUAAUACUGUACUUUGAUCCAUAUUGUAGGCAAUACCUCAUCUCAUUCUUUACCUCAUCACUUUUAAGUGUCUUGCCUCCCCUCCCCUCCGGCUUAUUUUUUUUUUUUUUUUGUUAAAUCUUUUUAUAAGAUGUACUUCCUGAGUGCAUCUCUGUACAAAAUGGUUAUUAAUACCUGCUGCCUAUUUUGUGUAAUGUUCUCUUAGUACAACAUGGGCUUCUUAAACUUUUGUACCAAUUGUAUUUUAUGUAACAAUGCUAUUUAGGCAUUUAAAACAAAUAUGAAAAAAUCUUGUUUCUUCCCAGGCAAACAAUAACACCAACAAUAAAGAUGUCAGCACUCAAAAAUCUGAAGGUGGUGUACAGUUAGAAGCUGCAAAAUCUAAAAUUCAUCAGGUAAUCACUCCGUGUCUGUUGUGGUAUUGUAUAGCAUACUUGUCGUCCACACUUGCACAAGUAAUACAGUGUAAUGGUAUAUAUGUUGCUAGUGAAUGUGUAUUUUAAGACAUUCUUAACUAACAGGGCUAUUCUAGUAUAAGUGUGCAUGUGUUAAAUUUCUUUAAUUCAUAUGCUCAAUUGUUGCUAAAUUACUUCCUCCAUUUCAGAAAAUAAUCACAAAAUAAUUAAAUACAGAUCCUAUAUUGAGAUAUCUAUCUCUAUAACAAAGGUAAACAAAAAUCUGCACACCAGUCAAGCCAUAAGACUUUCUUUUCCCACGGAAAUCCCAAGCACUACCAACCCUCAAUAAGCAAACUAUCCACAAACUUCAGGUGGAAGGGUUUUUCCAAUCACAUUUUUUUUCCUUCCACCAUAACCUUUUUGGUUUCUGAUAUAGCUAUUUAUAUUUAUUAAUAAACUGGAUCAUUAAUUGUCUAAACUUGCACUUUUUACAGUAUAAAGUGAGAGCCUAUAUUCAAAUGAGGUCCCUGAAAGCCUGCAAGAGAGAGAUAAAGUCGGUGAUGAACACCUCUGGAAAUGUAAGUAUAGCUUUACCGUGAUUUUCUCCACUUAAAAAUGUUUUUGGAUAAAAGUUCCUUUCUUAUAUAUAUCUAUAUAUAUAUAUAUCUAUAUAUUUCUAUAAUAUAUUUUUAAUGGUGUUCGAAGACCCACUAAACUUGGUAUUUGUGUUUUCUCCUCAUUUAAUAGAGGCAGAAGUUUAAAGAACAAAGCAAAAAAAAAAUCUCACUUGUAUCUACUUUUGUUUAAUGUAAUGUAGAGUGCAAACAACUCUGACUACCUGCAUAUACAGAAUGUUGCGACUUCUGCAUUUGCCCUGGUGUUAUCUGCUAGUUGUGGAUAGCUAACAGGAAACCUAGCACUCUGUGGUUUCAUAAAAUAUUUUAAUUGAUCGAGAUUGACUAUAAAAAUUGAAAUAAACACACUCCAUUUUAGCAAGCAGACAAUGGUUUAAAAGUCCAAUUUUGUCCUUGGCAGUGUACCACCAUUCUCAGAACCAUUUAUUGUCAUUAUUGUACCAUAAUACUUAUGUCUUCACUUUCAUGUCUUAUAAUACUAAAUGGACUCCUCCUUCUGAGCUGAGACUGGUAGAUAAUUUUGGGAAGUAUGAUCUAACUGUUGGAAGGCGAUAUUGGUCCACUCCUGUUUUAAGAGGAUUUUCUAUUUCCUAGAACUGCUGGGUUUUACUUCUUUAUUCUCUUGUAUAAUGUUUGUGUAUGUAAUUUUGUUUUGUGAGUGCAAUUUAACAGUAUUUUAUUUAUUUUUCAUUAACAGUCUACCCCAUCACUCUUUAUGAAAAGUAAUUUUGAAUACCUCAGAGGAAACUAUCGAAAAGCAAUAAAACUACUAAACUCGUCAAAUAUUGCUGAACACCCAGGGUUUAUGAAAACAGGUAUGUUCAAGCAAAUGUGCUAAUAUUGCAUCAAUCCACGAAUCCCAUUUAUGCACAGAAAAGAUCAUACUUAAUUUUCUCUGUGUGUGAGAGGACACAAGAGAAACUGAGCUAAUUAUUUAGAUAAAAUACCCAGCCUAUUAAAGAGUAAUUUUUUUUAAUUUUUAUUUAAGGUCCUUGUUGUAGCCUAGCAAACCACUCUAGAUGAUCUCAAAGAAAUGUAUUUAAAAAGAAAUGCUUGGAACAAACCGUCUCUGACUUGAAAUAUCACUUUAGGCCCAAACUUGCUUUAUUUGCAUUAUUACAAGUGUUACUUUGUAUCUUUUCAGUCAUUUGUAAAUCCUUUCUACGUUCUAGAUUAAGACUUCCACUCUUUUUUUGUAUAUACUCCAGAACCGCCUCAAUGUGCAGGAUGUUUUGUAAAUGCUUUUACCUAGUAUUAAAACGUUAUUCUUGCUGCAUUUCAAAUUAUAUUGAAGUGAAAGCUAUAGCAGAAUCUUUACUUUAUCUAAAUGAUGUCUCUUAUUACGCUACGUUUCUUGUUAUGAUUACAAAUGGGGAUGUGUGAAAAAUAACACACACACACACACACACACACACACGAACAUCUGUAAAAUCUUCCAGAUUAAGGCUUCAAGUUAGUUUGCGCCACAGUUACAUGGUACUUAGACAUUCCCUGGCAAUAAUAGUGCCCAUACCUCACCAACCUAAUACAGUGCAAUUAGAUUCUCAAUAAAGUUGUCUGGCUGCAUUGGUUCUGGCAUGUUAAUCAUGUAGUGUAAAAUAUGGCAGUUUUAUAGAAGCUACAUUGUUUACAACCCCUAGUGACUGUCUUCCUGACAGCCGCUAGAGAUUUCCUUCACCCUAGUAAAACUCUGUCCUGAUAUCUAAUUAUGCUGAUAGCAGAAUUUAAUUGGAGAGCUGCUGCAUUUGGCCAUGCAUUCCUAAUUCCAAUCCACUGUUUCUCUGUGAGAAGGAUUGGAGCAGAUCGCAGAAGAUGUCGGCAGGUGCCGCAGGAGUCUGCAGCAGAGCAGUUCCAGUUCUGGAAACAGACAUAAGUAAUCAUUAACUUCUAUAUCUUGAUCACCAAAGGGUGUGGGCAAAAAAAAAAUUAAAAUAUUAAUUUUUGGGAAAUUAAGUUCCCUUGAACAUUUACAAAGAAAAUGAAAAUUUCAUUUUUUUUUUUUAUUUUUUUUUGUGAAUAUAAUUUUUAUUUGUAUAGAUUAUUCCAGAUUUUGAGACUCGCAGGUCUCCAAGGUGAGUCAUCCGAAGAUAAAACACUGAUAUUUAGUUGGGCUCGCAGGCGCACAAUGUUGACGGACUUGCAAGUCCCUUUUAUCAGGUUUCACGAGUAUUCUCAAUUACAUUUUUCUUCUGCGACUUGGCCUAUUGAGCAAGCCGUAUGUAUAUGGUUUAUACGUUUCGUAUACAGCAGUUGUGAUUUGUGUACAGAAUGUGCUGAGGCUCGCAGGCCUCUCGUCCAACCUCCAUUGUUAGGAGACUCACAGGUCUCUUCGUCUUGGGUUGUGUAUUGUGUCCUGAGUGGAUUCGUGCGUCUCUCCUCUGUGUCCUGAGUGUCGUGUGUGUGGGUAAGGGUGCGUCCAUGUUGUGGGGUUUGUGUUCCAUAAUUUCAGGAGGGCGUGAGCGUAUUGUGGUGUAGCCCUCGGGCUGUCCGAUGAUUAUCAUGGCUGUUCGUUGUGUGCCACGGGGGUGGUAUCCCUUGUAGGUCGGGAGAUAAACCCGGAUCCAUAUGAGUUUUACAUUCAGGGCUCAGGUGUCUCCUCUUAUUGGUAUGUGUGUCUGCUUGGGUUGGAGUUGUUGUCUCAUGUGGGUCCUUAGAAGGGGGGGGAAAGUCGGGGUUGGGGUGGGGGGGGGUGUUAGGGUAGUCAGUUGUCUGUCAUUGUCUGUCGUCCAGUGUGUGUUCUCCAAGUCCUAUCUGUCUGUGGUGUGGCAUUCGUCGGAUCUGAGUUCCAUUUGGAAUCCUUCCUUCGCCGUCUCUAGGAUCCCAUAUGUCCAUGUAGGUCGUUGGGGUAGCAUUAGUCGUCAAGGUCAGUUCCUCUAUUGUCCUGAGUUCCUCCAUUUGGCUGAACCAGGUUUUAAGUGGGGGUGUUAUGCUCUGUUUCCAGAAUUGGGGGAGCACUCGUUUGGCUACAUUGAGUAUUCGAAUGGUCAUAGAUCUUUUGUAUUUGGAGUGGGGAACAGAAGUGUGAUGCAGGAGCAUUGCUGCCAGUUCCAGGGGGGGUGGUUUAUCCGUGAAUUUCUCUAGCAUUUUGUGUAUAUUCCGCCAAUAUGGUUUGAUCUUUGCACAGUCCCACCAGAUGUGUGUUAUACUGCCUUCCUCUUGUUGGCAUCUCCAGCAUAGGCCGGAUUGGUCUGGGUCUAUCUGGUGGAGGAGGUGUGGUGUCUUGUACCAUUGUGUUAGUAAUUUAUAGGCUGUCUCUUGCGUUUUGCUAUGUGUAGAGCAGUGGUGUGUGAGAUAGCAGAUGGACUCCCACUCCGUGUCUGUCAGUGUGUAUCCGAGGGCAACCUCCCAUUUCCCCAUAAAUAGGGGUGUCUCGGUCGGGAUGUCUGUUUGUAGCAUGGUGUAUAGGAAGGACACUACAUGUGGGAGCGGGUCUGGGUGCAUGCAGACCACUUCUAGUGUGGUAUGUUGUCUAGUGAGUGCUGAGCCCUGUGGUAAAGUAUUGACGAAGUUGAUUAGUUGGGUAUAUCUAAAAUGAUGCAUAAAGGUUGGGGGUAUCCCUCCCGUCAUGUCUGUCAGUUUUUUUUGCAUUUCCCUCCCUGCAGGGCAUGGUGUAAGCAUGGGUGUGAGUCUGGGACGAUGUCUUUGAAGGCUCUUGGGUCUAGUCCUGGGGGGAAGUCGUUGUUGUGCGUCAGUGGUGAGAGGGGUAUGGCGACAUGGUCCCCUUCCUCGCUGCCCUCCUCCAUACUUUCAGAGUGUGUUUUGUGUAGAUGGACAUUUUGCCCCAUUUUGCCGUGUCUCGGCCCCAGGGUAGUCCCGAGAGCGGUCUACCCGCCUCUGUCUCUUCCACCGUCUUCCAUAAUUUGUGCACUCCGUCUUUUGACCACUCCACGAUUCUCUGUAGGUUUGUGACCACGUAGUAUAGGUGGAAGUCUGGGAGGGCUAAUCCUCCUUUAUCCUUAGGUCGCGUCGGGGUGGAGAAUUUCACCCUUGGUCUCCCCCCGUUCCAUACGUAUCUGGUCAUUUCUGUUCUAAGAGUGUUAAAAAAGGGGCCCGGGAUCUCGAUGGGGAUGGCUUGGAGGAGGUAUAGGAGGCGUGGGAGGAAGUUAAUUUUUAUAACCUGUACUCUCCCUAACCAUGAGAUGUGGGGGUAUGACCAUUCCUGCAUGUCUUUUUGGAACGUCUGGAGUGUAUCUGUGAAAUUUUCCCUAAACCCAUCCUCGCUCCGUUUGGUCUCCCAAAUAUCUAAUUUUGUGUUUGGCCCAUUGGAAGGGGAAGCUUUGUCGGAGGGGGUCCGCCCGUGCAGUAGGGAUGUUAACGUUAAGAAUUAACGAUUUACCAUAGUUAAUUUUCAAGUUGGAUAUUUCUCCAUAUAUCUGUAGGUCUCUCUGGAUGUUCGGGAGGGAGAUUUCGGGGUUGGUUACCACAAAGAGUAGGUAAUCCGCGUAAGCGGCUACCUUGUGGUGUGUAGUGCCUGUCAUUAGGCCGGUUAUAUCUGUGUUGUGUCGGAUGUAUAAGGAAUGGUUCCAGGGCAAGGACGAACAAGAGUGGGGAGAGGGGGCAUCCCUGUCUCGUGCCAUUAUGUAUUGUGAAGGCGCCAGUUAACGCCCCAUUGACCAGCACUUGGGCCGUUGGUUCUCGGUACAGUGCCUCUAUCCAGCGUCGCAUGUGUGGUCCUAAUCCUACGUGGGCUAGUGUUUUGAAGAGAUAUGUCCAGCCGACUCUAUCGAAGGCCUUCUCUGCGUCUGUUGACAGCAGGAGAAGGCCCCCUUUCGUACUUUCUUUCCCGUGCAUGAGGGUGAGCGCCCUGAUGGUGUUGUCCCGAGCCUCUCGUCCUGUCAUGAAUCCCACCUGGUCUGGGUGGACCAGUGAUGGGAUGUGUUUAGUAAGUAGAGUCGCCAGAAUUUUGGCCAGUAGUUUGAUAUCGCUAUUUAUAAGUGAGAUCGGCCUUUAGUUUCCGCAUUGUUCCCUGUCUUUGCCGUCCUUGGGAAUAAUAGUGAUGUGGGCUGUUAGGGCUUGUCUGGGGAUGUGGUUUCCGUCUCUUAUCGAAUUGAACGCUUCCACCAUGGGUGAGUAUAAGUCUUCGGCGUAUGUCUUAUAAUAUUUAGUCGGUAAGCCGUCUGGUCCUGGGCUUUUGCCCGGUUUAGUUAGUUUAACAGCCAGUGCCUCUAUUGUGAUGGGUUCGUCUAUUAACUCCGCUAUCUCUGCGUCGAGUGUCGGUGUGGGGUAUUUUGUCAGGUAGUCUCGGAUGGAGUCUCUGAGGUGUGUCGUCGCCGCGUUGGUCUUCGGUUGGGGGAGUGUGUAUAGCUCUGUGUAGUAUGUGCGGAUCGUUUUCAUUAUGGCUGUCGGGAGUCGGUGUAGGGUCCCCUGUUUGUCUCUAAUUUUGUCAAUGUACGUGUGUUGCCUCUGCUUCUUCAGCAUCGCGGCUAGGAUUUUGCCGCUUUUGUUCCCAUGUAUUGUAAAGAAGGCUUUGUGCCUAGUCGUGUCCCUGUGAUGUUUAGAGUACAAUAGUGUGGCUAGCUCCCGUCUCCGUUGUAGGAGUCGAGUUUGGUGCGUGUGGUUCGGGGUUUGUUUGUUUUGGUUGUCUGUCUGGUGUAUGUUGGUCAGCAGUUCAUGUAGCCGAGCUUCAGCUUGUUUCUUUAGUAUUGCCCCCUGUUGUAUGUAGUGGCUUCUGAUCACGCUUUUGUGUGCUUCCCAUCGAAUCGUCGGGGAUGUUUGCUCUGCCGUGUUGGUUGUCAGGUAGUCCUUGAUUUUUUUUUUUUUUUUUUUCACCUAUGAGGGUUGCGACCUCUAGUUUGGAGAGUAAGUAUUCGUUCAAUCUCCAUUUCGAGGUCGUGGGGCGGUAAAGUGGUGAUUUAAGUUUGAGUAAGACUGGGGCGUGGUCUGACCAUGUGGCCACUCAGAUUGUUACAUCGGACACUAGGGAGAGGUCGUAGUGUGUAGUGUAAAUGUGGUCUAUUCGGGAGUAAGAGUUGUGCGGGUGGGAGUAGAAAGUGUAGUUUCUUACGUCUGGGUGAUGGGCUCUCCAGCAGUCCACGAGUCGUCGGCUCCGGAGUAGGGAUUUAAUGGUUUGAAGUUGUUGUGUGGGGACGUGGGAGAUGCCCGAUGAGUUGUCCCAUGAUGGGUCGAGUGUUAUGUCGGCCCCCAGUAUGAGAGUCCCUUCUGCGAAUUCUUGGAGUUUGCGGAGUGUAUGUUUUGAGGAAGCGGUAGUGUUGUUUGUUUGGGGCAUAGAUGUUUGCGAAUGUGUACUGGUGGUCUGCGAUCUUCCCUUUAAGGAAUAGGUAUCUGCCUUCGUCAUCUGACUUGCAUCCCCCCUCCUGGAACGACACCCUCCUGUGAAGAAGUAUUGCUGUCCCCCUAGCCCAGGGUUUUCAAACAUGCGGCCCCCCAGAUGUUGCUGAACUACAACUCCCAUGAUUCCCUGGCUAUCUGUUUCAUUGAAAGAAUCAUGGGAGUUGUAGUUCAGCAACAUCUGGAGGGCCGCAUGUUUGACAACCCUGCCCUAGCCUUACUCCCUUGAUAGUCACUGUAGUAUCCUUGUGUGUAGUGCUGAUUAGUCAAUUUGGGUCUGGUCCCUUUUUUGAAGGGUGUUUCCUGUAUCAUGACUAUAGAGGCCCUCUGUUUGUGGAAGUCUCUCAAUGCUCCUGAUCUCUUCUCUGGUUUAUUUAGGCCUUUAGCAUUGAUUGUGAGGAUAUGUAAAUGGUCUGCGGUCGGUGUCAUAUCGUUGAGUAAGGUUGUUGUUGACUGGUGUUGUGGAGGUAUCUUUGCCCUAAGUCCCUGUGGUGUGUGUAGUCUCAGGAGGUCUCUCGUUCUGCUGUCAGUGUCGGGUUGGGGAGUCAGGGGAUGGGGUUAGGUAAGGAUUAGGGGGUUGAGGUAGUGGAGUAGUCUUGGAGAUUUCCAAAGACCUCCUUUGUUUGCGUCACAGUUCGUGACGACUAGGUAGUGGCGUCGGGGAGCGUCAGUCCACGGCACCACCAGUGAUGCACGUGGGAUGCUCACCUUCUGGGUGACGCCUCGCCUGUUGGGCAGUGGUUGGGCGUCCAGGCGUUUGGGACAGUGUCCUAGUGGUGUGUCCUGUCUCGUGGCUUCCCUAUGCGGCUCCUUAGUGAUUACUUCGUAGGAGUGUGUCUGUUUUUCCCCGCCUCGGGGUGUGGUGGUUCUCGGGCUUGUAUGGAUGAGUGUCUAUAUACGCGGUCUGUUUGUUUGUGGCUGAGUUGUAAGACAUAAACAAUAACAGUAAUAUUAACAUUUCGGUUUAAGAUCACAACAGGUGAAAACAAAACAAUAUUCCGACAGCUCUUAUUUCAAGUUCAUGCACAGUUUACCUCCGUCUUCCUGCGUCCCAGGUUCCCAUUAGCCCAUUGUCUAGUGUGUGCUCUUGUGUCUUUGCGUCAUGCUCACUAGCUUUCUCGAGAUGUGUGGGUGUCCCUGAUAGGGGUUAGAGUGUGAAGGUUGUUCCCAUGGGUUUGGGCCUGACUGGUGUAUCCUUUUUCUCUGCCUCUGUGGCUAUGUGGGGUGCACCCUUCGUAGUGUUUUCCCGUGUGUUGUGCUUCCCUCCCCCUGUUUCCAGUAGCGUGUGGCUGUUCGGUGGGUGGUUAUGAGUAGGUCUUCUCGGUUUUGUCGCUUCCCAUCUAUUCUGGGUGCGGAGCCGGCGCACCCACCCCGGGUGUGCCCCGCCAGCAGCGCCCCCACCUGCUCCCCGGGGUUCUUCACAGCGUGGUUGGGCUCCGGCGGCCGGGCCCAGCGGUGGGGGGGGGGGGGCGGGCACCCCCUCCCUGCUCCCUCUUAUUGCAGUGUUGGGACUAAGAGUAUGGAGCCCUGGUACCUCUCCCCCCACCCCUAGCUUAAGUACGGUUAGUCCAGGAGUAGCCCGACAGGCCGAGGGGCUCUGCAGGGCCAAGCAUCUGUGCCGAACCUGCCACUUGGGUCUCAAGGUUCGGUGCAUCUCUUUGUCUCAACCUUUAUAUCUGUGUUAGACCUUGUUGAGUGUGCCGUCACUUGGGCCGUAUACUUGCGGUUUUGAGGAUUUCAGCGCUGUAUAUUCAGGGAUUCUGGUCUCGUCGAUCGGGGACAAACAGUGUCUGUCUAGUUCAUUGCUGGGCCAUGUGGGUUCCCGGGUGGGUGGGCAGGUAGUGCGUGGUCUUUUACAUGUUGGUGCCCAUAGGGCGUGUUGUCUGCUGUCUCGUUCUUCUGGGUCUGGGGGGGUUGUUGCGUCUGGCGCUGUAUCUCUGGUGAAAAGGCAUAGAAGGCCAUUGGAUCCGGCCAAGUCAUUUGUAUCGGUGGGAGUUAGAUCCAUCAGGUCUCCCUUGUUCCUCACUGUGAAGGGGCCAUUACUUGUGGUGACUUGUAUUCCGGUGGGGAAAUUCCACCUGUAUCUGAUCUUGUUAGUAUGUAGUACUCGCGUGAGUGGGCGCAUGGCUCGUCGGUACGCCAUCGUUGCAGGGGAUAGGUCUGGGUACAGUUGGAUUUCAGUGCCAUUGUGGAUGAUUUGUCUAUUAUCCCUGGCACUUUUCAGAAUGUCUUCCUUCACCUGGAAGUGUUAGGCAGCAUAUUACGUCUCUAGGCGGGGAGUCAGGUGGACCCCUGGGUCUGACAGGUCUGUGCGCCCUAAUAAAUUCGAUGGGCGUUGUGUUCGGCCUUUGUAGGAGGGCAUUAAAAAUCUCCGUGAGGGUGUCCCGUAUUGGGGUAGUCUGGUCCCAUUCUUCGGGUAGACCCCUGACUCUGAUGUUUUGUCGCCUUCCCCGGUUGUCUAAAUCCUCCAAAUGGAGGGCCAUUUGGCGCAGUUGUGAUUCUUGCCGCUUUAUGGUGCCCGUGGUAGUGUUCUGCGCCGAUGUCAUGUGGUCGCAAUCUGCCUCAAGCUGGGCCAAUUUAUGAUGGAUCCCUUGCAUGUCUUCCCUAAGGCCCUGAGAAGCAUGGUCGGCCUGGGUUGUGAGAUACUGGCGAAUGCCAGUUGGUUGAGACCCUCUCCGUGUGGUGGCGACCGCUGCAGCCUGUUGUGGCUUGUUAGUUUUGCCCAUUGUUUCGGUAGUGGAGCUGAUUAGGCGGGUAUAGGAGCUGAGCCAGCCGGGCGCUCGUGGUUCACGCCGCCAUUCCGUCCGGCGUCCAAGCCACGCCCCAUAUUUUUGAUUUUAAUUGACUUUUUUUUUUUUUUUAAACUGAGGCAUUGUCAGACUGUUUCAGAGAGAAUGUAAUCAUGAAAGUGUAAUUUAUUACCCGUUUUGUUUUUUUUUGUUAUUUUUCAUCCCCAUGCAAAACAUUUGUGCAUUUCUCACUUAAAUAAACUUUGUCUAGGUUUCUUUUUCACACAUUCCUAAAUACUUUAAUUUGGACUGAAAACUAUAGGGUGUGUGGUUAGUUCAUACAAAAUUUGUCUUGGUGAAACUAUUUUCUUGUUCUUUUGAAGAGUAAUAUGUUUAUCAUCCACUGCCACUGUUUUCUGCAGGUGAAUGUGCAAGGUGUAUGUUCUGGAAUAAUCUUGGCUGUAUUCAUUUUGCAAUGGGGAAGCACAAUUUAGGACUUUUCUACUUCAAAAAAGCCCUUCAGGAAAAUGACAAUGCCUGUGCUCAGUUGGGAAUAAAUACCUCAGACCCAGGUUAGUGUCAUGUGUUCUGUGUUCGUUUCAUCAGUACUGCCAAAGCACCCAAAGAAAACAGAACAAUCUCUCUGUGGCUAUUUACUUCAAUAGAAUAAACCUAGGCAUGUAUUACUUAGAAGAACCACUCCUCUAAAAUGAGACCCUAGAGUAAACUGUUCCCAGUCCUAGUCUACCUUUUCCCAAGUUGUAAUUCUAGAGUUACUUAAUCUAUCCAUGACACUUCCCAAGUAGACUACAGUACUAUGUUAUUGUAUCCUACCAUGCUUCUGCUUUCUAAUAUUUUUACCCCUCACUGAAUGUUAACAGUCGUGUAUCUUUUCACUUGCUUUUCUUUUUUUCCGUAUAUUAUUUUAUUUUUAUUUUUUAAUGCUACUCUAUAUUUGGGGAAUUUUUAUUUAUUUAUUUAUUUAUUUUACAAUUGUGAAAAUGUUGCCAACUAAUUUUUGUGUUUUAUUAGGAAAGAAAUUUUCAGGAAGGCCAAUGUGUACUUUACUUACCAACAAACGCUAUGAAUUGCUAUAUAAUUGUGGAAUUCAGCUCCUCCAUAUUGGGAGGCCUUUGGCAGCAUUUGAAUGUUUGAUAGAAGCGGUCCAAGUGUAUCACUCCAAUCCUCGCCUUUGGUUAAGAUUAGCUGAAUGCUGCAUAGCUGCUAACAAGGGGGUAAGUAAAACCGCUAAAUUAAUACUCUUGUAGUUCUAUUAAUUAAUGGGAAUCUUUCACCACUCACCACAAAAAAAUACAUUCUCAAAUAUUUCCAUCUCUAGAAUAGCAGAAAGCCGGUCAACAGUGGUUAAGACUCUCAGUGCACCUUUGCACUAUACAGUUCAGGGCUCAACAUUUUCACUUGCCACUAGUAGUUUACCUCUGAGCAUGCUAUGGCUUGCAUUUUCAGAUUUUAAGCCCUGCUUGUACAACAUAUUGUAGUGGUUAUGUUGCUAGGAAGCAGUCUCUCCAAUUUAUGUUUUAAAUCCAUUGGUUUUCUUUGUUUGUAGCUUAACCCCUUAAGGACACAUGACAUGUGUGACAUGUCAUGAUUCCCUUUUAUUCCAGAAGUUUGGUCCUUAAGGGGUUAAAGGAGACUAUAGGCAGUGGAUGGGAAUGUCAGGGUUUGUUUAGGUUGGGCAAACUCCGUACGAGAGCAAAAGUAAAGAAAGUGGUAAUGAGGAAAUUGUAGUCAAAUCAAUUACGAAAGCUCAGUGUCUAGAGAGCAUAGUUUAAAGAAGUAUAGGCCAGGGGUAGGCGACUUUCGGCACUCCAGGUGGUGUGGACUACAUCCCCCAAAAUGCUGACAAAGCAUCAUGGAAGGUGUAGUCCAAAACAUCUGGAGUGCCGAACGGCCAUGGUCAAAAUCUUUUAUGUAUUUGUAUUUGGGGAAAAAAAGAGAAUUGUAGUAAUAGUUCAUAGCAAAGCUGCACAAGAACAGAACUGUUUCUGAGACUUGCUGGAUUUCUAAAAGAGAUGUUGUCAGGUACACACCACCAAUAGACUUACUGGCAUCUUUGUACAACCUUUCGAAGUCCUGGGCUGGGCUUACCCCUGUGCAUGGACCUUCUGGCUAGAGAAGAGGUAGCACCUGGUAAACUACAAUUAAUAUGUUAAACUUUAACUAAACUGACUACUUACACUGAGGUCCUGUGCAUUUGUACACUCCCUGAUCCCUUUUGUUUAAAAUAGUUGCUAAUGAUCUCACCCAAACCUGCCCAGAUUAUAUGUCUUGGUUUUCACACUUUUGCAGACACCACAAUUUCCCAAACACUACAUGUGCGUCUUGUUACUAGAACACCACGCUGCAGUCCACAAUCACUCCUUACCUCACUGUACUGGUUUAUUGGUAUACAGUCUAAAGUCCUGUGUUCAGUCUUGGGUGGUGUAUAAAAUGUGUUUUAUUGAAGUGACUACUGCAUUUCUCUUACGUGUGAGUUCAUUAGAUGGCCCUCUUAACUUAAUUAAUGGCCCUCUUAAAUCGUUCAUGGUUUAUUAUUUUUGUUAUGUUCUAAAUCCUGCUUCUGCAAUUUAUUUCCCUUCUUUGAUUAAAAGGUAGACUAUAAUGUCAGGAGUACAAAUGUGUAUUCCUGACAUUAUAGUGUUUAAAACACAUUUUAGGCCACUGGCCCCCUCUGCCUCACUUUAAAGGUAAUAAAAAUGACCUUUAGUCCAGUGCCGCAUGUGUCAGUCACAGCUGGCCCUGGUCCCACCUGGCCGAGAUCAUCAAAAUUGACAAUCUUAGCCAGACCAGUGCUUUUGCAUAUUUAAUGCAUCUCUAGGAGGAAGUUCAACACCUCCAUGCAGAGCAUGGAGACAUGUCCUUGCGGCACUUUUGUGUAGCACUGACCCCAGAAGCACCUCUGCAGUGUUUACAUUAAAAUGCUUGCAUUGGCAUACUAACACACACACCUAAACUACAUUUAAGCUGUAAUUGUUGUGGUGACUAGGGUGUCCCUUUAAUAAAAAGUUAUGCUAUUCUGAUUCAAGGCCAGCAGGGUGCGCUCACUUUCCAAGCAAGCUUUUCAUCAGACUUGGCAUAUUUGGAAGCCUAUUUCCUCAGACACCCUAAACUUAUUUAUUUUUACAUGUUAUAGUAGUUUGAAACGCAACAAAUAAACUAUUUUCCUGUGUGCAUUUAUUGUAAAUCUUGUUCCUCUUAAACCUUAACACUCUCAUGAGGCUUUUUAAAAAUAAAAUGUAUUACAGUGUUUCUCCGAAAAUAAGACCAGGUCUUAUAUUAAUUUUAGUCACUAGGGCUUAUUUUCAGGGUAGGGCUUAGAGCCAGUCUGUCAGCCGGUGUCCGCGCUGUGUAACCCCCCCCAGAGACCCUCACCUCCCCCUCCCUGUAAUAUUAUCCCCCCUCCCUCCCUGUAAUAUUAUCCCCCUCCCUGUAAUACUCUCCCCCCUCUCUCCCUGUAAUAUUCUCCCCCCUCCCUCCCUGUAAUACUCUCCCCCAUCCCUGUAAUACUCUCCCUCCCUCCCUGUAAUAUUCUCCCCCCUCCCUCCCUCCCUGUAAUACUCUCCCCCUCCCUCCCUGUAAUAUUCUCCCCCUCCUCCUGUGGCUUCCCCCUCCCUCCCUGUAAUAUCUCUCCCUCCUCCCCUGUAAUAUUCUCCCCUCCCUCCCUGUAAUAUUCUCCCCCUCACUGUAAUAUUCUCCCCUCUCUCACUCCUCUCUCACUGUAAUAUUCUCCCCCCUCUCUCCCUGUAAUAUUCUCCUCUCUCACUGUAAUAUUCUCCUCCUCUCACUGUAAUAUUCCUCCCUGCCUAAUACUUCCUCCCUCCCUCCCUCUCUCCUGUAAUACUCCCCCCCUCUCCCUCUCUGUAUUCCCUCUCUCCCUGUACUCUCCCCUCUCCCUGUCUCUCUCUCUCCCUGUACCUCCUCCCCCUCUCUCUCUCCUGUGGCUACCUCUCUCUCUGACUCUCCUGUAAUGCUACUCCCAGCUCUCUCCCUGUAAUACCCCAGCUCUCCCUCCUGUAAUACUCCCCCCUCUCUCCCUGUAAUACCCCCUCUCUCCCUGUAAUACUCCCUCUCUCCCUGUAAUACUCCUCUCCCCUGUAUGCUCUCUCUCUUCCUGUAAUACUCUCUCUCUCUCCCUGUAAUCUCCCUCUCUCUCCCUGUAAUACUCCCCCUCUCUCUCCCUGUAAUACCUCCUCUCUCUCUCCCUGUAAUGCCCCUCUCUCUCCCCCUCUCUCUCUCCUGUAAUGCUCCCUCUCUCCCUGUACCCUCUCCCUGUAAUACUCCUCCCUCCAAUCUUCUCCUCACCUGCUCUUCCUUGUAGCGUGGCCGAGCUCCUCUCCGGUCCGUGACCCGGCCGGACUGACAGGAAGUGCACACCCAGAGAAGUCAUGCUUGAAAAAACAAAGUACACCCUUACUGCUUCCAAAGGAAUUAAGAGGUGAAGUACCAGACAAUUGUUGCUAAUAAAAUGCCCUUGAUUAACUGAUCAUCAGCAAGUGCGACCAUCCUAUAAAAGCCAACAUUUUAGCAGUUUCCUGGUUUGGAGCAUUCAAGUGUGUUAAGUAGAGACAUCCGCAAUGAUCUUAGAGAAGCAACUGUUGCUGCACAUCAAACUUGGAAGGGUUAUAAGGCCAUUUCCAAACAAUUUAAUGUCUAUCAUUCUACAGAGAAAAAGAUUAUUCUAAAGGGGAAAAACAUUUAAAACUGUUACCAAUCUUCCCAGGAGUGGAGGCCCCAGCAAAUUGGCCACAAGGUCUGACUGUGUCAUGCUCAGAGGAAUCGCAAAUGGCCAUAAUGCACAGUGCCAUGUUUGGCGAAAAUCAAACACCACACAAACACCUCAUACCAGUGGUGGAGGGGUGAUGCAAUGGGCCUAGGAACCUUGCAGUCACUGAGUCAACCAUAAAUUUCUCAAUAGCAAAGCAUUCUAGAGUCAAAUGUGAGACCAACUGUCCGACAGCUAAAUGUUGGCCUGAAUUGGGUCAUACUACAGGACAAUGAUCCCAAGCACCCCAGCAAAUCUACAACAGAAUUGCUGAAAAAUAAAUGAAUCAAGGUGUUGCAAAGGCCCUUUUAAAGUCCACACCUCAAUCUGAUUGAAAUGCUGUGGUGGAACCUUAAAGGGACACUAUAGGCACCCAGACAACUUCAGCUCAUGGAAGUGGUCUGGGUGCAUUGCCACAGGUCACUUAACCCUGAGCAGGUAAUUAUUGCAGUUUUUGAAUGGGUUAACUCCUCCUCUAGUGACUGUCUACCAGACAGCCAGUAGAGUUACUUCUGGGCUGUUUGGCGGCUUUUGGUUGCUAAACUGGUGGAUGUCCUCGCGCUACGCAUAGGGUGGUCCAGCGUCUCCCGUAACCCCAUAGGAAAGAAUUGCAUAAGGCUUUCCUAUGGGGAAAUCCUAAUGUGAGUGCAUGCACAUUAGGUCUCCCCUGUCAGAGAGACAGAGGAGGUGGACCAGAGCCAGUGCUGAGGGAAACUUGCCCAGGUAAGUUUAAAAAAAAAAAAAAAGAGUAAAAAUGACUGCUGGGUGUGUGGUAGGACAUAGCUACUAUUACUACUACUACUGGCUAGGAGUAAUGGGAGGAAUCACUUCACACUUUUGGCCCUCUAUGCAAUAAAAACCCUUUGCAUAAGGACACUCCUGCAUUCACAUAUACUGACUUGUUAAGUACACAUCUUAAGUAACUACAUGUUGUAUGAAAUAUUUUUCAUCUAUGGGUGGUGGUUAAAACAAACCAUUGUGUUAUAAAGUAUGUAGGGUGCCUGUGUAUUUUUCUAGUUGGGUUAAACACACCCCCCACCCCCAUAUUAUAUAGUUAUCAUUCAUGGUUCUAUCCAACUUUUAGAGCCAUGUAAUUUAAUUUCAAAGCAACAUGGAUCACACUGUUUUGAGAGAGACUAAUCUUGCAUAAUUUGACAAUGGGAAAUUGUGGCUUUCCCAUGCUGAGAAUCAUAGGGUUUAUGGUAAACUAAUUUGUACCUCACUGGAUCCCUUGAUCCCUUUUAGAUCCUGUUUGUACUUAAGCACUAAAUAACAAGUUAUGAGUUGACAGGUCAGUUAGAAAAGUUCUCCAGCUCAGCUGACUUCAAAAUCUUUUGGCUUAUUUAAGGCGAAAAAUAAGUGUGUAUGUACACACACACACAUACAUAUCCCAAAGAAAAUGUGUGCAUACCUUAACUGCUACUAACGUUCGCUACAUUUCCUGGGGCACAACGGUCAUCUGAUUGAAAACAGGUGUUGUCCAAAAAAAAAAAAAGAUAAAUUUUUGCUCAUUUUGGAGAUUUGCAUCUCUCUUCAUUAUUGCUGUUCCCAAAGCACUAUGACUUCAUACCAGGUAUUAUCAUACCCACCUUCUCUGCAUUUUCAUCCAUGUAUUUCUUUACUAAUGUCCUUUAUUAUUUUGAAGAACCAUUUUUAUUGUCAGUCUUCGAAAUAGCCCUUACUAUUAUAGUUAGUGUGUAUGAUUGCGUAGUGUAAGCAUUUGUUAUAAAGUAUGUGUGCAUUUUCGACUAGUAUUAUUUGUAUGAGAGUGAAUACCUGCAUUGAGCAGGGUAGUUUGUGGAUGUUUCUAAUAAUAAGCUUGGAAAUGUAUUGGGAUUCUGAAGGUUGAGUUUAAGUAAAAUGUUCCAAAUACUAAUUAGAAAGAUAUUGUUGGGUGUUGUCUAAACCGUAAAUAAAGAGUCUGAGCGAAAUAUUCAACCCAAAUGUGGGCUUUGUAGCAGAGGUCAAACCUUUGUUACAUAUUACUGAAUGCCAUAUAAUCUCCACUUAAAGGGACACUAUAGUCACCUGAACAACUUCAGCUUAAUGAGGUUGUUCAGGUGAGAACUAUAGCUCUCUGCAGCCUUUCUCAUGUAAACACUGUAUUUUUUGAGAAAAUACAGUGUUUACAUUGAAAGCUAGGAACACCUCCAGUUGCAGUCACUCAGAGUGAACCAGAGGGACUUCGAAGUGUUGAUGGAGGCAUAAUAUGCCUCCAUCCACUCAGAUCUGCUGUGCAUGAGCAUCCUGUGACCCAGUAUCUCCUCCCACUGCAUGCAGACACUGAAAUUUCCUCAUAGAGAUUAAUUGAUUCAAUUCAUCUCUAUGGGGAGAUGCUGAUUGGCCAGGGCUGUGUUUGAAUCAUGCUGGCUCUCCCCAUGAUCUGCCUCCUUGUCAGUCUCAGACAAUCCUAUAGGGAAGCACUGUGAUUGGAUCAGGCUAUCACAUGUAAGCAGACUGCUUGGUUUUUCCUGAGUCUCAGCAUGCAGAUUUACAGCUUCUGGCUUGAAUACAGUAAGAUUUUUAUUAUAUUUAUGGAGGCAUGAGGGGCUCAGGGGGGCUAGAUGGUCGUGUUAACACUAUAGGGUUAGGAAUACAUGUAGUUGCACUGGUGACUAGUGUCCCUUUAACGGAUUCUACCUGAUUUUCUAAAACAUUUUUGACACAGUGAAUGAAAGCAUACUCUAUAAUUUAGCAUUUAGUGUAUUUCGUCACAAUGAUGAAUAGUAAUGUAGCUUUUGUGCAUUAGAUUGUCAUAGUGAUGUAAGCUACUUAUUCGGUCUAUAAAAUACUGUGCUGUUUCUAAGACUAUUGUUACCUUGUAUUGACAUGUAUCUUGUGAAGCCAAGUGGCUUUGUAGUUCUACAAAAAUAAACCGAUCAUCUGCAAAGAAAAAGCAAACCAUGUUUAUUAUAUCCAUAAACUUCAACUGAAGUACUAUCACCAAGACGGCAACGGUGUGUCGGCACCUAAGUAACCCAUUGUUCCCUAUUUUAUACAAUUCCUAUUAUGAUAUGGCUUAAUCAAUUUAGUUGUAUUAUGAACAAAAUAAAGUUUAGUAUUUGAGUAUGCUUGUUCUGUGAGGGGGUCACCAUGUGUCAUAGCUUCACAUGAUUCCCUUCAAAAUUACUUUUAUAGUCCUUUUUUGAUCGCACUUGUGAAAAAGUAUAGCUGCAUAAACUAGUAGUCUAUCAGAAUAUGACUGAAAUUAGUGCAUCAUCUGUGACUAUUUUCUAAGAUUUUACUCAAUCCGUUUUUAUCCAUUGUCCAUAUUUGCAGAUUAAUGUCCUGCACCGGCAGCCAUUGUUGGCACAUGGAGUAAUUGGUGCUGCUCUGAGAAGCAUUUGAUUGGAGCAUAGCAACUGUUGUGUUGUGCAUGCGCCCUGUGUCUCAAAUUAUUCUCUGAGAAGCACUGGAGUGGACUUUAGUUCUCGUAAUGAUUACUUUAUGGGAGACAGAGGCUGAUCUGACGAUAACUUUGGGACACUUGAGGUUUUAAUAAAAAAAUAAAAAAAAACAGGUGGGAGGGUUAUGUUAAAUUUUAAUGAUUUUUAAUAUUGGUGUUCGUUAAAGAUUAGUCUUUGUAUCUUACACACACACUUUAUUUCCACAGCAGACUCUGUACAGCAAUAUUGUUUUUUUUAUAUAUAUAUAUAUUUUUUUUUUUCCAGACUUCAGAGCAAGAAACAAAAAGCCUACCAAGCAAGAAGGGCAUAGUACAAUCUAUUGUAGGUCAAGGCUACCAUCGUAAAAUUGUUCUAGCAUCCCAGUCCGUUCAGAAUCUGCUGUAUAAGUAAGCACUAAUUUCAUAUAUUUCAUAGAUGCUGUUUUAAUGUGUUUUUGUGAGACGAUAUCUUCUUCAGACCGCUUCUGUAUGUGACUAUUAUUUUUAUGGCUAGACUGAUGUUUUUUGUAUUUCUCGAACAAUAAUAAAUAUACUUUUUUUUUUUCCCUUACCUGGAAGGCGGUAACAAACCUUUCUAAACAUUGCUUACUUGUCUAGAAAGUAAAUUAGAGGAAAGCUACACGUCCAUCAAUUGGAUAAGUAAUAAUGUUGAAGAAAAUGAGGCUUGUGUUUGGUGCUUCAGAACGUUACUUUUAUCUUCUAGAACAUAUACUGAAAAUAGCAUUAAAUAUCAUUUUUCUCCCGAUUUAUAGACUGUUGAUAACAGUGUAAAUGAUUUAAUAUACUGGGUCAAAGCUGAUUUUAUUGAUUAAAACACAUUCCAAUAUAACCAGCUAAACUACCGAUUUACAGAAAAUAAAUUUGUUAUGAAUGCAAUAUAUAAUCUUAUACUUGGCAUGCAGUCAACAGAACUCAGUUACUCCGCAAUUCAGACCUUCGGUUAUACCUAAUGUUUGCAGUACAAAUGAAGCAUACUUAUUAAGAUAUCUCCAAAAAGAAGACAUCAGACAAAGAGGUAGUCUAAGCAACAUAACCGCACAACAUGGUAUUGUGGUUAUGUUGCUGGAAUGUUGGCAAUCAGGGCUCUCCCAGUACCUGGAGACUGCACCCUCUGAGUUGACUCUACCUGGGUCCUCUGGGUGCUCGCUGUCCAGCCUCUCAUUAGAGAUCAUGCCAACGCUGUAAAUUCCCUUCUUACUUACUGAUAUAAAUUCUCUGUGUUUGGAUGGAGUGCUUCAUAGUCCUUUAACUACAUUUCAGAUGAUGCUCAUGUAGCAGAAAGGUUGGCUUUUAUUGUCUUAAUCUCUAAUUAUUUCUGUCCAGGCUAUGAAUAGGAAAUGUGGCUGACACAGUUCUGUAAACCCUAACACAUGCAGAUGUUGUAUACUGAGCUAGCAUUUUUAAGAAGAUGUCUUGCUCAAGCAUGCCUCCUAUACAAAUUGUAAAACAAUACAUUUUGUGCCUGUAAAUUAAUCAUGAAGUACCACUGAUCAGUGAAACCAGGUAGCUUACAAAACCAGAAGAUGUACAAUUACUACAUAUGCUUCUUUGUGCUAUUGGGAGGCAGUAAAAAGAGAGAUGUCUUAAAGGUCAAAGUAUUUAAUUUCGGUGUUGUAGUCCACAAAGUUUAUUUUUUUAUAAAUGAAUCAUAAAUUCAAUAAUUACUACUGGCACAUAACGUUUUAAGAUAUUUUAUAUUGAAGUCUGUGGAUGUUUCCUUGACCUUAAACAUUCUUUCAUUCGUCUUUCAUCAUUUCACACUCUCAUCUGCUAACUAGCAAUAGAGCUCACCUUGUCAUGCUUUGUGGCAGUGAAUUAAUAUAGUAAAUGGCCAACAAGUGCAACCGCUUUGUGGUUGCAUUUAGUACAGAUGCACUUUGUGCUGUGGUGAUUCCUAUGCAAAAAAAUUCUAGGGCAUAUUUAACUUCUUUGAACUGUUAAAGAUUUUGUUUGUUCCCAUUAACAAAAAUUGAAGCCCUCCCCUAUAUUUAGUGUAAGCAUUUUACCAAUGAGGCAUGUUUAAAAAUAUUUCUUUAAAAAUAAAUAUAUUCUAUUUUUCUAGUGAUGGUGAGUCCUCCGCUAUUCCAGUUGCCAGCAUGGAGUUUGCAGCUAUAUGUCUGAGAAAUGCAUUGAUCCUUUUGCCGGAGGAUCAGCCAGAGUCAAAACAAGAAAAUGGUUCUAAGACGACCAGUCAGACAAGCAAUACAGACUCAAGUGGUGAGACUGGCGAAACAUGCAGGUAACAUUAAAAACAUUUGGAAAUAUUGUUUUUAUUUUAUUGUACUACACCUAAUGAUUAUAGAACCAAAGGUAUUUCAGGCUGCCUGUUUUAAAGAGGCUUGUGGGACAUCAUGCCUGUUGCGUGCCUCUAAACAUACUGUACGUGAUUUCUCUCUUAAAAAGAUCCCUACUUGCUUAUACUAUCAGGGUACAUGUUGAAAACUGUAUCAACUAUCCAGGUCUGUCCACUAAUGAAGCUCUUAACUUUUUAAUAAGUCUCCAGUUCGCCCGUCAGCAUUCGGUCUGUCUUGUUUAUUGUUGGUCUUUUUUUUUUUUUUCUUGUCUUUUGUCUUUUUAUAAAUUUUGUAUUAUUGUUUGAUGUUGCUUUGAACUAAUGUAUUUAAUUUCAGGACAUAUUAAACUUUGUAAUAGUAAUUUCAUGUUUGUAUGUAACAGUGUCUUAAAAUUUGCAAUUAAUAAUGAAUUUAAAAUAAAUAAAUAAAAAUUAAAAUGACUCUUUGUUGUGGUCCAGUGGGGCUGAAUUGGCCUUGUAGAGGACAGUGCAUUGUCCGCCUGCUCAGUCUGUCACUACUAUUGCAUGGUGCUUUGUGUGAGGGGAACUUGUAGAAUCAGUACAUUAUAAUGUCACACCCUCAAAAAAUUUUCUUAACACACCGUGCCCUUUCAAAGGGAUGGCAGCAGCUGUGCAUCAGGAAUAUAUACACCUUCAGCUUCUUUUAGAUGAACAUGCGAUAGUAAGGCAUAUUGGUGGGCAUCCCCUUUUUGCCUCUGGGCCACCUAUUAUCCCUGCUGAUAUCUGCCAGAUGGCUAGCAACCUUAAAUAAUUAUAAAAGAGAUCCUUUAGUCAGAUCUGCCCGGUGGAAUGCCUGGGGCUUGAGUCUAGGAUCUGUUCAUGUAGUGUACAGAUUACUGGAAAUCGUGUGUGGGUGGAGGUUGUGUUUUUAAUGUCUUUCAGUGACUGUGUGUGGGGUUAGUGAUUAUGUUGCAAUGUAUUUGUCAAAACAAGUGUGUGCUAGUGAGGACCGUUUGAUAUAAACAGAUUGAACAAUUUAUGCUUUCAUUUUUGAAAGUAUUAUGCAUAUUUACAUACACAUGUAUGUUAAUGUGUUUGUGUGUAUAUUACAAGCAUUUCUUAGAUAUGCAUAAUACACUCAAAUUGUACAUAAUAAAGAAUCUGAAUCACACUUUAAAAAUACAGCCAGUACCCACACCACACCCAUUCAGCAUGCGACCGGCACACACGCAUAUGCACACACCCUGAAUGAGGCUAGCGCAUGCAAGUCGCGCGCAUGCGACCGGCGCCCGUACACAUGCUGCGUGCGGCCAUCACACCGCACGCAUGCUGCAUGUGAAACACCACACGCUGCAUGCGGCCAAAAUGCAUGCAUGUGCGCAUGAGGCCAGUCCCCCCCGCCCCCCUCACACACCCUACAUGCGGCCAUCACACACAACCCUAACACACGCUGCAUGUGGCCAGCAAGCACACUAUGACAAGCUUGUUAAAGCGUUGCUUACUGUGUAUGAACUUGUCUCUUGAAAUGAUAUUGCUUCAUGUGUAGAAAUCACGUUCCCUUUGUUUACAUUUUAUAUCUUGGCUGUCUAAGUACAUAGCAUUUUUUUAAUUCAUUUUCUAAAGUUCUUAAUGUUAGUGGGGUUAUAAGUAGCUGUAUGUACUUUUACAUAAAUGAACACAGAGCUGCUUUCCAUACUUUGGUCCUUUCUUACGGCUUCAAAGGCUCCAGAUUUAGAUCUAGUACAACUUAGUUCUGCCCUGCCCCCAAAAUUAGGUGAAUUUUCCCAUGUUUUGGAGCAACACUCCUGUUUUUUGGGUAGCCAUGAUUUUUCUACAACCCUUCCCCCUACUGAUCAUAUAGGAAAAGGAAAGUGGGGGCUGUUUGGACAAGGCAUCUUCCAAAUUUCCCAGGUGUCCAAGCAUUUCAGCAGAAUAGAUUUGUUCUCUAGUAAAGCAUAUUUGGGUAUGUGUUUCAAAAAGGUCAACCUUUGUUUGUUUUUAUUUCAGCAAUAAAAUCCACGAAGGAGAAAAAUUUGUUACAGCUCCACCAUCCUCUCCACUGAGGAGACUAGAACUGGAAAACUUAAGGUGCGUAAGUAUACAUGUUUCAAUGGGCAGCGCUCUAGUUAAACACCUUUUCCAUGAUUCCACCUGUCUGUCUGGUUUUUGGUUAAAGAUAUAGCUGUUGUAUCCUGUUGUCUUUAGACAUUAUAUCAAAGUGUAAAAAAUAAAUAAAAUAGUACAGUAAAUGUUAAAGGUUAAACCUACCCAACAACAAAACAAUGUAACUUAAAAAAAAAAUCCAUUUAAAUCUUACUAUUUCAUAUUUAUUUUAGUAAUAUUGUAUGUGUGAACUUUAUAUUGUACAUUUUAGUACAUGAAAAAUACUAAAGUGCAGGUGUUGACAAAACCCGCAGGCCUCCCACCACUAGAGUGCAAAAAUCCAAGUAACCCCUGUUUUUUGGUUUUGUGAAUUCUCUAUUUUGAGUGUGACCUUUCCUGGAAAUUUUCUUUACCAGACUCAAAUACUCACUCAAAAUAGUGGAUUCACAAAAGUCCUGUGAUCUACAUUUGACUCAACAUCCGAGCUUACACCCUAAAAACCAAAGCGAGAGACCAAUAUUUCCUGCAAACUCCGUUCUGUUUCAUAAUGAAGCAAAAUGCAGUAACACAAACUACUGCUAGGGGGAGCCUGCUUUCUUUUUUUCCCCCUGAAAAUAUUUAGAGGUGUAGCCUGUUAUUACAAAUGAAAAUUAAGUUGUAUAUUUAUAGAUGUUGUGAAUGUGAUUUGUAUCUGUGUUGGAGGGGGGGUGGAAUUUAGAUCAUUUAAAUUAGCUCCUUACAAACACUAAAGUUGCAUUUGGGAUAUAAUUUAUGCCUAUUGACUUAUCUAAUUUCAGGUCUUUUAUCUAGCUAAAAUGCCUUCCUGUAAAAGUUCAGCUAUAAUAAUUCUUUAUGAUUUAAAUCACUAGCCCUUACAAGUGAAUGAAUGUCAUCAGCCAAGCUUUGCAUCUUUUAUGCAUAUUCACUUAGCUUCUAUACAUUAAUACAGUGAUGGUUGGGUCUACAUUUACGUGCUGAUUUUGAACGUUUGCCCAUUGACAAAGAAUUGACCAGUCUAUAAUUUUAAUGGUAGGUGUAUAUUAACAGUGAGAGACAGAAUUAAAAAAAAAAAAAAAACUUCCAGAAAAACUCAUGUCAAAAAAAGUUAUAAAUUACUUAUGCCUGGAUAUUUGGCUUCUGCGCAAGCCACUCAUAGAAAUGCUAAUGUACCAUGGAACACUCGGCUUCUGUGAAAGCCACAUACAGAAAUGCUACUGUACCAUUGAAUUGACUGUCAGUGAACAAAUAAAGAAUUAAAAAAUAUUUUUUUUUUUUUUAUAUAAAUUGAUUUGCAUUUCAAUGAGUGAAAUAAGUAUUUGACCCACUUAGUACUUGGUGGCAAAACCCUUGUUAGCAAUCACAGAGGUCAGAUGUUUCUUGUAGUUGUCCAUCAGGUUUGCACACAUCUCAGGAGUGUUUUUUUUUCCCACUCCUCUUUGCAGAUACUCUCCAAGUCAUUAAGGUUUCGGGGCUGACGUUUUGCAACUCGAACCUUCAGCUCCCUCCACAGAUUAUCUGUGGGAUUAAGGUCUGGAGACUGGCUAGGCCACUCCAAGACCUUAAUGUGCAUCUUCUUGAGCCAUUCCUUUGUUGGCUUGGCUCUAUGUUUUGGGUCAUUGUCAUGCUGCAAUACCCAUCCACUACCCAUUUUCAGUGCCCUGGCUGAGGGAAGGAGGUACUCACCCAAGAUUUGACGGUACAUGGCAUUGUCCAUUGUCCCUUUGAUGCGGUGCAGUUGUCCUGUCCCCUUAGCAGAAAAAUACCUCCAUGUUUGACGGUGGGGAUGGGGUUCUUGAGGUCAUAGGCAGCAUUCCUCCUCCAAACACGGUGAGUUGAGCUGAUGCCUUGAGCUUGUUUUUGGUCUCAUGUGACCACAACACUUUCACCUAGUUCUCCUCUAAAUCAUUCAGAUGUUCAUUGGCAAGCUUCAGAUGGGCCUGUACAUGUGCUUUCUUGAGCAGAGGGACAUUGUGGGCGCUGCAGGAUUUUUCACAGCAUAGUGUUUUACCAAUUGUUUUCUUGGUGACUAUGGCCCCAGCUGCCUUGAGAUCAUUAACCAAAUCCUCCCGUGUCGUUCUGCGCUGAAUCCUCACCGUUCACAUGAUCAUUGAAGCUCCACAAGGUGAGAUCUUGCAUGGAGCAACAGACUUAGGGAGACUGACAGUUAUUUUCUGUUUCCUCCAUUUGCGACUAAUCGCAACAACUGUUGUCACCUUCUUGUAAAGCUGCUCGACGAUGGUCUUGUAGCCCAUUCCAGCCUUGUGUAGGUCUACAAUCUUGUCCCUGACAUCCUGGGAUAGCUCUUUGGUCUUGGCCAUGGUGGAGAGUUUGGAAUCUGAUUGCUUCUGUGGACAGGUGUCUUUUAUACAGGUAACAAACUGUUAUUUGGAGCUCUUUACCUGUAUAAAAGACACCUGGGAGCCAGAAAUCUUGCUGAUAGGGGAUCAAAUAAUCAAUUUGGCAGUGGGCAAACAUUCUAAAUCAGCAGGGGAUCAAAUACUGCCCCCCCCCUGUACAUUUUUAAACUCCUGUAUGCAAAAUGAAGGAUGUCAGUUGAUGCCCUUUUUACUUUGACUAUCAUCUACCUUUAGUUUAAUAACUGUGCACACAGUGAUGAGCAGAAUCUGAUUUGAAAUUGCUCUCAAAUGACUUGAAUUGUUUAAAAUUUUAUUUUCAAAACCAUAAACAAAUGCCUCAUCAGGAGUUUGAUGCCUAUGUACUUCUAAAAUCAGUGGUAAAAACAAAACAUCUGAAAGGAGGCAUUGUACAAAUAAGUGCUUCUGUUAUCUCUGCAUAGCCUUGUGUUUCUAAGUUGUUGUCUUUUUUUUUUUUUUUUUAAUUCUUCUUAAAUAAAGGAUUUAAAAUGUCAGGAAAGAUUACAACGAUUGAUUUUAUUUUAUAUUUCUUUAUCGGGAAGUUGAAGUUAAAGGGAAACUAUAGUGCCAGGAAAACAAACUAGUUUUCCUGGCACUAUAGCUUCCCCCCUCUGUCAAGGCCUCCUCCUGCCUCCAGUCACUUACUUGGGUCCAGUGGCGAUGUCCCUCAGCGCUGGCUCAGCUCCGCCCAUGCUGACGUCCACCGCAGGGGAGACCUCAUGCGCGGCAGUGUCUGCACUCGCAUUAGGAUCUCCCCAUAGGAAAGCGUUAUUCAAUGGGGGGGAAAUCUGACGCUGGAGGUCCUCGUGCAGUGUGUGAGGAUGUCCAGCGUCAGAUACUGGACCAAAAGUCUCUUUGCAUUCAGGAAGUCGCUCUAGUGGCUGUUUGGUAGACAGCCGCUAGAGGAGGCGUUAACCCUAUACAAAAAACUGUAAUAAUUACCACUGCAGGUUUAAGGGUGAUGGGAGUUUGCACCCAGACCACUUCAAUGAGCUUAAGUGGUCUGGGUGCCUACAGUGUCCCUUUAAAUUGCUUGAGAACCAGGUAGUAGUUUUGACAUGUUUAUGUAACUUGCCUAGCCAAAGAUAAGACAUCUGGGUUUAGCCUGCCUCAUGUGUUGAAGACGCACAGUUACGUAUAACUGAUAUUGCUAGCCAGGAAGAGCGUAUUCUUACUGACUGACUGGAAAAAAGUUUAUAGGUGUGUGUGUUUUUCUUUUUUUCUUUUUUAAAAGCUGGAAGGAAAGUUCUGUAAAAUGAAGUGAUUGUGGUUGUUGGUAACCAUUUAGAAGCAUUAAUGCAAGCGUGAUGUCAUUUGCAGUCUGCAGAAGGCACGGUUCCUUUUAUCUACUCAUCUGAUCCAUGAUGCAUGCACUAUUAGAUUAUAGCAAUUGCUCAUUUCCACAUCAGUCCAACUGAACUUUGUCUGAUUGUUCUGUGCUGAGUGCAUGUACCUAAUAUGUCUGUCUUUUACAACUUAGUGUGCUCACUGGUGUGUUGUGGGGCCUAGUGGAGGAGAUGCCAUACAUCCCACGUGGACUGACCAUGCCUCAGUAACUGCCAGAGCUUUUUCCAUUGCUCUUGGGCAACGCUUCAAUAAGUUGCUGCAUCACCUGGCUGAACACUGAGAUUCCAUAAAUUUUAAAGUGUGAGAACAAGCAAGUCUUGUUUCAAUAGGUCAUGACCAAGUGAUCUGAUCAUGGCAGCCAUGGGGCGAUGAAGGGGGAAUACAAGUUCAGUAUAAUCCCUUUCUUGCUUGGGAGGCCUUCCGAGCAUCACAGUCUGGAGUUGGAAAGCUUCUUUUAGAAAAUUAACACCUCCAUGAUCUGUCCGUUUAAAGCAAUUUUGUAAUGUCACACAGCGGUUUCAGAAGUAGGGCAGAACUUUCAAGGCACAUUUUUAGAGGUUUUAAUAAGGAUGAAACUUCAGAAUAAUAGAACAAUCCAUAGAUCAUCACUAGCCAAUUUUAUAACUCUCUAGUUAUUGACACUUUGUUUCUUUUAGAAUGAUGGCUAAGCAUCAUUUGAGAUUCAACAGUUGGAGUUCGAGCUGCUGCAUAAACAUUUCCACAGGUUUUGGGUUUUUUCAAUUAAUCAAAAUUUGUAGCCAUUGAUUUAUUGAUUUAAAAGGUGCACUCACAGGGGUUUUAAAAUGAAAAUAAUAUACUUUACAUUAUAUGCAUAGAUUUUUAAGACCGUGUAAAAACACUUUAACAUUAGCAUCAUCAUAUUACCUCCCCAAUUUCAGGAGACAGUGCUAAGGCAUAUAAUUAUGAAGCCUAUAAUGGUGCUGAAAUAAAAAUUUCUACAAUAUCAAUCUAAACACAAAAUUAAUUUCUCUGCUGUGAUACUUAAAGGUGCAAGUGAUUAGAAUAGCUAUUCUGAUUUAUAAACAACAACAAAAACUUACACUUCUAUCCUCCACACAUGUGCUAUCGGAUUCUUCUGUGGGAGAUAUAGCAUACCCAUUGGGCACAAUUAUGACAUUUGAGGGAGGGAAAAAUUUUGCGAAGAUGUACGAUGUCCUUUUGGCUGCUUCUGAGUGCGUUCGUUUUUUCUUGUAUCUUGUCUAUGUUGCCGUUCUUUGUCCCUACCUGCUUCUGGUGGGUGAUCUGCAGGUUCUCAGGAGAUUUGCUUAGCAUGGAGGUCAUGGACACUCACCAUCUAUGCUUGCGUUGGGAGUACACCAAUGCUAAACUGCUGUCCCUAACAGUACAGUGCAGCCAUCUUAGGCCUGUCACUGUGAACAAGUCAAACUCACUGUGGGCUCUCAGGGGCUUUGGUCUCUUUGAGAUGAAACUUACUAAUCAAUGUCCUAAAAAAUUUAGGCAAUUAGCAAUUCCCUGCAGUCGUGACCUCCUCUACUAGAAGUCACCAAUGGUAAUUUCCAGCCUGAAAAUGUAAAAGCAUUGGCAUAUGUUAAAUGGUUUCCAUUGUAGAAAUCAACAAGAUUUUCUGUUGGGCAGAGGGCGCCCAGGUGACAUUCUUGAAGUGGAGAACCAGAGGCUGAUUUUUCUUGGACAAAAAAAAUCACCAUGGGAAUUCCAACUAGAGGUGUUUUUAUUCUUUUGUGUACAGGUAAGGAAUCCUGGCCACCUAAAUUAUGGCCUUUUACCUGCUAAGAUUCUUAGGUAUUCUGACUGGUCACAGGAUCCAAGAUCAUUUUUGGUAGACAUAUUUGUGGUUUAGUGAGACAACAGAGUGACCAGUUUCCCCAUAUUUAUUCUUUAUUUUUGUUAUGGAAAAAAGACUUGCAUCUUAUGCAAUAGGCCAGAAAUCCACAUUUUUUUUAUUUUAAUUUAAGUAGGAACAUUUGUGCACAGAGAACAACAAGAAAUACAUCUUGACAACCAGAAAAGGUGUGCAUGCUAUAAAACAUAUGCUUAAAAUAUGUAAAACUUAAAACUUGGUGCACUUGUGCUUCGUAACUGUGCACAAGUGGAUCAAGCCCAGUGAAAAUUAUCUUGCUUGGUUUUGGGUUGUGGUGGGGAUGUGUAUGCAAGACUGUAAACUAAAGUAACAUGAACAGCAUUUUUUUAGGGGUAGCCUAUGAAGCAGGGUAGAAACCCAUUUAUCACCUUAGGCCUGUGCAACGCUGAUCAUAAAUGUGGGAAGUAUUGGUGUACUGUAGACAUGAGGUCUUUGGAGCCAUAGUGUUUGCUAAUGCGGCCACUAGUGUGCAAGCUCUUGAUAGGACAUGGUAUAAACUAACGGCUGACCCUUAUCCUCCACUGUUAUACAAAAUAAAAUUAAAGGCAUUGCGAGAGGAAACUUAAAACAAAUAAUAUCCAUUAAAAAAAAGUGUUGCACUCAAUCUUGGGUGGGGAAAGAGUUCAGCCACUCCAGACAUGGGACUACACUAGACAUCGUGACCACAAGCCCCAUUGCUGGCGCGCGGUUUCCCUAUGGAGUAUAGUGAAGCCAGCUGUGUUUUGCAUAGAGCUAGUGCGAUUCGUUUCCCCCAUAACUGAUGCUUCUGAGGGUUAUUGCCAGGAUCCGCCAGGAAUCUCCUGAUGGCCUAACAGGAAAUGGUAUACGACCUGUUUUUAUAAUGUCCCAGUUGAUGCCUUGAAUGUUUGUGCUGCUCCGGAAUGAUCUUACCCAUAGCAUUUUCAAACAUCCAUGUCCUGAUGUCUUUGGCAAAUGUGUAGUCCUUCUGCGGAAGGGUUUCUCUUGUGUAGGAUUGGAAAAGCGUUUAUCAUCUUGUUUAGCAUUGGCACCUGGCACAUAUUCCUGAUGUCCAGACAUUUGUUAAUGCUUAGGCCUGAAUUCUCCCAAUGGUUGAUCGUGGAAUUAAAUUUCCUUCAUCAGUCUCCCUUCAAUCCUAUAGAUUGCAUCUUCAGCUCUUGAUGGGUAAGGCUCUCUUUUGGUUUGUCAUUUCUUCAGCUUAGAGGAUGUCUGUGCUUUUGACUCUGUCGUGUGCUCACCCCUCUCCUGGUUUUCCAUCAGGUUAGGGUAGUUCUUUGCACUGUCUUCCUUCCUAAAUUUAUUUUCACUUCUCGACUCAAUUAACAAGGAGAGCGUGGUACCUUGGUUUUGUGAAAAGUAGGCCAAUGUUAAGCAAUGCUACUACAUUCUUUAAUGUGGUCUGAGCACCUAAAUGUUAUAUGGAAGUUACAAUGGUUUUUUUAAAACUCUGCUUCGCUCUUCUUUCAGUACCUCUUAAAGGCCCCAAAGCUUUGACUGUUUCUUUGCAGUUUUGGCAACUAGUGUUUGGCUGACCAUCAUACCCAACAUCUAGCUGAGUGGUGUUUCCUUCAGGACCUUCAAGCAUGAAGUUUCCUUUGUGCACAUUUGCAAGGCAGCCACUUGGUCCUCUCUGCACAUCUUUUACCAGGUUUUAUUGUUUUACUACUUUUUUCAUCCUUUUGAUGCAGUGUUUGGCAGAAAAUUUAUGAGCACUGGUCAAGUUUAGUCUCCUGUGCCCACCCUAUCCCUGUAACUUGGGAGUUACUUAUUUCAUAUGUUACGACUCUCAAGCACCUUGAUGACCUUAAAGGAACACUAUAGGGUCAGUUGUGUAUUCCUGACGCUGUAGUGUUAAACAAAUUAUCCCACCCCCCUUGCUUCCCUUAAAACUAGUAAAACUCACCUUAUUUCUAGUGCCCUGAUCUACCUUGGCUGACAAAAUUGAUGAUCUCUGCCAAUCACAAUGGUUUCCAAUAGGAAAGCAUUGGCUUGGCUGAAAUUGUAAAUUCUGAUUAUUUCUGUCAGGGAGGCGGGCUGUCUAAUGGAGCCAGCCGCUGCCCUGGACAAUCAGUAUCUCCUUAUAGAUACAUAGAAUCAAUGCAUCUCUGAGAAAAGUUCAGUGUCUACAUGCAGAGCGCUGACUACACUUGCCAAAAUAACUACAUUAAGCUGUAGUUGUUCUGGUAACUAUAGUGUUCCUUUUAGAUGUGAAGCAAUAUUUUAUGCUUACUGAGAAAUUUAAUAUCACUUGUUUGUAAAGGCUUCUCUCUAGGAUACCUGUGACAAGUAGAUUUGCUAGGAAGGAGGGAGUACUUCAAGAAAUUCUGAGUGUUCUAUCUGUCCAGUUUGGGGAUCUAGUAUUCCACAUGUUACGGCUCCCGUGGCAUAAUAAAUGACCACAUAGGUUAAAAAUGAUUAAUCUGUAAGCAUAAAUUGUUUUUUAUAGUGCACCUGCUGUUUUAUUAAUCCCUUACCUACAGAUGAGAAAAAACGAGGAAGUCUUCUCCUUAGGUACGGAGUCCCUUUGACUGCACAUUAUUUAUCUCCAUUAGCUGUGGGAGUGAUUGGGUAGCUGAUCCUGCUUACCCCCUGUACUAUUACCCAUCAUGCUACAGGGGCGUGUUAAUAGUAGGGUCCAUAUCAUAGUGGGUGCAGUAAAUGAUUUCAUUUUUAAUUUAUAUUGUUAGUUGCUGAUACAGAUUAACAUUUUGUUUUUAGAGCACAUUCAUGAAUGAUUUUUUUUUGGUAUUUGUGCCACUGCUACAGCCAAUUAGUAAUUUUCUGAGUAUAAUAAAUCUAGCAAACCAUCUUAAAGGGACACUAUAGUCACCCAGACUACUUCAUCUCAAUGAAGUGGUCUGGGUGCCAGGUCGCUCAGGUUUUAACCCUUCAGAUGUAAACAUAGCAGUUCCAGAGAAACUGCUAUGUUUACAUAGCAGGGUUAAUCCAAUCUGUCUUCCCGACAGGCGCUAGAGGUGCAUCCAGUGUGCAGAACAUCCAUAGAAAAGCAUUGAGAAAUUGCCACGCAUGCGCAUUCUGCUCCACUCAGGAGAGGAAUUCGCCGGGGGAGCACGACGCUGGGUUAAGGUAAGCUGCUGAACGGGUUUUAACCCCUUCAGCGCCAAGGGAGGGGGACCCUGAGGAUGAGGGCACCAUAGUGUCAGGAAAAUGGGUUUGUUUUCCUGACACUAGUGAUCUUUUAAUUUAUACCCUUGUAUACAAAUGUAUUUUUUUCACUAGUCCAUUCACCCACUCUAAUUUUUCUAAAUCUUUCGUUUAUUGUGCUUGCGGAAGAACACUUAGGCUUGCAAUGCCACACCAGUGGUUGCUCGACCGUCAAUGCGACAUACAUAAACAUGUGUUGGGCAGAUAUUAACAAUGCACAUUUUAUAUUUUAUAAUACGAUAGUUUCAAGAGAAUUCUCAGUGUCUGUUAUAACCUGCUAUAGAGUCGGCUUUGAGUCAUAUUGACACUGCUGAUACUGAGUCAUGUGAAUACAAGCUUAGAUGGGAUAAUUCUAUAGUAUAGAUUACACAUAGAUUUUGAACCGGCUAAUAUUGAGGAUCAUGCUAGGGCCCUAUAUUAGGAUCUAAACAUAAGAUCUGAGUGGUCAUAAGUUUAGAGACGUAAGGUAUUGAACUGCAGCUCUCAUGUCUAGAGACGUAGUACUAGUUUAGACUAAGAGUUUAGGUAGUUUAAGAGUCUUCACGCUAUAGGUUGAGUAGAGGCAUUCGCCUUAUUUGCGCAUUUCUACAGUUAGAACAAGUGAAUGCUAAGUAAGGCUACAUGUUUGCAAAUAGGAACAUAAGACAAGGUGAUGUAGACUGUCAUUUUGCUUCAGUGGGGUUACAGGACUAAGUUGCAAACAAUUUGGUUUUCAAAGAGAGGGAGGGCAAGAGUAGACAUAAGCCAACAGGUUAAUCGCAUUGUGCAGAACCGUCCUUCAACCCAAUAAAUAGUCUGUCAGGGUAGUGCAUAAUGGUGGAUCAACCGAUGCCCACUGCUGGUAGGCUAUCACCCCAGAGUACUCCCUUCAAUAUGCACGUGUGCUGUCAGUCCCAAAGUCCUCUACACCGCUGCACCAUGUCUGCAGUCGGGCGGCACAGCUCCUGUCCUGGACUAGGUUCCCUGGGUCUUUUCCGUGCCUGUGGUUGGUGCUGUAUUGUGCGUUCCUUCUGCCAAGGUGAUUUGGGAGCGUGUGGUCGGUCUUUGCCUGGUCGUCGUGUGGUGGACCCGCGAUAAGAUGGGUAGGCAGGUCCACGUUGGUGCCCCGUUCGGGUGAUUGUGGGUUUUGGGCGCUCGCUUGGUGGGAGUUAAUUAGCUGUGUGAUCACGUUGUAGGAGUGGGAGGCCGUGGUGGGGCAGGUUGGUAUAGCCUGACUUUCAGCUUCCUCCAGAAUGCCUCGAAGUGGUUGCGGGUUCGUGUGAGGAUGUCUUGUGAAGUGUCUAUUGGAUUAUCGGCACAUGCCGCGUCCGCCAUUUUAGGUAGGUCUUAGUUUUCCUGCCUUGGCGCCAUUCUGAUUCUCUGCAUGCCUGGGGUAGCCACCCUUGGGUGGACCGGGAUCACCCCCGAUGGUCGGGGGGGGGGUAACAGGCCUGGUUUUUGUGGUGAGCAGCAUCAGGAUGCCAGGGGAGCAGCUGCCUCCCCCGUCUGUCGCGUACUAGUCUGCAAUGUUGGUUGUGGUGUCUGGAAUUGCCGUUUGUGCCGCUUGUAUGAGCCAUGUUUUUCUUGUUUUGCCAUGUUUGUGAGGGAGCUUGUGGAAAACACGCCUCUCCGCCAUGAUGGUCCGGCCCCGCCCCACCCACUCUGUAAUUUAAAUGUUACUUGAAUUUAUAGAAUUUUUUUCUUAAAUUAACAACAAAAAAUUAAAAAAAUCUUGAAAACCCAUCUUUGCUGAGUAAACUAUUGAUAAUACACAACUCUUUUCUGUAGCAUCAGUAUCACACUAUGAACUAUGACAAACUGGCUAUAUUGUACAAAAAAGAAACCCUCAUAAGAUGUAUUUAUAAAUGGGCCAUAAGCCUAUGACAUUCUAAGCAACCAGGCAGAUUUGCAGAUCUGGAGUUCUUGGUUCCAUGACUGGGCAGUGUGGAUUUGUUAUGUGGUGUUUACUAUGCACAGCCAGUGUAACCUAGCAGCACAAUCUAAAACUUGCUGCACUGUCUACAGGAAUGUCAGUGAGGAUGGAGCUACUUGAUAUGCUCUCUAGGUCUCCUUUUCAUAGCUCAAAUCGAUGAGUUCAACCCUACCCCCCCCCCCCAUGUUGUGAUCUAACACUGUUAAUUUGAAAUGCUCCUCCUCAAAGAAGUUCUAUGCUGUUUAAAAAAAAAAAUGAGAUUAGGAGUUAAAUAUAAAGAAUUUGGAAAGUUGUGUAAAAUCACAUUUUACAUCAGGCCUUUUAUUUUGACUUCCUUUUUUUUGGAGUGGAAUGGGGAGGGGGAAAUGGGGGGUUGGGCUUAAAUUCAGAUGCUGUGUUAAUAUAUCCCCCUUCACUGUAUUUGGAUUGUAACACAUCAUUUAUUUGUGUCUUACUUCUCCUUGGGUAUUAAGUAUCUAUUGGCUGUCACUUCUCCUGAUACUCUUUUUCUACAUGCUUAUGUUCUACUUGGAAUGUAAUAAAUAAGCACAAAAGCCACUCUUAAUGUGUUAGUUUUGCUGCAUAGUGUCUAGUAUGAGUACUGCUGUGUCUUAGAAAUGGAAAUGUUUGUCAGUCAGUAUGUUUCUAGUAGCACUGUGGACAGAGUGCCGCUGAAUUAAAGUUGUGUUUUAAAAGAACACUCCAUGUAACGCAACCAAUACAGCCCUAUUUAGUGCCUUGCGACUGGUUUGAUAAUGUAGUUAGGGUCAACUGGGCACCCUUUUCUGCCUCGCUUGGAUACAAAAACACCUGCAAGGAGAUUCUGCUGGGCUAAGCCCUGCAGUGCAGGUCCUGUAGUUUGGCUGAAAGUAUCACCUGAGCGCUGUCAGCCAAUGAACACCUACCUGCAUGACCAGGCUUAGCUCUGUGGCAGAGCUUUUGACUGCAGGUUUCGUUUUCAAUCAGAUCUUAAAGCACAGUGUAUUGACCUUUCGAAGUUUUUAUCUCCUGCACUAUUAAACAAACAUUUAAUCACCCAAAAAAGGCUCUCGCAGGCUUUUAACAGAGCAGGAGAUUGGAAAUUCUAAAUCAAACAUAUUGACCAAUAACGUUUAAACAUUAGAUCUCUCUUUACAGGACGUUUAGGGAGAUAGUGUAGUUCACAUACAUGGGGACUUGUGACUAGUGUUACAUAAGCAAAGUGAUUUAACUCCUAAAUGGAAGAGAAUUGAGCAUUGAAACUGCAGGGGCAUGAUCUAUACACCAAAACUAAUCCACCGAGCUAAAGUUGUUUUGGUACUUAUAGCAUCCCUUUAAGUGUAAAUCACACUUAAAUCUAUUAUCUUGGCUUUUUUAUACUUUUAAAUGGCUAUUUAUAUUUUAUAAUAUGGAUGCUGGUACUGGACAUUUGUAGGGUGGAUAGAAUUUUUAUUUUUUUGGUUAUCCGUUGCAUUAUGGGCAAAGCAAUAAUCAAAUUAAUGUAUUUAUUUUUCUAGCAAAAAAACAUUUUUAUUUAAACUUUGCAACUUUGCAUGAUUUAGUUUAUUUUAACUUGCAUUCUUCUUAGCUGAGUUUGCUUGUAUGUUUAGAAGCAAAGUUGAACUAAACCUUGAAACGCCUCGAAGGCAGCUGUACUUUGAAUGGGUGUUCUGAAGGCAUUAUUGUUUAGGAUUAGGCAAUUUGUAAGUGCUACUUCUGCUAGUGGUUCUUCUGCUCCAGAAGUCUGUCUAACUUGGUUAAGCAAACACUUAGCUGAUCUGACAUUUCAUCUUGCAAAACACUGUUGCUUAGAAUUUGCUGCAAUCUUUCUCAGACACGUGGCGCAUUUCUCUUUUUGAAAGGUUUUGUGUAUGUAUGUGUGGUCCCAGUAAAGCAGAGCACAGCCAAAUCUUUCAAGGUUUCUUUCACUAACAUUACUGAUAAAUGCUUUCAGCUUCUGGUAGAAAACAAACCCUGACACAAAUAUUAUAAAAUUUUAUAAAGAAGUGUUUUUUUUGUUGUUUUUUUUUAAAUGUAGGUUUCACAUUCUUUGUGCAACGACCUUACAUUAUUUAGUUCUAAAGUAAAUGGAAUAAGUUUAACAGUUGUAAAACAGUGUGUUGCAAAUGCAAACGUUAAAAUGCAGUUAAAUAUGCAUUAAGCUGUGUGUUCAAGCAAUGUUCAUUCACCUAUCACCCUUUUCGAAUAGUUUCCUUUUACUCUGAGAAUAGCCAUCACCAUUUACAGUUGCUUGUGCCAUUUCGUUAAAGGAUCACUAUAGGCACCCAGACCACUUCAGCUCAAGUUUUAACUAGUUUAACCCCCUAGUUUUAACUCUGCAGCUGUAAACAUAGUUUCAGAGAAACAGCUAUGUUUACAUUGAGGGUUAAUCAAGCCCCUAGUGGCUGUCUAACUGACAGCCACUAGAGGCUGCUUCCGCGAUCCUCAAUGCGAAAAUUGCUGACGUCCAUAAGAAAGCAUUGAGUAUUUUUUUUUAUAGGCUAUGCAGUAGAACACAAAACUGUUUAUUUGAAAUACCUCUUUUUCAGUGUAUUUCCUGGCUUACCCUUGCUCUGCAGGGGUGGCCAUCUUGACACGUUUCUCUGACUACAAAUCAUGUGGGUAAUCAAAAGCCUAGUGUAAGUUCAGGGGUCAUGAUAGCAUGUGCACGAACCAGGCAUCUUAAAAAUAAACUGUGGGUGGGUUUCCAGGCCUUCCAUGGUGAGACAGUCCCGAUUUUGGUGUCAAACGUUAGUGUCCAGGUGUCGGAGUUAGUGGACGGAGACCAAGAUGCAGAUCGGUGCUGAAGGCAAUGGACCAAGUUCGCAGUACCAAAGUAUCAGACGAAGAGAGUAGUCGGGGAAGCCAAAGGUCGGGUCAGGCUGCACAGGUUCAGAAGCAAUAAUACAGGCAAGGGUCAAGAUCAGGAUACAACAGGACAGUCUCUAAAGGUCUUUAAACAAUCAGGACCACAGUGCAACUGAGUGAAGAGUCAUGGGUGUGUGCGACUUAAAUAGGGAAAAUGGGUUGUCUCCACCUCCUGUACUUUUAAAAGGCUCUGUGUUGGGGCGUGCCCUUUGAUUCUCCUGAAGUUCUAUCUUCUGUGUGGUCGCACAUGGAAGCAGCAGCGUUCAGACUUCUGUUAUUGCUGUGUUUGGGAGCCGAUGUCAAUACGAAUGGACUUCUGCCUGCAGUAUAGGUGAGUGGCGUUCGUAGGCAUGGAGUUCUGCCUUCUGUGUCUGGUAAGUGGCGUUCGCAUGAACAGAGGUGCUGUUUGUAUGAACGUGGGUGGUUAAGCCAAACGUGCUGCCAGAGGGUUGCGCUCCGACAAGAUGUCACCGUGGCGUGGGAGUGAGGUCCUGAUACCAGGGAACUGUCCCCAGGCAGCACAGUACAGGUGCAUCAUUGGACACUUGAGAUGUACGGCGGGCACUAAAACCAUGCAGGAGAAGUUCAUACAAGAUCCAGCGCACUCACUCAUUCACUAAACAGCAGGUUUUGUUUUUUUUAAACGCCUAACUGAAAUGAAAGUGAUGGGGGUUUAGUUACAGUAUAUGAUCAUACAUUGCAGUGCAAGGAUAAAUAGGGCUCUGGAAUGAGGUAUCUGUGACAGUGAGGGGUGGAAAACGUUAUGAAUUGGCCUUAGAAUUAUGCAUGUUCCGGUGAAUGCAGCCCUCUUGGUUUCCUCUAUAAAUAUAUUUUAGGUUUUGCACCCCUCUCUGUGCCUUAUUUUAGGGCACUAUUUAACCUUGACCUGCAGAUUGUCCCAGGAAGAAGCUUUUCCCAAGUAAGCAGGUUAAUCUCAUACGAGCCGGCAUUAGGAUGCUAGAGUAGGAUCUGCCAAAAAUGGGGUAUAUUGGCAUUGUGGCAGGUUUAUGCAAUGUGUGAUCAUAUACUGUAACUAAACCCCUAUUUUUGCAAAGGUAAGAAUUUUUUCUUUUUUUAAAUUUAUAUAUUUUUAAAACUAUUACAAUCUGUGAGCUUUGGAAUUGCAGUUUAGUGAAGUGAGUGUGCUGGAUCUUGUAUGUUGUAUGAAUUUAACCCAGCAGCACCCUAAUAAUAAUAAAAAUAAUAAUAAUAAAAAAUAUAUAUAACACAGAUGCAAUGGUACAUUCAAUGUAAUUCAAUUUUCAGUAAUUGAAAAAAGAUAGUUUUCCUUUAGUGGACAACACAAAUACAGAACAUGAGUAACAUCGAUGUGGGCUGAUCUUUUUGAAGGGAAGAAUGAAACAUCACCUGAGCGGACAGAACAAAAAAGUUGUUCCUCUGAAGUAUCAUUUAGUUCCAAUUGGAAAGAAAUUACAAAGUAUAGUUCCUACAGAAUUUUUACAGCCUUUUGUUCCGAAAGCAAUUCUGUCUUGUCUGGAUUUCCAAUUAUUGAUGGAAGUGGUUUUGGCACUGUUAAGUUGCAGGCUGCUAAGCCUUAUUGGUGAAAUGGCAUUAAUGUUACACCUUAAUGUGGAUUUCCCUGUGUUUUUUUUUUUCUCUCUCUCUCCCUCCUCUCCUCUGUAAACUCCUUGCAGAAUUGGAAUGAACUUGCCCUAUUAUUAAAAGCAUUUGUUUGUGUUAAGAUUCAAUGUGACAUCCCUCAAGGGACGUAGCAGCACUUGCACGAAAGGCUUUGUGACCGGUUUGCUGCAUAAUUAAAGUGCCAGCCUCCUGGGAAUAAAUACACCCCAGGCCGUGCCAUGAAAUCCAUGACUUACUGCUGGCCCAAAAGUGGGCUUGACAGUUACCAGAAGGUUGCAGCUGUAAUAGCCCACCUACCGACUGUCACGUUUAGUGUUCUCCGGACUGGCCUGGCAGCUUCACACAAGGCUUGCAAACCUGAUCCCCCUCAGCUUCCUACAGACCACCCCCUAGGCUCAUGUUUCAAACUUAACUUACAUCCUGCACUUCGAGGGGGAAACACAAUAUCUUUAAAGGUGCAUUUUGCAGCCUCUGGUCCUUAUUAAUUUUUCUAAGUUUAUUUAUUCCUUCAAUUUUAAAUCGCUCCCGAGGGGUUUUGUGUGUUCUGGAGCAGGGUUUACCUGAAUGUGCUCUCUGAAGCAAAGAUAUUAUUGCCAUCAUGUAUGAUUAGCAGUUAAUAAGUUCAUAAGUAACAAUCAAUUCAACAGCUCUAUCACUGAAAUAUGUAUUAAGAAUAAUAGGAAAUUAAAUCUGUCUGUCCGGCCCUCAUCGUUGUUGAACUCACUGGCUUUGGCAACCUGACUUGCUAGAUUUGCUGUGCUCAUAUCAAACAUGCUAUUUAUAAUAAAAAAAAACAAAAAAAAAAACACACACACAAAAAAAACCUAUGCAAUGUCCUUUAAAUCGUAUUCGCAAAUAAUGGAUUGAGUUUUUAUAUUUUGUCUUUUUUUUUUUAAAAUAAUUCUUUAUUUUGGUCAUGCAUGAAAUAUAACAUUAUAUUGGCAGUCUUGGCAGCAUUACAAGAAGAAAGGUCAGCGUAUUUAGUCUACCAGACAUAUAAUCUGCACUUUUAAAUUUUUUAUAACUCUGGCUUAAUUGUGAAAUAUUCAGAGACUGGCUUAUUAAGUAAGUAAAGCCGUUAUGCUGAGGAGAGAACAUGAAGAUAAACAGUAGUGUAACUGUGACUGCAUUAUACUAAACAAGAUGCUUCUAGCCAAACAGACUGAUUCUACAUAUGUAAGCGUGUGAUAUUGCAGAAGUAAACUUCUAAGCAAACUCAACUUGGUAUCAAGCACCCCAUUGCAGUCCGUGAUAUGAGGUUUUGGACAUAUGAAUAAGAUAAGGGUUCAAUAAUAGAGAAUUCAGCUCAGUUUGUUGUGGUUAGGGGUUGUAACGUCCCGCAGGGGGAAAUUGUAUGGAGACAGGACCCUGUACCCACUUUCAGGAUAAAUUAUCCCCACUCAGCCUAUGCUCUCCGGUCUUCCAGCACAGUCCAACCGGUUAUUAUGGUGGCGUUAUGGAGACUGUGCAAUAGAGGCAGCUGUGGUGUCAGUCCCAGUGAGGGUCGUGCUUCUGUCUGGCUUGCGCAGUCUUGGUGCUUCUUGGCAAGGGUUGUUUACUCUCUGGUGCUUGGUCCGCCUCUGCCUAUGAGGUCGGGAUAACUUGCAUUCCCAUCGUUUGGGUGGACUCUGGUAGAGUUUCCUUGUGUCGAUGAGGUGGGUUGUCGUGUGGUAGGACGCUUGGCAAGUGUGCGUCUGGCUCCCUCAGCAGUGUCCACGCGCCCCUCAGCAGUGUCCACGCGAUCGGUUAGUGUAGCAUGCCAGUUGGCAAACAGGACAUCCAGCUUUUCCUAGAGAGAAGGUGCAGGGAUGCACAUUGCCUCUGCCAUUUUGGGUGCAGUACGCGGGCUGCUGCUGGAACUCACUACCGCUUCACCACUUGAUGGUGCCAGGAUAUCCCUCACCGGUGGGGGGUGAGAGAGUCUUCAGGCUUCAUGUGUAACUGCAUGUCGAGGGAUCGCCUGCCUACCCUGCAUGAGUUGUUAGAGGGCCUCUUGUAGGCUGCGCGUCUUCUCUUACUGUCGCCGCCGGUCUCGGUCAGGUACAUGAGUAAGACCAAUACUGCUGGGUUCUUCCACCUCCAGGACAUGUUGGCAGUGUGAUUUCAGCUUAAAUUGUGUUGUAAUUUUAGCCACUUUAGAGUGCUUUCUCACAGAGCACUCAAGAUGUGACUGUUCAGCGCGCCAGUCUCCGCCCCCUGUGUAUUUUUAUUUGUUUUAUCUUAAUAUGCUUUUUUUUUUUUUCUCUACUUUUCUGUAUGCUGAAUAGUUAGUACAAAACUUAAUAAACGCCAUAGCAGCAAUCAUGGAGCAAAUGUGUUUUGGGAGCACUUAAAAAAAUUAUACAAAUUUUAAAAUAAUUUUAACAUCAAGCACCGUAGCAACAGGUUGAUUAACAAGCAUUAACCUCAAUAUUGACAGUGGGGAGUGAGUAUCUCAAACCAUGGCUGAAAAAAAGGGGAUUAAACAGCGCUUUGGAAUUUGUUGGCACUUUGUACACAAUAGUAAUAAUAAUAAAUCUGAUAUACUGUAUAUAGUAAUAAAGUUAAAAAGAAAAAAAAUGUGUAUGUUAAAGCUCCUUUCUAAAGUCAAUUCAAAAUAAUAUUGGUGAUGGAUGAACAGGGACCGACUUGUUAAUCGUUUUAAUUAACUCCCUUUUAACCAGGUUUCUUUAGUACUUGGACUCCAGAGAAGAUUAUUGGAUUAUAUUAGAGAUGAAAACUGUAAAAAUGAACAUAGUGUGGCCAUUCUACAUUUAAUGGCAACACUGCAAUUAGUAUAGCAUCCAGCACAUUAAAUGCAAGGUUUCUAUUAAAGAUCCGGUUCUCCAGAUUAACUUAAUGUGCGCACAUCCUGUUGCGGGAUUCUUUGAAGGAGUGAAUGUGUGGCUUGUAUUUCCUUGCAGGGAUUUUUCUUUCUUUUCUGUGUGAUUCAGGAAAAGGACAUGGUAAAUCUCAAGUCUUAUCACCUUGGGCCAAACACAAGACAUGUUUUUCUCACUUGUUCUCGAGAUCUUGUGCUUACAAAACAAUUUAUUUAUGAGGUGCCCACAUAAACUACAGCAGAGGCUUAUGGGAGGAAAACAUUGUUGUGCCGUGAGUAUACAUUCCUAAUGGGGAGUUGCGAUAAUGCAGGAAGAAAGGGUGUAAGUAGCCUAAUGUUUCAUUGGAAGUGCUCUUCCAUUUAAGAUGAAAGCAAGCAGCGAGCGAGUAUGUGGGUUGUUAAUGACAUAUGUUAUGAAACAAGCAUUUUAAAUUAUUCAUGCAAGUCUGAAAGGCUGAAUUUACUUUGAGAGCAGUUUCCUUAAAGGGCUACUAAUCGUUGAAAUAUGAUUUCAGUUAAUGAAACACCCUGUAUUAACCGCCCUCACCUACAGAAUCAUCUCUUCAAUAUGGUAGCUGUGUAAUUUGAUUGUAAAACAAACUAGCAGGCAAAAUAGAGAUCUGAAAGUGAAAAGGUGUCUGGUCAUUCAAAGUAUUUUAUACAGAGCACUCUUGAAAUCUCUGGGUUACAUAUGAUGUGUUUGACAAAGGACCUGUUUACUUUCACCGCUAUUGACUUAUGUGUAUACAUAUGUUUGUAUGUAUGUGUAUCGGAUACAUCAGGGCUUGACAAAUUUGCUUGAAUUCUAGGAGCCAACUCAAAAAGUUAGGAGCCAUUUUUUUUUUUUUUUUUUUAAACUAGAGAAGUAAAAUUUACGAGAAAUACACAAUUCUUAUAGGGAAUCUGUAGUCACCAGAACCACUACAGCUUAAUGUAGUUGGUUUGGUGCCUGUAGCCUGUCCCUGUAGCUUUUUCAAUGUAAAUGCUGCCUUUUCAGAGAAAACUGGCACGGCAUGGGAAAGAAGGUGCGUAAAAACACCCCUCUUGUGAUCGGAGGGAUGCAGGUACCUAAACACAUACAUGCAUACAAAUUGUCAUUUUCCUUUUUAGUUUUAAUCCACCCAGCCUCCCUACCUUUGGGAGAGCUAAGUGGACUUAACCCUGGGGUCCAGUGGGGCUGCUGUUCCUGUGUGCAAGGGAGCACUGAUUUUCCUGCAGCUCCUCUCUGCUCCCUCGCACUGUCUGCAGUGAUGCCGGGGCCGAAAUCACAUCCUAUUACGGUCCCAGGCAUCAUUACACAGCGCGGGGAGCAGAGAGGAGCUGCAGGAAGAUCACUGCUCCCUCGCGCGCUGCCCCAGCCUGUCGUGUGCACUCGAUCUCCAGGGCGGCCACCUCCAUGCUCCUUAGGGCAACCAGCCGGCUCCAUUGUUCCUGCCUUUAGCUAAAGGGCUUCAAAUCCCAGGCGCCAGGGCAAACUUUCUAGUAGCCAUAGCGACCUGGCGCCUGGGAUACAUAACUUUGAAGAAUGUCAUGGGAAAAUAAUGCCAUUGGUGGUUUUGGAGAAUAAAAUGACAAAAUAUUGAUGGUUGACAAAGGGGCUGAGCAGAGCCCUCCUCCCAACAUGUCAGUAGUGGAAGGUAGGGGCCUAUAUCAUUGAAAUAUUUAAAGCACCAUAACCACUACAGUGGGCACCUAGUAGACCCCAGGUAGAAAAUCACCCUUUGACAUCCUUUUAUUUACCUGCACAUGUACCAUAAGCCACACACUUGUGUUGUCGGUGGCUGUAAAUAUGCAGUUAGCCACUACUCUGUAACAGGUAUCAGCUUAUUGAGUUGUUGCACUUUUUAUGAUUAGUAGAUAUGUAGCUGAGGCCUAAACUAUGUAUUUUGUUUAUGGGGUAAUAAAAAAUCCUAUAGUCUUGAAUCAGAGGCUUCUAUUGGUGAAUUUUUUUGCCUCCCAUUUCCAUUUAUCCUAAGUACAUUUUAAUACAUAAUAAUUUUACGGGGUUCAAAAAACAGUUGAGAAAAACAUUUGUAUGUUGGUAAUCUAUUCUUCAAAGCAAAAAUACAUUUCUGAAAAUCCUCUGGCAGAUGUAAAUGAGGCAUCCAGGCAGUAGUAUUUAUUGGGUUUAUGAACUAAAAAUGGAAACCAAUAUGGCAUUUUUUUUUUUUUUAAUUGAAUCUAUUGUAACGCCUGAUCCCAUUGACAUCCCAACUUCAAAUAUGAUAUAGUUAAAGAGCAGCAGAACUUUUUAUAAAACAAAAUUAAGACCGUAUUUUGAGAAAAUGGCUGCCUAAAUAUUAGAACGGUUUUAAGUUUCUUAUGUACUCCACCUCCCCCCAAUAUAGACAAAUAUUUAAUCUUCAAGAACUUUCCAGAGACACCUAGAUCCUUGUUUUAGGUGCCCUGGUUACAGACAUAUUUAAUGCUAACGUUAACAAGAUCGAAAAAAAGAAAAUGGUCUGUAUCUUAAAUUCUGCACCCUUAUAACUUGGUAAAAACAGAAAAUAUCGACCUGCAAUGUUGCAGAGGUACUUGAACUCAGGUGGCCAUUUCAGUAUUCCAAAUAAAAUUUAAAAAAAAUCAAAGAAUACGAAGUUGAGAACCUUGUUGAUUUCAGUUGGAAUGGGCCCAUGCCCACUUUAUACAUGGAUUUCGUGUAGUAUGUGUCUGCUGCGUUCAACUCAGGAAGAGGUGCAGUGCCAGUGAACCACUCAUGGACAGCUGUUUCGUUGUUAGUUAUAUGUAUGUAUGUGUGUGUGAGUAUUUGUGUUUAAACUACAGACUUGGUGCCUGUGGCAGAACCCCUAUUCAUUCGUAUAUUUUCCCCGUGUAUUGUUUUCCCUGGCUUUUCAUGAGUUAUGCCCUCUUUCCCCGUUCGGGAUCACCAUAUUUUAUGUUUUUAAAGUAAAUUAUAUGACUUGAUACAAAUAAUGGCAUGUAAAGAAAGCCCUUCCUGUCCUGGAAAAAAAAUAUAUAAUUUGUAUAGGAACAGUAAAAUUACAGCUAAACACAAACGCCACAAAAGUGUUAAAACAGCCCUGGUCCUUAAGGGGUUAAAUGAUUGACACAUACAUACACAUACUGUCUCUGCGUGUAUUAUAUAUAUUAAUAUUAAAAUACACUUAGAAUGUAGUUAAAAUGCCAUGCAGAACUAGAAAAUUAACUAAAUAUCUUUCUCAAUUUUUUUUUAUUCAUAUUAAAUUUUUAUAUAUUAAUAUUUUUAUAUGAAAGGCCUGUUUCUCCUGAACUAAAUGAUAUAUAAUAAGUGAAAGAGGUGAAAUUCUGGUUGAACAGACAUAUAGCGCAAAUUCAAAGUUUUGUUUUGAUCACAACUUGUACAACUGCCUCAGCCUUUAAGUGGUUAAUAACUUUAUUCUUAUUAAAAUCAAACCUUAUGGACAGACGACAUUAUAAACACUCAAAUAACACCGGAAGUUUCUGGCGCUUUAUUCACAGCUCUGAGCAGUAAGACAAUCACAUGCAAGCACCACCACCACCACCUUGCUAGUUCUAAUGUUAAUACAUGUGGGAUCUGACAUACUGAACAUAAAAUAGGUGCUAAUAUGGAUUUAUAUUUUAAAAAACGUUUGUAGGGAGGCUGUAUGAUUACCAACCAGGCAAGGUGUGGCCUUAAAAAGGUCAUAAUUCCCAAAUAGCAGAUAAUUUAACAGUGUGACAGCGGUACAUUCUUGGUACCAAAAUCAUUUCAUGUAGUUGAAGUGGUUUUAGUGCUUCAAGUGACCCGUUUAAUAAACCUACAGAUGUACAAUGUGGAGACCAAAUGUGACCAAAACUUAUUUAUCCGUAUACUUAUAACAUAUAAAGUAAUAUUAUUUUGCAACAUUUUCAUAUACCAAGUUACUAAUGGUUUCUCAUCUCCUGAUGUAUGAGGCAGUUAUGAGAAUGUAAGAAGGAUGUCAUUUUAGAAAAACGUUUAAAGGUGUUUGAUGUAAAGGAGCACACGUCCCCAAAACAAUUAUUCACUGUAUGAAAAAUUCUCCCCCUGCAAUGUGACCUAUGUAAAUCUGGAUGUACUUUCCAUUAAUGUACCCAAAACACAUGGAAUCAUUUUAUUUUAUCACUUUUGUGUAUGCAAUGUGCAGGUGUUUUACUAGAAUGUGAUUUAAGAAACAUUUGUUCUACUCCUUAACUAAAUCUAGCAUUCUAUUUAUUCAGUUAAUUUUAGUUGUUGAGUAUUUAAAUUAUCUUUUACAUUUCAGAUUCUGCUAACACCAUGAGCUCUUCUGCUUUAAGAUUUGUCAUGGUGGUAGGAGUCUGUGUGCAUAGUUUCUAUUUGAUAUAAUAACUUUUUUGUGCCAGUGGCUAGUUUCACUCCUGGAACAGCCUGGUAUUCUGUGAUGGACUUCCAAAUCUAUAUCACACACCCCUCCCCCGCUCAGAGCUCUUGCAUGCUUGUGACAUCAGACAAGGAGUGAAAACCAGGGAAGAAGACCUUGUCUGAGCUGGAUUAAAUUUUUUGCCUUUUUGAUAGGGUGUGUUUUGUUUAUUUGGAAAAAAAAAAUGGGUGUACAGAGUCAGUAGUGCCAAAUAGGGCAUAUUAAAAAUAAGAAAAAAUUACAGAAAAACUGGAUAUAGUAAACCCUUAACAAAGCUGUAAAGUGUGAAAACAUUCAGGUGUUCAAUGGAACUUGCAACUUCCUGCAAACGGAAUUGUGUAUUCCCUAAACGUGAAUUGAAAGCCACGUUCAAAAAGUCAGGUUAAAAUAGCCAAGGUGGAACUGUAGCCAAACUAUUAUUUGAAGAUAUUAAUAUAUAAAUAUAUUAUCAAAUUAUCCUGAAUAUGUGGUGCUUCAGCUAAGCACUGCCAUUUUCUUCAUAUGUUCCUGUUCUUUUCGCAGGUGUUCUGUCCUUGCUUGUAGUGCCUAUGUUGCUCUGGCUUUGGGUGAUAACCUCAUGGGUUUGAACCAUGCAGAAAAACUUCUCCAGCAGCCUCGUUUGUCAGGAUCCCUAAAGUAAGUGGCAAGUUUCUCAAUACUGUGCACAAUCUGCAUUAAUAAAACCCUCUGAAAUAAUUAUUGAAAAUUAGAUUAUUUUUUUUUUUUUCUGAUUAAGCACACUGAAACCAUACCUCAGGUGUGUAAAGGCACAUGUCUAUUCAAAACCUGGCAUCACCCUGAAAAAAAUAUUCUGGUGGUUACUGUAAAAACCUGUAACAUAAGAAUGUUUUUGGUUAAAUUAAAGGAUGUGGGCAUAGCUACUCCAAAGUCUGCCAUGACUAUUCCUAGGUUUACUUUGGCUGUAAGCUUGCUGUUUUACAGACUUAAAUCCUUCAAUAACAGCUCCCCUGUCAAGGUCACUUUUGUGUACCAUUACAUUCUGUCACGUUUUUCACGGAUUAAUGAAAGUUAUGUAACUAAGAGAAAAGUGUGGUGAAAAUGUAUGAAAAAAACAAUGGAAGUAAACUCUGAUCACAUGACUGUUAAAUGUAAAAUGUUGGUAAGCAAUGAGUUUUCUAAGGACUUAAUGCAAAUAUUUAAGACCUGUAAAAGCUUGGCUUAGUGUCAAAUCUUACAGCAAAGCAAUGUGUAUACAGUAGCAAGGAAAAUGAUUCAUGCAAUACAUGUGAUAUGAAGGCUCACAAGAACCAUGGCACAUUUUGUACUAACAAAGCACUGUACUAUGCAAUGGAACACAAAUGGAAGUGAAGCGGUUACUAAAAACAUGCAUUCCAUUGGUAAUUUAAUAUUUAAAGGCAUAAUCUUUCAUAAAAUCUCAAUUUCUUUCCUCCCCCUUUAUACAAUCAAUACAUGGUAGUUUUUAUAGUUUUAUAUUUAAUUAUUUACAUACAGCUGAUGCAUUAUCUAUCAGAAAUGGCAAACUGUAGUAUAACUGUUUAGCCUUCCCCCUAGCCCCCCCGCCAACACAAACACACAAACACACACACACACACACACUUACUUGACAUUCCAUACAUACUUAACACUAACCAUCCAUCUCUGCAUAUUUGCAUACCAUUGUUAAGUCAAACGAGCAAGUUCAGAGUGAUCUAUAAUGGUAUGGCAAAUGCAAGAAAGUCUAAUGCAUCUUUGUGCUCUUGUGGAUGUACAGUUAAUUUAUUGCCAUAGGUGAAGGAGCAGGCAAGGUACUCCCAGCAUCGAGGUCAACAUUUAAGUAAACUGCUUCCCUCUGGUCCAGAUUGCUGAUGCCCAGUAAUGGAGAAGUAAUGUAAAUGUACUAUUCCGGUAUGUUCCAGAGGAAGAUUUAAAUUUUUGUAUUUUAAAAAUUUUUUUUUUUAUUUGACUACUUCAUUAAGGUUAGAGCAGGUAAUCUGUGUGUGGAUAUGCGCUAUCCAUAUAUAUAAUCUCAUUAUAGAUAUGUCUGGCGAGAUACUAUGGGAUGCUAGAGGAUUAGGUUGUGCAUCUUUAAUAUUCGAUACAUAUUAUUAAGGCAGUAUAUUUCAAUAUAGCAAAUGGCAAGUUAUCAAGCAUAAUUGAAGUAUAAAACCUAAAGUCAUAGCCUCAUUUACACAGGGUGUGCAAAAACGGAGUAGUGUUUGGAGACAAUAACUUUAUAAAAUUUUUUUUUGUAUUUUAUUGAGUUUUCUCACACAACACACUUGUAUCACAUUAUGAGAGAAAUAUAGUGGUAAAGACAACGGUUUAACAACUGCUUAAUCCAGUCUAUUCAUAUAGUAUUACAUCUAUGUAGUACAUCUUUUGGGGUUGUUUUAGUAAGGAUUCUUGUGGGGACCUGUGUCAAAGGCUGGUAUAUGUGUAGGUCGCUGUCGGCUUGGCGUCUCCCCUCCUAACAGGGUCUGUUACUUGGUGGUUAUAUGUGGCUGCAACCAGCUCCCCUCUGGAGAUAGGGUUAAACACUAACUAUAUACAGGAUAUCCAUUUCUACAUUGCGCUUCAGCUACGGGGAAGUAUGUCAAUCACGUGUCGACUGGCCCUUUAUGGUCUUACCCUCCCCUGUCAAGCGAGCCCUGUGUCAGGUAUCUUUUUAAUAGUCUACUUGGAACCUGUGUGGAUACCGGGUGGGUCGUGUACUGGCCGUGUGGCGUUCCCUGCUCCCCUGGUGUAAAGUGUUAGCAUUUUGUGCUGAUCUUGGCCUUUUGGGCCGGCACUGGAUCAGUUCUGGACCCUGGCAGGCUGCGGAGGAGUGCGGCCUGGUCUCCGGGGUUAAAGUAAUUGUUUCUCCUUCCCUUUGUGUGACUAGGUAACCCUCCGCUCCCCACCUAUAUUUAAUACCUGCCUCUCUGUUGUUUUGCUACAAGUGCUAGUGGCCUUUUGGCCGCCAGCACCGCAAACGGGAGAUCCCCAUAUAUAGCUACAGUCGAUCCCUCAAAUCUGACACUUUUGAGCUCUCUAGAGCGUGACAUUAUAAUGGACCAAGCCGCAGUGUCCUUAGUGACUGCUAUAAUGUCUCUGGAGGCUUCCUCUGGGCGGUUGCGGCCUUUCUGAUCCGGAACGCUUCUGUCACCAGCUCCAGGUCAGUGUCUCUUUUGGCUCCCAUGUGGUGCAGCAGGCGGUGUAGGAAGGGCAGGAUUUCCUCGCCUGAGAUCCGUUCUGGCACUCCUCGAAGUCGGAUGUUCUUCCGUCUGUGCCUUGAUUUUAGUACUGUCACGCUUCUGGUAAGUAUCUGAACUUGGUGGGUGAGCUCGUGGAUCUCCUUCUGUGCGGUCUGUAACGUUUGUUCCCUGGUUCCCUCUCUGGCUUCCCCGUCCGCAACCUGUGUGCGAGGGUCCCCAGUUCAGCCUGUGUUGCUCGUAGGUCUGCCUUCCAGACCCGCCUCAUUUCCAAGAGGAGGUCCUUUAUGUCCCUCUUGGUCGCCGGCGAGGAGUCGUCGUCGCCGUCGGAACCCGACUCACUGUUGGUGCAGCUUGCAGGGGUAGUCCCAGUGGGUUGUUCCGCCUCUCGUGAUGCCUCAGAGGCCUCGCUUUCGCUCAACUCCGCAGGCGUCAUCUUGGGAGCGACUCGACGAGUAGGUCUUUCGAAUGAGAGCCUGAUGUCGGGCAUAUUGUGAGUCUUCUGCGUGUGGGUUUUUUUGUUUUUGCGCCCCAUCAUGUUGGCUGGGUGGGGGGGUUGUUGCUUGCUACUUUUUGGAGCUUUUUAAAAGUUUUUGUCCACUAUUAUUUUGUUUCUUUGGCGAAGCACGUCUUGAUCGCUGCUCCGUCAGCCCCCCGGAGUCAAUAACUUUCUAAUUAUAUUGAACUAUUAACAAAUAUAUGAUUUACCUGCCAAAUCCUACUCUCCAUUUUGGCUCAACCUGUAUAAUAUAAUAUAGAACUCUAUUUCCCCAACGACUUAGAACUCACUCUGUUGGGGUAAAAAAAUCAGUGUUCAUUUCAACAGUUUGUGCAAGUACUAAUUUGUGUUUAACGAAAAAAAAAAGACAUUGUUAGAGAUUGUAGCUGUAUUAGUCCAGUGAUGCAGAUGUAAAAUGAAGUAGAGCAAAAAACAAGUCGCAAGAGUGCUGAGAACAGACAACAGCUAAAUUAGCCUGACCUUUUAUGGGUCCCUGCUCAGUUUUAGCUCAUCUUGCGCCAUUACAGAGAGAACCACGCCAUGCAUCUCAGACUGAUUCCACCCAAUAGGGCAAAACAUCCAAAAUACAGGCUGCCCUCUGCUCGAGAGAUACAGCAACCCCAGACCAUCGUUUCAACCUUGUUAGGCAUCAUCAGUGAGGUAUAGCCAAUAUCCCUCAAGGCACCAUGAGCAAGGGGUCCACAUCUGGAUUACCCCUUAAAACUUAAGUGUAAAGGGUAAUCCAGGCGUGAACCCCUUACUUAUGGUUCCUAGAGGGAUAUUGGCUAUACCUCACUGAUGAUACCUUACAACAGUGGUUACCAUCCUUUUUUCACUGGAGUAUCCCUUGACAGCCAAUUUCCAUAAAUUGUACCACUCACAGUAGCGAAAUGUUUGCAAUUAUUAGAAUUGCUCUUAUUUCAAAUGUAUACCUUUUUUUCUCUGCCCUAGACUCUCCUUGCUUUUCCUUUGCCCCAGUUAUACGUAUGUAACACUGCAUCUGCAUGUGUGUCAGUGUUUGUAUGUGUGUCUGUGUAUCUACAUGUGUGUCAGUGUGCAUCUGUAUGUCUGUGUCAUUGUUUGGAUCAGUGGAUUUGCAUGGUGCCAGUGUUUUGUAUCGGAGUGUAUGUACAUCUAUGUAUGUCAGUGUUUGGAUCUAUGUAUCCACAUAUGUGGCAAUGUUUGUGCAUGGUGCCAGUGUUUGUUUGUAUUUGUCUCUUUGUGUAUGUAUGUAUAAUGUGUGUGUGUCAGUGUUUGUAUCUGCAAUCUGCACUGUAUAAUAUAUACAUACUAUACAGUGCAGAUUUCAGAUAAUCAAACUGACACACAUUCAGAUUCAGACACACACUGCCACACAUGCAAAUACACAGAUACAUACACUGCCACACGUGUAGAUAUACUGAAACACUGACACACAUGCAGUUGCAAAGGCACAUCAAUACACACGCUGACACACAUGCAGUUGCACAGAUAAAAACACUGAAGCACAUGCAGAUACAGACACACCGAUACACACGCUGAUAUGCAUACAGAUGUACAGACACAGAUAAACUCUGCCACAUAUACAGUUACAUACACAUCAAUACAUACACUAUCACACAUGCAAACACUGCCACUGAUACAGAUACACAGAUACAAACACUGACACACAUACAGUUGCACCGACAAAUUGCCACACAUGUAGAUGCACAAACACUGACACACAUACAGACUGACACAGAUACAAAUUGACACAUAUAAGAAAAUACAGAUACACAAAUACAUACAUUGCCACACAUGCAUAUACACAGAUAUACAAACACUGACACAUAUGCAGUUACACAGACACACUGGCACACAUGCAGAUACACAGAUACAAACACUGCCACACAUAUAGAUACACACACUGAUACAUACAGAUACACUGCCACACAUGCAGAUACACAUAUAGAGAUACACUGCCACACAUGCAGAUGUACAUGUAACACUGACAUGCACACUGAUAAAAUGACACACAGAUAUAAAUAUUACAUACAUACCCAAAAACACACAUACAAUUAAACAAUUUAGCCAACCCCCAGUUGUCUAGCUUGUUGGUGCAAGAGGGGGGCUCCUGCUGGCUGGGGCUGUUAGGAAUUGGGAGCUUGCUCUUCUCCCUGUCCGCCCCCUCUUAUCUGUUUCCAGUGAGACUAGCUCUGGGUCAGCUGGGAGGAAGUGACCGGCUCUCGCUUCCUCCCAGCACUCACUGAAGAUCAGAAGGGGCCUGGUCGGUUUGUUAAUUGUGACAGUGUGGGAGGGUGGUGGGACAGUGACCGUAGGGAUGGGGGCAAUGUGGAGGAGCAGUGAGUAGGAGAGUGACAGUGGGGAUGGUGACAGUGUGGUUGGGCAGAUUGUAGGAGAACGACAGUGGGGACUGUGCAUCUGUGUUGGGGGCAGUGUGGUGGUGAGUGACAGUGUUAUGGGGCAGUGUGUUGGAAAGUGAAACUGGGGGUGGUGGCAGUGUGUUGGAGAGUGAGUGGGGAUGGUGACUGUGUAUUGGAAAGUGAAAGUGUGGGUGGAUGGCAGGGGUGUUGAAAGGUGACAGUGUGGUGGGGCAUUGUGGGAGAGUGACAGUAUGUGUGAUAGGGUGGAUGUGUGGGGAGGGUGACUGAGUAUCUGUGACAAUGGGGAGGGUGGCAGUGUAGAUGUGACAAUGGGGACGGUGGCAGUGUAGAUGUGACAAUGGGGAGGGUGCCUGUGUGGAUGGGUGGCAGAGUGUGGAUGUGUGGCAGUGUGUGGGUGGAUAUCUUGGGUGCGUUGGGGCAUGAUCUCCUCUCCCCCAGCCUACCAUGCUGUGAGCUCCUCUCUUCCUGCCUACAUGCCUGACAGGAGGUGUGCUCUACUUUGUCCCAGUGUCCCGUGCGAAGCCUCUGUCAGUCCUCCAAUAAGCCGCGACACAGGGAGAAGGCAAGCUGAGGGUUACAUCACUCGGCUGCCAAUCAAAUUUAGGGCACGGAUCCGUGUGCAGCUGCGGAUGUCGGUUCCGCCCCUUUGGCGUACCCCCUGGGGAAUUGAAUUGCACCCCUGGGGGCAUGCGUACCACAGGUCCGGAACACCUGCCUUACAAGGUUGAAUCGAUCGUCUGGAGUUGCCCGAUCUCUUGUGCAGAGGGAACUUGCUGGCAUUUCGAUCUGGACUGCCCGUAUGGGUGGGACCAGUCUGAUAUGCUUCAGAUGUGUUCUCUCUGUAAUAACACAAAUUGAGCUAAAACCAGCUUGAGAUCUGAGCGGGAGGCUAAUUGAGCUGUUGUGUGUCUUGUAAUACUAAAGUUUUUUUUAUUUAUUUAUUUUUUUUUUUUUGGACAAACAAAAUGUUGGAAUCGCAAGCUUUCGGUAGAACCUCCCUUUUUCAAGUCUAAAGGUUUUUUGACUAAAAACGACACCUAAAAUUCAAAGCUGAGUUGUGAUACUGGGGUUAAAAUGACAUGAGUACAGAUAAGACGCAAGACUGCCCAAAAAUAGAAGAAUCAUUAAGUAAGGAGGGAGGAGACAUAAAAAUACCAAAACCAAAGUGUAAAAAAGUGUGUUUUUUUUUUUUUUACACAGAUGAAGAUUGCUUGAAUUCACAUCCAAGAAUCCAGAAUAUGCACCUAUGCUCAUAUACACAUGUACAGUGAGGGAAAAAAGUAUUUGCUCCCCUGCUGAUUUUGAACGUUUGUACACUGACAAAGAAAUGAUAAUUUUAAUGGUAGGUGUAUUUUAACAGUGAGACAGAAUAACAAAAAGAAAAUCUAGAAAAACGCAUGUCAAAAAAGUUAUACAUUGAUUUGCAUGUCAAUGAGUGAAAUAAGUGUUUGAUCCCCUAUCAAUCAGCAAGAUUUCUGACUCCCAGGUAUCUUUUAUACAGGUAACGAGCUGAGAUUAGGAGCACGCUCUUCAAGGGAGUGCUCCUAAUCUCAGCUCAUUACCUGUAUAAAAAAACACCACAGAAGCAAGCAAUCAGAUUCCAAACUCUCCACCAUGGCCAAGACCAAAGAGCUGUCCUAUGAUGUCAGGGACAAGAUUGUAGACCUACACAAGGCUGGAAUGGGCUACAAGACCAUCGCCAAGCAGUUUGGUGAGAAGGUGGCAACAGUUGGAGCGAUUAUUCACAAACUGAAGAAACCACAAAUCACUGUCAGUCUUACUCGGUCUGGUGCUCCAUGGAAGAUCUCACCUUGUGGAGUUUGUGUUCAUGAGAAGGGUGAGGAAUCAGCCCAGAACUACACAGGAGGAUCUUGUUAAUGAUCUCAAGGCAGCUGGGACCAAGAAACCUUAAUGACUUGGAGAGGGUGUACAAACUUGGUGGCCAAUUACAAGAAACGUCUGACCUCUGUGAUUGCCAACAAGGGUUUUGCCACCAAGUACUAAGUCAAAGGAGUCAAAUACUUAUUUCACUCAUUGACAUGCAAAUCAAUUUAUAACUUUUUUUAAAAAAAACUUACAUGCCUUUUUCUGGGAUUGUUUUCUUUUGUUAUUCUGUCUCUCACUGUUAAAAAUACACCUACCAUUAAAAUUAUAGACUGAUUAUUUCUUUGUCAGUGGGCAAACAUUCAAAAUCAGCAGGGGAUCAAAAUACUUUUUUCACCCUCAGUGAGUGUGUUAUAUAGAAAUGCACACCCACAUAUAAUCGCCUACAUGCAUUUGAGUAUGGGAAAACAUAUUUCUGUACAGAAUACUUUAUAUGUUGGUAUAUUAAUAAUAUACCAAUCCAGGGCCCUUCACCUUCUCUACACACACUAAGACAACCAGAAACCCCACAAACCUCAUCACAAUACCCUGCCCUUUACCCUCACUUACCAAAAUUAAUUGUGCACUCUGGAAUGCCUGCUCCAUCUGCAGUAAUUUAAAAUCAACAACCAUACACGACUUUCUCAUCUCAAACUCACUCACACUGCUUGCACUUACAGAGACCUGGCUGUCCCCCCUCUGAUAGCGCUACUCCUGCCUCUUUAUGUUUUGGUGGGCUACAAUUCUCUCACACUCCCAGACUCAACUGUAAAGGAGGCGGCGUAGGCAUCCUUCUCUCUCCUCAAUGUACUUUUCAACCAAUCCUAACUCCCCCUGCCCUAUCCUUUUCUUCUUUUGAAGUUCACACUGUCCGCCUAUUUAAACCCACUCCUUUAAGAAUUGCUAUCAUCUACCGCCCCCCCGGUUAUCCUAGACUAUUCAUUGAGCACUUUUCUUCCUGGCUUUCCCAUUUCCUCUCAUCUAGCACUCCUUCCCUUAUACUUGGGGAUUUCAAUAUCCCAAUCAAUAACCCUAAUUGCACUGAUGUAUAUUUCCAUUGCCCUUCAAACAUGCAACUGUAACCCCAAUUCUAAAGAAGCCCAAUCUUGACCCUAACUCCCCAUCCAACUAUCGUCUUAACUCGCUACUGCCUUUUGCAUCCAAGAUCCUUGAAAAAAUUGUGUAUGCGAGAUUGACAGACUUCCUUGAGUCCAACUCUCUGCUAGACCCGCUUCAGUCUGGUUUCCGCGCUAAGCACUCUGUGGAAACGGCACUGACCAAAGUAUCCAAUGAUCUACUUGCUGCAAAAUCUCGUGGUCACUACUCUAUCCUAAUUCUCCUUGACCUGUCUGCGGCUUUUGACACUGUUGAUCAUCAACAGCUUCUUCUCAUUCUCUGCAAUAUCGGUCUACGAGAUAUUGCUCUCUCCUGGUGCUCCUCCUACCUCUCCCAGCCCUCUUUCAGUGUUUCUUUCUCUGGCUCUGCUUCUUCUCCCCAACUCCUCUCUGUUGGUGUCCCCCAAGGUUCAGUCCUUGGUCCUCUACUGUUCUCCACCUAUACUGCCUCCCUUGGUAAACUCAUUAGCUCCUUUUGGCUUCCCAUAUAAUUUCUAUGCAGAUGACACGCAAAUCUACCUGUCCUCUCCUAAUCUCUCCCUGUCCCUCUUGACUAGUGUCUCUGACUGCCUCUCUGCUGUUUCUAACUGGAUGGCUGCCCACUUCCUUAAACUAAACUUGACCAAAACUGAAAUUCAGGUCUUUCCUCCCUCGAGUGUUGUUACUCCUGUGUCUCCCUCCCUCCAGGUCAACGAUGCUACCAUCAGCUCCACCACGCAGGCUCGCUGCCUAGGUGUUCUCUUUGACUCCGACCUCUCCUUCAAACCUCAUGUUCAAUCUAUCGCCAAAUCCUGUCAUUUCCAUCUCAAAAACAUUGCGCGCAUCCGCCCCUACUUAACGCCACAUGCGACUAAGGUGUUGGUCCUUUCCACUGUCCUUUCUCGCCUUGACUACUGUAAUCCGCUUCUCAGUGGUCUUACAUGCUCCCAACUUGCGCCGUUACAGUCCAUAAUGGAAAAUUAUGGAAAAUUUUGGGACAUGAUGCUUACACACGGACGGGCCGAAAGCCAUCUUACAUGUGCUAAUAUUAACAUAAUGUUAAACUUUUACUAUACGACACAGUUUUUUUGAAAGUUGUACUGUUCAACCAAUUGACUGUAACAUGCUCUAAGCAAACUAUUCAAUAAAAACAUAAUAAAUAAAAAAAAUCUCCCCCCACCUCCUCCCCCCCUUUGUGAACACUGUUGUAAAAGUAUAUAAUUACCAAUAAUACUAAUAUUACACUGUUUAUAUAUUUACCAGUGCCUUUGCCAUUUGGGUAUUUAAAAAAACAAACAAAAAAAACCCAUUUAAACUGAACUCACAUUAUGUGCAGCACAGUUUUUACUGCAUCUGCUCAAGCAUGUGAUGUUCAGGAUUAGUGAGCACAAAGUAAAAAUACAUUGUCACAGUUGUCACGUCUGCACCAUAAGGUAUGUCUUUUAUCUCUUAACAAUUAGGGGUUGUUAUCUCGAUCCAUCCCUUAGUCAGCCACAUGAAAACCAUUUGGGAUUUCCUUUUUCCUGUCCCGGUAGCACUUCACAGACUCAUGUAUUAAGACAAAUGAGAAAAUGUAUGUAUAAAUUAUACAGGGCUCAAAAUUCACACGGUCGCGUUUAGCUGCCGGUGAGUGGAAAUUCAACCUUGGUGUUUGUGCAGUGGGUACAAUACUAUGUGUCAAGAUUAUCAGGGUCAUUUAGUCACCAGCACUAACUAAUCCAGCAUGCAUUGCCCAACUCAUGCAGAAUGAUGGAUUUACAGGAGCGCGCUCAAGUUCCUCUUUCGAUUUCAUAUGUCAAGGGACAGUUACAGUUUACUACUGUGAUUUGCAUUGCCCCUUUACUUCACUGUAGUGUUACAUGUGGGAACAACCCUGUGUUUUAAUCGAAGAAGAAAAAAUUUUUUUUUUUAAUUAUUUUAGAGAAUUUUUCAUUCCAAGUCCUUUUUAAUUUUUUGUUCAUUUUAAUGACCCCUUUUAGUCCCUCAUCAUUGCAGUUUGUAUGAAAGGAUAUUUCAGGGCAUAACUGUGAAGUUUAAUGGGGAAAGAGUUGAGAUCAAGGGGGUCCUGUGUCCUGGUAAGGAGUGACCCCUUGGUGUGAGGCACUGAACCAGAAUUGGUCAUUUCCUCACUUCAGUUUUAUGUCCCACACUGACAGCUUUGUAACAGAUUGAUUUUGUAGUUCCUGUAACAAAAGAUAAUAUAAACCUUGCUUUUUUGUACUUGAUAAAAGCUGUACUAGUUUACAUUCUAAGUAACUAGUUUAUCAGUGAUGGCUGUGCUUGGCACCCUAGAUAUGUGGGGAACUAUAGUCCCUAUGAUGCUCAGCCAGCUUUUUGUUUGUGGUUGUUUGCAUGAUACUCAGACUUAAAGGGUGUUAAAUGAUGGCAAUUGUUAAAUGACUGCAAUAGAUCACAUAUCAAAUGUAAACCUUAGCUUGUUUAGCAAACAUUUUAUCAAAAGAGAACUUUUAAUGCACUGUUGAAAUGCAGAGAGUUAUAUAACAUAGUAUGGGUACAACAUAUACAUUUCCCAUAUUAUUUAAAUAAAUAAAAUUCUACUUCCUAACAGAAUGGUCGAUGCCUACGUUCUAUAAGUCAUCUGGUCCAUAAAUGCAUUCUGUCUCUAUUGAAUACAUAGUUCACUCUGAAAAUUUGAGAAAUAUUCUCAGCCAUAGUAAGAAUGCCCAUGUUUUUCCAAAGCCUUAGAAGCCAAACUGGGCCUCUGUGUGCUUUUUUCAGGCUCAAAUUUGGUCAUGAUGAGUAGGGGGAGGAGAAACCUAGAUCAGACAUUCCAAAAAUGCUUUCAAGUAAGCUAAGACCUCCUGCAUAGCCUUUCUGAUGUGAGCUUGUUUGUCAGAAGUGGGGUAGCAGCAUGUUCACAUUUAUGGUUCUCUUUUUUGCUUUUUUUGUUUAGAGAAAGUUGAAAAUAUACAGGCCAGAGUAGCUGAACUGAAAACAUAGUUUAUGUAGAGGUUUUUUUUUUUUUGUUUGUUUUUUUCAGUUCCGCUUUUUUUUUUUUUUUUAACCAUAAAUUUGGAAUUCACAUUUAAUUAUUACUUUAGUGAAUAGCCAUGCUUGUCUGUCUGUCGACCCAGGAGGGUUGAAAUGUUGGUUUAAUUUGUUGAUCCUGUGCAUACAGACUUUUUUCAUAGGAAAUACUGUGAGUGCUCCUUCAUUGACCUGUUGUAUAUUUUAACACUAGGUAGCACCUAGGUUAGUUCUGUUCGUUCAUUUUUUAGUGAGAUUGACAGAAUUGGGACAUUUUAAUUAUUUUUUAAUAUAGAUAUACAGAUAAUUUACACAUCAGUGGAGCAAGUAACUCUUAAUAUUUAAAUGUUUUUAAUAAUAUAAAUCGAUGUACAUUACCUAUUGGCUGUGCUUGUAUAUAUGUACCAAAAUGUGCACAGUUGCCCUUAUUGUCCCUCUCCAUCUCCUUCCCAUUGUACACCUUUUUAAAACUUAGAGUGAUUUUAAAAAAUGUUUUAUAUUGAUAUGUGAAGGUAGUUUGUUAGUGCAUAACCAAUCGGGUGAAAUAUGUAAUCACAAUGAUCUUGAUUGAAAGAUAUCUGUAUAUCAAAAAGUCAUGCAUGAAUAUUGAGUAUUGACAAUAAAAGUGACCACACAGUGGUUCUGCAAAAUCUCUACCCCCAUCUAGGGAUAUUGGUGUGUCCUAUCAAGGACUGGAAUGUUAAGUAUGCAGUGGAAAUGGGAGCUAUUUGACCCCUGUGACUGGACAGGUUAAAGGUCACAACAUUGUUACAUUACAAUGCAACUCUGAGAUGUUCACUGUAGCCUAAAAUAUGUUGUCCAUAUUGUUUGGCAGUCCUACUGCAACUUAACAUUUAUUGCAUAUGAUGUUUGGGGAUAUAGACAACCGAUUCACUUAUGUGGCUUUUUUAUUUUAUUUUUAUAAUUGUGCGUUGUAGAUUUCUGGGUCAUCUGUAUGCUGCCGAAGCUCUGAUUUCUCUGGACAGGAUAUCUGAUGCAAUCACUCAUUUGAACCCUGAGAAUGUCACAGAUGUGUCCCUUGGGAUCUCCUCCAAUGAACAGGAGCAAGGUUAAUGAAACCACACUUGACUAAAACCAUGCUUUUAUCUGCCUACCUCAUAGAAGUGGUGAUUCACAUGUGUAGCCGCACAGCCUUUCCAGACUCAGUACUGAAUAAUUUAUUUGCAAGGUGUAUACAUGCAGCAUCAGAAUACUAAACUAAUAACUUUAUCAGUCAGAUGCUUAAAAUGCAACGGUUUCUCCCAUGAAAUCCAGUUUCACUUGACAACAAUGAUCCAUUUUAAUAUAGGAAUUAUUUAUUCCAUUAUAUCAUUGUUAAAAUAAUGUAUUUAUCUAAUCCAUUAUCUCAAAAAUGUUUAUGAUGACAUUUAUCCUUGGGUUAGAUGAGAAUAUUCGUAACCCUCUCUGGUGCAAAGACUAGUGAUUACCAUAGGUAUCCAUCUAUUCCAGAACCUUUCAAUUCUAUGCAUCGCAGAGUAAUUAUCAGUUUUAUUAGUUGAGGAAACAUUCUGUUUGCCAUGGAUGUUAAAUAGAUUAGAUUGGUAAACUAACUACUAAAAAGUCUUUUUUAAAAAAAAAAAAAAAAUUUUUAUGUUGUUCCAUCUCGAUAAAACAUGAGCUGAGCAGUCCAAAUUGUCUGUUUUUACAUGUUUGCUGAUCUGUUUGUCUAUCUUUCUAAUAAUUGUAAAGUUUUUCAACAGACUUAUCAAAUUGUCUCUGCCUUUUCCCCACUUGCGUACAAAUCUAACUAGCAAGCUAACAUUUCACUUAAAUAUACUAUGACAUAAAUAAAAUAUUAAUGUCAUAAUAUGCCCCUUCAAGUAAGUAAACUGCCAGGAUAUUCAUUUCAUGCUCUGGUCACUGUAGAAUGUCUUUAUUGGUUGUCAUGUUAAGGUUGAGCAGGUAUCUCGAUGCUGAGCGUAAUUUCUAAAACAGUGUGCCACCUAGUGUUUGGAAAAUAAGAAUAAUGGUCUUCAGAUUUUCUAUUUCUCAUCAUAACCUUUGGGAAGAUUUAUAUUGCUUUAGCCAUUUUGUGAAAUAUGAUUUGUUCCGUGCAUACAUAAUCCUUAUAUUUGUUUACAUUUGUAUCAUUAUUUUACAUGUGUGUAUCAUUAGUAUUUUGUUUAAAUUGUGUGUGUGUGUAUAUAGAAUUUUUGUAAAGUUUUAAAAAUGUUUUAUUGCUUUUCUUUUCAAGCUCUCAUGGUAUAUUUGCAAUUUAUCUAAAAUGAAUUGGCAUGGUACAUACCAUAUCCAAUUCACCAGUAUUGUAGCCACAUCAUAGUGCUGAUCGAGUCAUGUUUUGAUCUAGUCUUGUCUAUUAAGUUCUCAAGAAUGAAACAAAAUUUACCAAAAAACUAAUGUGUAAAUAUUAUCAAAGUCUUUAACCAAGAAUGCUUUUGAUUUGUGACUUUGUUAACCUUAUUUACAGAAGUACUACUUGAAAAGGAACGGUUUCUGCGGUUGUUAUUUUUGCUGGAAGUAAAUUUUCCUGCCAUAUUCCAGAUUAUUUCUAAAUUCCGAGUCAUUUAGAGACUAUACCAAAAAUACACAAGUGUACAAAAAGUGCUGUAAAAUGUAUUGCAGUAACAUAACUUACUCCGAGGCAUCCAUUAACCCACAAAUGAUAAAAUACAGUUUGCCCAGUACUUUGUUAAAUUCACUUUUUUUUUUUUUUCCUUAAAUAUGUUUUUAGGAUCUGACAAGGGGGAUAACGAGCCCAUGGAAAUUGGUAAGUGUUUAUUUAAAUAUUUUUGUGAAAAUUAAAAAAAUCUCUUGGUAAACUAUCUUGAACAUGUCGUUAUUAAUAUGACCAUAUAGCACCAACAUUACACACAGCGUUUUGCAGUUUUUAUGUUUUGGAUAUAACUGCAAACAAGUAAGACACAAACUAUUUCAAGUGUCAACAAGAAACAAGUUGCUCACACAAGUUCACAACAUAGAAAUGUUUAAAAAGACAAAGCAAAAGCAUGUGAGUAAUAAUACCUACAAGUGAAUGUACUGUAAAGCACUGGUAGUGAAAGGUAGGAGAAUGAAGUGGACUGUUUAAAUAUCAAUUAUGGCCUCAAUUUUAUAUUUGUAGAUAAAGGUUUAAAAUGAUUUAGUAUUAGAAGUUAUUUUUGGAUGUAUAAUUAUAUAUUUUUAUAAUAAAUAUAUAUUUUUUAUGUUUUGAAAAUAAAUCCUUUUUUAUUCAAAAAUCUAUGAAAUCAAAGCUUUAUGUUAGAAGAGAGGUAGAAGACAAUGUUAAGGAAUGAAAAUUACCUAGGAAGGCUACAGCUUUAGGCUGAUAUUACUUUUAAGGGAUUUGAGACAAAGGGAACGUCCUAUGGAGUGAGGCAUUUUUUUUUUCUUGAUACAAUACAUAAAUACAUGGUGUAUUGUACAGUCUAGCAUUAUAAUAAAAUAUUGUUUUUGGAAAUACCAGAGUAUUGUUGGAUUUUUUUUUUAUUUUUUUUUAAAUAUAUGGAUGGGGACCAUACAAUGCAGUGCCUGCACUCCUUUCCCUGGACAAACACUCACUAGAAUAAAUUAAAUCAUUUUAAAUAGUCUGGGGCAAUUCUUAUCUUUUUAUUUUUAGGAUUAGGGUGGGGUACAGAGGCUCCGAUAGUCUCCCUAAGCAGUUUACUGUGUGAUCUCACUUACAUGAUCUGAGCGGGAUGUAAACUGGGUGUCUGCAUUUCGUUAUCCUACUUUACAUCCAACCUUGCCUGAAAUGAUGGAGUUCACAGGUGGUUUGAUUUGGAAAUGUUCUCAGUGGUAAUCAGGCACGUGAUGCAUUUUCUUUAUGCGAGGAAAGAAUUUUGAGUUUGUACUGCAAAAAUCCAGAUAUUUCUGACACCAAAAAUAUGCCUAGAUGACUGAGUAAGGAUUGUCAUAUCUGGAAAAGUGCAUACAUCUCGUCCUGUGCACAUUUAAGGUCAUUUUUAGAUAUUCUCUAAAAAAAAAAAAAUUUUUUUAAAUCUUUUGUAUUUUUAAGAAAUCACUUUUUUUUUUUUCUUCUUCUCUACCAACCAGUUGAGAAAAUCAAACACUUAAUUGUUCUUCUUGUAAUAUUCUACUACCCAAAUGUAAUAAGGAAAAAUCAUUGAAACUGUGAAUCCCCUAAGCAAUUCAGUUCUGCUAAAAAGUGGAAUAAAAUUACUUUAUGAUUUGGACAGUUUUGCUUUGUUUUUGUUUUUGUUUUUGUUUUGUUUUUAGACAGAGAUUGUUUUUCAGGCUACUCUAACUCCAAGGACAUGCUUACUUUUUCUGGGGAAAACCUCAUGAUACAUUAAAGAAUUAUUUGUAGUCAUGGAAGAACCUUCUCCAAAAAGCAGAUAUUUUCCUGAAGCCAGACAUGUAGUUUGAAGACUAAAAUUCUUCUGGAAAGAAAGGGCAAAAACUUCAAAAGACUGCUGGUCUCUUCAGAUUUUGAAAAGAUAUUGUCUGUAAUCAAAAAGAAACCUCUCCACCUCAGUUUCCUCUACCAGCUUAGAAGAAAUCUUGUACACAGAAGUAAACAAAUUAAGGAAAAGACGGUUGUAGAAAGAGUUUAGCAGAUUGUUUUUUGGUUUAUUUUUCAGGAACAUAUUCAGGGAUACAUAUGGCUGAUUCAGACCUAUUCUCGAGCACAAGAGUGUAAACAAAUUUAUCCCAAGUAUAUUAUUUCUGAUGUAGAUAAUUCAGUCUCACCUUAAUUUUUCAACCAAGUGAUUUUGUUGUCUCUUGAUCCAAGACUCCUUAAUUCACAUUCUUCACACUCUCAUUACAACAGUUCUCAGAAAAUACCUGAUAUCUGCAGGUCAUCUGUCAUUUCCGAUUUGCAGUUCUUACUUUUGUAUCUAGAUGAUUGGUAAGUCAAAACCAGUUCAGCAAACAAACUUCAGCAACACAUAUAGACUGUAAUUGUAGUCUUACAAAAGACAUGGAUGAUUGAUAAAUUGGUAGACGUCUUAGAUGAACGCAACAGGCUUAACUUGGAUUGGAUUCUGUCAGGCAAAAAAAAAAUAGCCAAGUAAUAGCUAGUCUAUUAAGAUUGGUUCUUCAUCUCUAUACAGCAAAAGAGCUUUUGAAAAUGCAUUCUGGAUGGCUCUGCAGAGCAUUUCAGCUUCAUCUGUUGAACAAGCUUGUAUUAUUAAAAACACAACUACUAUGGCUUACCAAAAUCACCAGUGAAGCACCAACUCUCUCCGCAACCUGUAGGAGAGGAUUAUUCUAUGAGCAGCAGCUCAUUUGUCAAGCUUCCAGACCUCCUACAUCAAGGGUUGAGAGAAUGUCUUGGCAGAUGCUCAGUAGGAGUUCUCGCAAGCAUGCUGAUUGGUCUCUAUCUAGUUUUCAUUCAAAAACCCUUAAUUUAUGGUCAACCUUGGGAAUAGCUUUGACACAGAACUGGAAGGAUUGGUUCCUCGCAUCCUUUUUCUGUCCAGAAAACAGACUUCCUCAACACCAUAUCAUUUCCCUGUAGUUUCAGACUGGAUUACAACUUUCCUCAAGUGGCUUUGAGCCUAAAUAUUUAAUCCUAUAUAUUGUAUAUCGGAUAUAUUACCAGAGUGGAAAAGGUUAAGCUAUCAGCAGUUUUACCCUGUUUGAGAAUAUCCUGAUUCACAGACCUUCUUUUACUGUUCAUGGCUCACCAUUGGAGUCAUCCUCCCAGCCUAAAUAUUCUGGAUUACCAGCUGAUAGAUGAUCAACUGGAGAGGUUUGAACUGACCUACGUCUGAAUGCUUUCUUCUAACUUCCGAAGGCAUUAAUCCGGAAAAUGUUGAUAACCUAUUACAUGAGUCAUUUAUUGGUGCAUGAUAUGAAGAUUCAGAUUAUUCAGUUUCUGCAGUUGGAUUUCUCAAGGGAAACUAAGCACUUUUCUUAUACCAAUUUGGUCUCUGAUCUUGUAAUUUCUUAGAGCCAUCUCUGACAUAAUGUCAACAGUUUGUUCCAUGGUGUAUCCUUGACCUCUAAAACGCGUCCUUACAGCCCUAUGUCAGCAUCCUUUUAAACCCAUGCAGGAUUUUUUGUUACAUCUUGAGAAACGCAAUGCGUUGUAGCAGUCUUAUCUUCCAAACGACUAGGAAAAGUUAACAUCUGGCAUACUAAGAGUCUUUUAAUUAUUUAGACAAAAACCAUAGUAUCCUGAAGCCUUUACCCUUCUCAAGCCUAAAGUCACACUUAUCAAGGACAUUACCUACCUCUUUGCACAUUCCCAAGAAUGCUGGCUGCAAAGGCAAAACUGGAAAUAAAAUACUGGAAAAAUAUUGCACCUUUUUGUUUUUGUACAACAAAGACUAUUCCAAAUGUUGACAAGCUUCAAAAACUUAUUUGGAUUAGGGAGGGAUUAUUUCUCCAGUUUAUUAAUCGUUUGGAUCCCCUGAGCCAUCAGAGCUACUUUAUUAGGUCCAUGGUAACAUCAUUGGCUUCUCCAUUUUCAAUGGAACCGAUUUGUAAAACUGAACCUUGGUUAUAUUUGCACUCCUUUAUAAAGUGUUACAGAUUGGAAAUCCUGUGCUGUGUUGUCUGUUGUGUCCUGAAUUUUGACCUUCCCUUCAGUAAAUCUUGUUGUAUCCUAGAAGUAUUGUACAGGGGUUGUCUGUAUGAAAAAUGGUCGUUUUUUUUUGUUUGUUUUUUGUUGAUCAGAUGAUCCUUUCUUCAAGUGAUUUUGUAUUGUUGCUGUGUUUCCCAGUGUCUUUUUUUUGGGUGAGAGCUUGAUGGUUUAUGAUACUAUUAUACGGGAUGAAAACCGGGAAAAAGAGUUAGCGCUAAAUAACAAUUGGGGCAGCAACCCUCUAAGGGAAUCCCUCAAAAACAAGAAAAAAUAAAUAUAGGAGAUAAGAGAGCCAGAGAGACUUUAUAUCAAACAGUAAGAAAAGAUAGUCCAAAUAAGUCUUAUUUAAAAUGCUUUUAUUGGGAUCAGAGUUUAUAAGGUGCUUGGUCAGGAACAAUGUCCUCAUCCGUGUGGAUCCACUCAUAUGCAAGAGAUAAAACAAAUAGAGAACCAAAUAGUGCAGCAUGUACAGUAAUAAAUCAAUCCCCGCUUAAGGGAUAUAGGGUAAACUUCCUCCGUCAAGGCUAUGUUUAACACUCAAAUAAAGAGACAAUCAAUAGUGCUCACUGACUAAAAUGAUCCAAAAAAUGUAUAAACUGGUACUCCCAAGAGAGGAGCAGGCCAACUGCUCCUUGAUGAUAGCGUUGGUGGUAUGAUCCCCACCUAGGAUUACUUGGAGUGCAGGGUGAUAAAAUGCCAGGUAAAAAACAAUCCGAAGUGGCACAAGUAAAAAGUGACCGAAUCAUCUUUAAUAUAUAAAUAUAUAGUAUAAAAUAUCCACAAACGCGUUUCGCCAAUACGGCUUCUUCAGUAUGGAAUAGUGACCUAUUACCUGGCAGGAAAGGUUUAAAUAACAGUGCAAAUCCUUGAAAUUGGCACCAAAAUUAGGGACAGCCAAUCAGAAUCUUAGCUGUAAACAAUCAAGUACAAACAUGUUAAAAAAAAAUGUUUCUUAAUAUAUAUACAACAUGAUAGGCUAUAUAGACAUUGUUUGGUUGUAAAACAUAAAAAAAGGAUAUUUUGUGUAUAUAUUCUUGUAUCUUGUGGUCACGUGACCAGCAUGGGAACCGCAUGAGGUACUGGGAUAUCUAGUACAUUAAUGACGUCGGCGCGCACUAGGCAGCCGCCGACGUCAAAACCAGUAGGUGGAGUGUAAGCGUCGGCUCGCAUAUAGUUGCGGCCAUCGUAGAGAAAAGGAGAUGUCGGCACGCAUGAAGCUGCGGCCGUUGUCAAGGAGAGUGGGCAUGUCUAUUUGUAGAAGACGAUGGCAUGAAGCUGCGGCCGUCGUCAUGGAGAGUGGACUUAGGUGUAUGUGGAUCUCCCUUCCCCUCUCUCCAUCUCUCUCUCCCCUCUCCUCCUCUCGCUCGCGCCCCUUAGCUACACAUUUCCUUAUAUUGUUCAUAUUACUAUCCCAUAUUACUAUCCCUCCUCUAUCAGAUAUAUAGGAUCACUCUGUCAUCCCUAAAUAUGGCACCAUACCCGGCGACACUUUGCAGUGUGCCGGGUACACUCCGAUAUUCUGACAUCACACACGAUAGGCUUUAUAGACCUUGUUUGGUUGUAAAACUUAAAAAACGAAGGUUAUUUUGUGUAUAUAUUAUUGUAUCUUGUGGUCACGUGAGGGUCGUGGGAACCGCCAGGGGUACUGGGAUAUGUAGUACAUUAAUGACGUCGGCGCGCACUAGGCAGCCGCCAACAUCAAAACCAGUAGGCGGAGUGUAAUCGUCGGCUCUCAUAUAGUUGUGUCCCUAAUUUUGGCGCCAGUUUCAAUGAUUUGCACUGUUAUUUAAACCUUUCCUGCCAGGUAUUAGGUCCCUAUUCCAUAUUGAAGAAGCUGUGUUGGCGAAACGUGUUUGUGGAUAUUUUAUAUUAUGUAUUUUUUAUAUAUUAAAGAUUUGGUCACUUUUUACUUGUGCCAAUUAUCUUUUUAUACACUUCAGAUUGUUUUUUACCUGGCAUUUUAUCACCCUAAACUCCAAGUAAUCCUAGGUGGGGAUCAUACCACCAACGCUAUCAUCAAGGAGCAGUUGGCCUGCUUCUCUCUUGUGAGUACCAUUUUUAUUCAGUGAGCACUAUUGGUUGUCUCUUUUUGUUUGAGUGUUGAACAUACCCUUGACGGUUGAACAUACCCUUGACGGUUGAACAUACCCUUGACGGUUGAACAUACCCUUGACGGUUGAACAUACCCUUGACGGUUGAACAUACCCUUGACGGUUGAACAUACCCUUGACGGUUGAACAUACCCUUGACGGUGUUUACCCCAUAUCCCAUUAGCGGGGAUUGGACCGCUGUAUGCCUUUUACACUAGAGCUAGCUAUAGCUCUUGUACAUGUGAGCUUUAUACCAGCUUUUCAUAUUUAUUUUGGUUUAUUACUGGAUGUACUGCACUAUUUGGUUCUCUAUUUGUUUUAUCUCUUGCAUAUGAGUGGAUCCACACGGAUGAGGACAGCGAGGACAUUUUUCCUGACCAAGCACUUUAUAGACUCUGUGAUCCAAAUAAGAGCAUUUUAGAUAAAACUCUUUUAUUUUGACUAUCUUUUAUUAUUGUUUGAUAUAAAGUCUCUCUGGCGCAGCCCUUAUCUCCUAUAUUUCUUUCUAUUAUACGGGAUGGUCUGCUAUUGUGCAAAGGUUGCCUUACAAACCCCAUCUCAGCCUAUUUGUUUUGUACUGUAACUAUUCAUAUGAAAAGGCAAUUUAUAAUCGGUUAACAUGUUAUAUUUAAAAAUGUGUAAACAAAAUUCUGUGUCACCAUGAAACUUUGAUACAUUUCAUUGUAAUGAUAUUCAGUACAAGGUCAAUUAUUUUCUAUUUUAGUGGGAAAGCCGAUACCUCAGUGCUACCCAAGUUCAGUUACGUCUGCACGAACAAUGAUGCUGUUCAACCUUGGAAGCGCCUACUGCUUGCGUAGCGAAUAUGACAAAGCUCGAAAGUGCCUUCAUCAGGUGAAAUUUUCCUACGAUGAUUUCAAUAUUUAGUGCAUGGAUUUGCUGAUUCCAAUUCUGCAGAUAUGUGCCUGUAGUUAAACUGUGUCAACUAUAGCUGCAGUAUUCCACUACCCUGUGUUUUGCUUCUUAAAGUGUCAGCAAUUUGUCUACAUUGAAAGGACAUAGUUUAUUUUUAUUAUUCUGUUUGUUGAGCAACACAAAGGGGUUGAGGUUCAGAUUAUGGCAUGUUAAAGGAACACUCCAAGCACAAUAACCACUUUAGCCUACUGUUGUGGUUAUGGUUCCAGGAGUGCGCUGGAUCCAUCUGUUGUAAGGAGUCAAGCACUAAUGAACUGUAUGAUAAAGUAGCUCAGUUGGUAAAUUCCCUGAUUUAAAAAAAAAAAAAAGAGAGAGAGAAAAAAUAUUGCAAGGCCACAGGUUGACCUGGCAUGGUCAUCCUUCCGAGGUUAAUAAAAUGAGUACCGUCAAUUGGGUAAGAAUAUCUAUUAUUCAGCUGCCGAUACGGUUCAUUCCAAAAGCAUGCUUCAGGUUCUCACUGAACAGUAGUGAAUGCAGGAAGUGGCACCCAGCGGACUGCAGGUAUGAAGUCAAACUGUUCUAAAAUGGUGCCCUGUAGUGGCUAUUGUGCUUGGAGUGUUCCUUUAAUUAUUAGGAGUUUUGAAUCCUAGAUUGUGAUUAUGUAGACCUGAAAAUGAAAAGGUUUGCUUAGAGUAAUAAACAAUGUAAAGCACAGCGUGUUAAAACAUACAUAAAAGCUAAAAUGAGAGAAAGCAGAAGUAGAGUUUUCCUUUUAAUGAUUCAUUAUUGCAGAUAAUGUUGUGAACGACGGAAUGUUUUAAUAGGAUGUCAGAUACGAUUUACACACUUUCUAGUUUGUAACCUGGAUAUAACAGCAGGGCUAAAAUGAUUGAACGUAUCGGAGUAAAAAAACAAAUUCUGCAUAGCACUAAGCCUGCAAGCAUUCAUAAAAUAUCUAGGCCAUUGUCCUCUGCAGACUCAUUAUCUUUUAAAGCAUAGCAACAUCUUAAUACAGCCAAGGAGGACUAAGUAGCAAAGUGGGGAUAUAAUUUACAGACGAUAUCUAAAUCCAUGGGGAGUGAUCGUUGCAAUUAGGGUUGAAAGCAACGCAAGUAAAGUUUCAAGAUGCUCUUCAGUGGCGGAUCAACUUACAAGCCUGCAAUUGGGGAGACGUGUCUGGGAAGUACUUUCAGAUGUUGUAAUAAUGCAUUCUGAUAUUACAAUGUGCUCCUUGAUGUCUUCUUUUCCAUUCCUAAGGCUGCAUCGAUGAUCCAUCCUAAAGAAAUCCCUCCAGAGGCAAUCCUGCUUGCUGUGUACCUAGAACUUCAAAAUGGUAAUUAUUUUUAGAACUGCCAUAUUCUUACUGCAUGUAUGUUGUCAGCUAUGGAAAAGCCCAUCUAAAACCUGGCUUAAAAUUAGUGUUAAAAAAUGGGGUCUACAAAUAGUAUUGCAUACAUUUUAUUUAUAUAUUCUAUCAAUCUAUAUAUAUGAAAUCUAAGUGUAGAUAUAUUGAUGGCACAUCAAGGUAAAAUUAGAGGAUUCAGCAUAAGUCUGCUGUGCACAGCUUGUCAAACUUGGGAUUUGCUGUGUGUGACUUGACAGAUUCCCCUGAUGUUCAGAAAAGUCCAAGACCAAAGUUUCCAACACUAAAAUUCUGUGUAAUUAUAUGUAGUUGAACAAACUCAUGAACCUAUUUGUGUUGCAAUGCAGAAAGUAAAAUAAAUAAAACAACCUACACGCAAGCACCUUAUCAACAAGGUGUGCUUUUGAAAUGUGGAUUGUCAUCUUCACAAAUGGCAUAGACGAAACCCCCUGCUGAAGAAAGUAGUUGGAUGAACUGUUAUUUUUCUUUCUUUUUUUUUUUUUUAUUGCUAUUCGUAUUUUUUUUUUUUAAUAGCUUUUGGUGUUGAUCUCUCAUGUUUUUAUGUUCUGAAAUAAGAUCACAUGAGUUGUGUGCUAGAUGUCUAUGUGGCUGGUAUUACAAUUUAUCAUUGAGUGUCUGUUUAUUUUAUUUUGUUGGUCAUUAUUUAUUAAAGGUAUGCUCUAGGCACCAUAUCCUUUUCAUCUCCUUGAAGUGACUAUGGUUCCUGAAGUCUUCUGGUACCAUCUCAUUGUUUAAACAUUCUAGAUUGAUGUGAUCCUGGGUGGGGUUUCCAAGCCACCUGCAGUCCUGCACCUCUCUGCUACAUCUGCGUUGGAAACACUGUCCGCGUUCAAUCUCUGAGCCUCUCACUGCCGCCUGUUAUUAGUAGGAGUUGGUAUGGAUUAUGUGGAGUGUUACUGCAUUAUCUAUACCCUCCAGGGGGUGAAGGGAAUCCUCAUUCACUGUCAAACUGAAUGAAAAUGGUUUGUCACAGAACAGUGGGAUACCUGGGGGCUCAAUUACAAUUAUUUAUUUAGCGCAAACAUAUUCAGCAGAAUUUCACAACAGGUAGAUAAGACUAACCUUUAAUUUUAACAAAGUAUGUUUGACAUAAGGGAACAGUAGGUUAAAAGAGCUCUGCCUGCAGAAACUAAUUUAAAAUGUCCAGUGAGAUGAAGUGAUUAUGGUGCCAUGACUGUCCCUUUUAGUGAUUUAUACUGCUUUUGGUGGUUUUUGGAUAAUCUUUUAACACACACUCAAAUUAUUAUUUUUGACAUGUAUAUGCUUCCAAUGUAUUUAGCAGCACUGCACAAAAAUGUAGAGGGGGAUUUCACAAUAAAUUAAGCAAACUAUUACAAAUUUUGACAGGAACAUUAGGUUGGUGAGGAACCUGUGACUUAGCAGUACUGCUACAAACCGAAAGAAACAUUCACAUUUUAUUGAAUAGAUUAUGUCCUCAGUACACAUGCGCACAGUUGGUUUUGCAGUCCACAGGAAGGUAAUCUAUAUAUAUUUAUAGAUUAAAUAGAAGGGAGCUAAGAAUUGGUCAUUGGGGGACUCCCCAUGUGACUUUGAGUAGAUGACCUGGCUGGCAUUAAGGCUAAAUAGCAUCUUAUCUGAUAGGUAUGAGUGUAACCAAUUUAGUGUCUGCUUAGAAUCAAACAUAUUGGAUUGUUACCUAGUAACACACCUAAUACAUAUUUUUAAGAUCCAUAGUAAUGUGAAAUAUGCCUCUGACAGGAUGUAUGUAAUGAAUUUUAAGAGGAUUGCGAAUUAAAGUAAAAAGCACUACACGUGUAAGGGUAAUGAGGCACACUUCUAUUUUUGUGUUUAAUUUCCUUUAAAACUCUGAAUAAAUUUGACUGUCAGCAGCUUAAUACAGAUUUAUCCACCCUGCGUACAUGUUUAAUCCUCAUUGAUAAAACGGUAUAGUACUUAACUUCUAAUGUUUGCCUUCCUUUCUAGUUUCUCUUCCAGAGGGGCCUACACCACACUGUGUCAGUGAAAAGAUUAAUUCUUAAAAUAAUAAUUCUAGUCCAUUACUCCAACCAAACGUACUUAAUCCAGUCUGCUUUAUACAUUAGUCAUGUCUGUGUGAAAGGAGUACGCAAGGGUUUACAGCAUAAGGAAUCCAUAUCGCAUACAUUUUUUAUGAAUUGAAUAUCAUUAAAGUGAAUAUCCAGGUUGCUGCAUGGCAUGCUUCCCCUGGGCUUCCUUUGGUGCCACACUAUUCAUUUGGCUUCCUCUGCAAGGUACAUUUACUCAGUAGUUUUUCCAUUCAGCAAAAUCAAUUUCACAAAUGCUCCAUUGUGAACUUUACCCCCGUGACAAAUGGCAUAGCUGUGAGAUCAGGUUUUAUACUAGCAUGAAACAGGCAUUUGGACAUUUUCUUUGCACCCUUGUUUUGUUUUGUUUGUUUUUUACUGAAUUUUAUUGUACGAUUGUACAGAUUAGCACUGAUGAAAAUCGAUUUUAAAUGAACUCAUGUGUCUUUUAACACAAAAGUAUGUGAGAAUCCCACAGUUAUGGUACAUUUUCUGUCAUAUACAUUUUUUCCUAUAGUUAUAUUCCUGUGAUUUAGUUGUCCAAUCUAGCUUUUUACUUAGGGCAUUACUAUACCAUAUAUUAGCUAUUUGCUAUGUGAAAAAAAAGUGCUUCCAGGUAGCCAUUAAAAUGUCCAUGCACUAGUCCUGUUGGCUAUCCACAAUCUAGUGACAGACAUUGUGAAUCUGUAGACUGGAUACUGCUAACUUUGGCAAACCAGUUUCUGCACUAAAUAUCUUGUGAUGUUCAGCCAGUAAUAAUGCACCACUCAAUAUGUAGCGUAUAAGCAGAUAUUCAUCUUGGUAAAAGUGAUAAACCUGACAGAUAAGAGAUCAGACAGUCGGUUUCCUGCCAUUCCAGAUACUGUGGAAUGCAGUGCACGAACAUGCAUAUGCACAUACACACAAACUCCAUCGUACUGAUUGAUUCUUGGUGGAAAGAUUGAGGGAAGGUCACAGUCCCUGGGAACAGCCAUGAGUCUCCGCAUUUGUCCGUAAAGGGACCCUACACUGCCCAAAUAAAAACGAUUAAAAAAGUUUAGAAGAUAUGCCCCCAAGGAAAUCAUGCAUAGGUCGCCUCCACACAGUGCAAGAAGUGCAGAUUUCAAUAGACAUUGACUUUUAUGAAUUUAGCUGGAUACACCCCCCCCCCCCAGCUUUCAAACACACCACCAGUCAUGUUACUUUCUGGUUUGGUUAGCUUCAUGGAGCUUAACUCAAGAGGCCUCAAUUGCUCAGAGGAUCUGCCUUGGGAAGUCUGUGAUUGGACAGCUACAGGAAGUGGAGGGCUUGCAAAUGCAACAAGCGGUUUUAUAUAUACCUCAGUGAAAAAUGCAUAAUUACAUUCAUGCAACUGUUCAUUGGGGGUAUAUCUACUAAACAGUGACUUGUAUUUAUUUUCUAUUUUAGCAGUAGAGUUUCCCUUCAAACCUUACAAUAAAUACUUUGCUGUUUUGCAGAAUUGCAAUGUUUGCAACUUGUUAAAACAUUAGGGGGUGGGGGAGACAUGACACAAAUACUACUUCAUUGAGAUAUGGUAGACAUUUAAAGGCCUGGCUAAUUGCAUAGGAUUUAAAUGUUUGUCGUGUGUGUGUAUAUGUAUGUUUUAUAAUGAAAAAGAAGGUAGAGCAGUGGUGUGAAAAAUGUAGAUCCCCAGAUGUUGUAGAAUUACAACUCCCAUGAUGCUUUGCACAUGUUUAGAAUGACAAAGCAUCAUGGAAGCUGUAGUUUUAAAACUAGACUGUAGUUAGCACGGCUUACUUACCCUGUCCAUUGCAGGUUCUGUCAGUGUAUUCAGUUUACAUUGAAUAGAAUUGCCUUUUAGGAACGCUAUGGCUUGUUCAUGGCUUUCAGUUCUGUGUUAAUAUAAAAACUGAUGCAUUUCUAUUCCUGACUGUGUGACUCAAAGCUGUAAAAAGAAAUAAAAGGCUGUAAAAUAAGUGUAACCCUCACAGGACAUUACGUGUGGAUACCUUGCUGGAUUUAACAUUUUGUUUACAUGGCAUAAUGAUAGUAAACCCUUUUACCCAUACUUAAAGGACCACUCUAGGCACCCAGACCACUUAAGCUUAAUGAAGUGGUCUGGGUGCCAGGUCCCUCUAGGAUUAACACUUUCUUUUAUAAACAUAUGCGUUUCAGAGAAACUGCUAUGUUUAUAAAUGGGUUAAUCCAGCCUCUAAAGCCUCUAGUGGCUGGCUCGUUGAUGGCCGCUAGAUGCGUUUGCGUGCUUCUCACUGUGAAAAUCAGUGAGAAGACGCAAGCGUCCAUAGGAAAGCAUUGUAAAUGCUUUCCUGUGAAACUGGCUGAUUGCGCGCGCAGCUCCUGCUGCGCAUGUGCAUUCAGACGAAGAGAAGGAGAGGAGGAGGAGGAGGAGAGCUCCCUGCCCGGCGCUGGAAAAAAGGUAAAGUUUUAACCCUUUCCUCUCCCCAAAGCCUGGCGGGAGUGGGACUAUAGUGGUCCUUUAAUAUCCUAAGAGUGCAAUUAUUUAUUUACCUAUAACUACUUUUUUAAAAUGUAAUAUUAACUAUAACUUUGAGUGUUAUCUAUUUAAAUGAUGCACUACAGGAAUCUGACUGAGGAAGGGCUAUUUUAUAAUCCGAUUCUUGCAGUAGUUUAUGGAACUUGCAGUUUCUGGGGCUGUGCUUCCAAAUGUACCUUACUUUUAUUAGCAAAGUACAGUAUUUUUUCGUGUAGAAGAUUACCCUUUUUUUUUUUUUUUUUUUUUUAACCCAAAAUUUAAAAAAUACAUAUUUAAACAUAGCACUCAAGUCCAGUUUGGCUGAUCAGGAUCCCCCACCGGUCCUCAGCCUCCUCUCACUCAAGUAGGUCACUCCCACAGGUCUGGACACUGGUUCCCUGGAGCGCCGUCCUGCUGUUGGUGGCAACGAUGCCCUCUGCCUGCAGUACCCAAUGGUGGAUGGCUGGGCAAGGCCUCUUCCUGUGGCGUCUAUCUGUGGUCCGGAGCCAUGAGUUCUUGGCGUGGUCCAGAGUGAUGCUAGGAAGCAUGCGGUUGUGCAAGAUCUCCCAGACCUGCGCACAAAUCAAAUUCAUGGAGAAGCGCCUCCUCUGCUUCAAGCAUGUCAGCAGGUCAGCUGACUGUUCUGUCAGCAAGUAGCCAAGUUUUGUGCCCAAAUUGCGCUAGGUACCGUAAGUAUUUGACUUAAUAAUUAGAUUUUUGAAAGAGCGCCAGCCACAUACGACUUGUACAGGGGAUCUGACAGCCAACCGAGCUAGUGUUGUGUUUUUUUUACCUCUGCAAUGACUAAAACAUUUUAGGAAAAAAAGUCUUCUAAAUGGAAAAAUAUUGUACAUUUAAAAGCACAGCCCCAAAAUAUACAUUUUAAAAACAAAUUCUUUAUACAUUAAUUUAGUAGAUAGUGGCCACAUAUUACUUGCUUAUGUAGUAGAUAAUAUGAUCAACAGUAGGAGUAAAAUACAUACAUGUUAGCGGGAUGAAACAUUCGCAGCAAUGCAUGACACUCUAAAUACGAUGAUGCAUAUUUCCCAGGGUGAUCAGUUCAUCAAAUUAUGGUUUGUACUAUGGUACACUCCGGUGCUAGAACAGGUAAUAAAACAAACCAGCGUGACCGUAUUGAGGAAGCCUCUUGAAUCGUCCAGGCAUCAUUGGACAGUGGAGUGUAUAUAUCAUGUCUGUGCUACAUCACGCUGUAUCAUAGGAGUGCAAUCUGUAACUUUGCUCAGCAUCUCAGUGUACAGUAUCUCCCAAAAGUGAGUACACUCCUCACUUUUUUGUAAAUAUUUUUAUAUCUCUUCAUGUGACAAUACUGAAGAAAUGACACUCUGUUACAAUGUAAAGUACUAAGUGUACAGCCUGUAUAACAGUGUAAAUUUGCUGCCCCCUCAAAAUAACUGCACACACAGCCAUUAAUGUCUAAAUCGUUCUCACUUUUGUGAGAUACUGUAAGUCCAAGCAACUAACUGCAUUCCAGUCAACCAAAAGCACAAAAUGUUGACCUGUUAGACUCUUUCUAGACUAUAACAUCACACAGCAAUGCUAAAGUUCCCUGUAAAAUUAAAGGGCAUUCUAAGCACUGUAACUACUUUAGGUCUUGUACUGGCUAUGGGGCAAAGAGGUUUUGUGUUUUUCUUCUCUCAAACCCCAUGAGUGGUUGGUUUCUCAAACUACGUGAGUGUGCCUACCUGUGUGCAUAACAUUACCAUUUCCAGCUGCCAUUUUCAAUGGAUAAAAUCCCCAACAUAAACAAUAAACAAAGUGCGUCUUUAAAGGGUGCUUAGUGAAAGCAAAAAUACAAUUUAAAAUUCUUUAUUUUUAUAGUGCAUAAGUUUAGUACAGUCGCGCAUGGGGUACCCCGAAGGCAAUCCACCAGUGAAUUAUCAACGUUUAAACAGAGGUACAUGUUUAGUCUAGCACGUUUUUAUAAAAUUAGAGUAUAUAAUGAACAUUAAAGGACCACUAUACUCGUUUUCCUGGCACUAUAGUGCCCUGAGGGUGCCCCCACCCUCAGGGACCCCCUCUGCCGGGCUCUGGGGGAAGGAAGUGGUUAAACUUACCUCUUUCUCCAGCUCUCCGCCUCCUCUCCUCCUCUUCGGCUGAAUGCGCAUGCGCAGCAGGAGCUGCGCGCCCAUUCAGGCAGUCUCAUAGGAAGCAUUCAUAAUUCAUGAUUUUCACAGUGAGAAGCACGCAAGCGCCUCUAGCGGCUGUCAACAGACUGCCACUAGAGGCUGGUUUAACCUAUUUAUAAACAUAGAAGUUUUCUCUGAAACUAUGUUUUAUAAAAAAAAGGGUUAACCCCAGCUGGACCAGGCACCCAGACCACUUCAUUAAGCUGAAGUGGUCUGGGUGCCUAUAGUGGUCCUUUAACGAUUUUUGAUGUUUAGGCAUACACAUAACCUAGCGUGACCUCGCUUCACUUCUAAAGAUGAAAUUAAGAUGAUGUGACAAGAGCUAUUUAAACUUUGAGUAAAGAACCACUGGGGCUUGCUGUGUACAAGAGUAACUUCACUUGAACAUGUUAAUGUAUGGCAGGGGGCCUUAUUCUUCGUGGGGUUGCAACAGGGAUUAGCCGAUCACCAUCUGGGCGUAUAAUUAUUGUAGUGGCUAGGUGUGCUCUAGGCUAAGGUAAAAAAAUUAAUAAAAAGUCAGCGUUAACCCCUUCAGACCUGUGCUAGCCUGGCAAUGUUGUGAUCUAGUCAUAUAGAGCACCACCUGGAGUUGCUGGGCUUGGCUCUCGUGGGAUUGUGCAGAAAAUGUUUCAGCCAAUGCCUAAUGUUGGGAAGUCCCGGUCAGUGCCAAUAUGAGUCCAUGCUUUGGAGCCUCCGGCUGUGAUGUCUCCAUGCCGGGAGUCAGCUCCGGUGGUGCCUUGAGGGGAGUGCAGUCGCUCCGACCUUUGUUUUGUAGCAUCGCCCGUAAGGAUCCGGAUCAUGCUGCUCUGUGUAGUAUUGGUCAGGUCUGGAGGGUUCCCUGAGUGUGCCGUUUGUGGCAUGGUCGCGGGUUUAUGUGAUGGUGAGCAGUGGCGUGUUCUUGCAAGGCCCAGUGCCCCUUCCCAUCUUGAAGACCGCAGGUACCUGCGUUCCCGGUUGGUCGCUUUGGAGGCUCUGGGUGAACGCCUGUACUGGCUGCGUCGUGCUGCUGUUCGGAUCCAUGCGGCCACCAUUAACUCUGGCGGUAGGUAGCGCCUCGGCUGUGCAGCGCCUCUCAGAAUAUGUUGCAUAGCCAGUCGAAGGUCCCUUUUGGCGGUGUGGGUGGCUUAUUGUGUGUUCCCCUCUCGUGGUAUCUGCGCUGGGCAACCAUAUUGGAAGUACCUUGGUGGCCCGUUGCCCCUGCAUACCGUGGGGUGAACUCUUCUGGUUUUUCGUUGAGGUUGGUGCUUCCAGUGUGGACCGGGAUAUCCCCCACCGGUCCUUAGGGGGGGAGGGAGGGGGCGUAAGCUGUAUUAGCGUUGCUUGUGGGUCCUGGUGCCGAGGGGCCUUAUGCUGAUCUCCACUUUCCCAGCUUUGACAGGUCCCGGGGUUGUAACCUUCGAUUCAGCGGUGCACCCCCGACGUGGGUGGUGCACGUUCAAAGGACCUUGGGCCAUAUAGCCUCCGUUUUUCCCCGUUUGUGGCCAGUCUGUCGGGCGCUCGUUGCAGGCACGUCUGCACAGCUCAGUGUCCAGGCUCCGCCCCCCACAAAAAUACAAUUUAAGCAGCUGUGUAACACAUAGUGGUAUCCCAACAUCCACAAAAUCAGAAAUUGGAAAAGAACAAAAACAUAAUGUUUAGGUGAUGAACCCCACCACCUAAACAAAGUGCAGCGCUUUUAGUAGAUUUCUUACUUACCCUUCAAUGUAUAUGGGGUAUGGACAUGUGAGAGAGAACAAAAUCUAUACAAAUAGUGCGAUAUUGUGUGUGUUUGUGUUCCAGAAGUGUGUUAAAAAAAACUCACAUUUAUACAUUUAGGAGUCCUUUCUAUUUUAAUAGAUCAUAUGUAUCAUACUCACAAAGAUGAAUUAUGGGAACUGAAGAACAGAACACCCAUAGGUAGUUUAAAAGGGCUUAGUGGCUCCUCCUCCAUUUUCAAACAGGAACCGGGAAGUUUCAUCUACACCAAUUGAAAAAGCCCGAUCGGCGAAACGGGUCUUGGACAUUUGGAUGAAGGAAGGACUGAAGCUGCUUUUAAUCUGUUUAAUUUAUUGAUUUUAUUAUCUUUAUUUUAUAAAUAAACCCUGGAAUUUGACACUAAGCUAAUAUUUGGGAGCCAGUUAUUAAACCAGCUCCUAAUAAGGUGAGUGAUAAUUCUGUCGUGUAAUGUACAUACUUACCUGAUGAUACAGUCUGCACCCAGAUUGUUGUCUUUGUUUCUACUUAUAUGUACUCACGAGUUGGAGGUGCACUCAGAAUUUAAGAUAACACGAGAAAGGUUGGAGGUGCCACUUCAAAAAGGCCCUGAGGUCUUCAAUGUUUAGAGCCUCUAUCGAUAAAAAUGCUCUAACACUCACUUUUGGAAAAUAUAUAUAUAUAUGUCCAUACCCCAUAUACAUUGAAGGGUAAGUAAGAAAUCUACUAAAAGCGCUGCACUUUUUUGUUUAGGUGGUGGGGUUCAUCACCUAAACAUUACAUUUUUGUUCUUUUCCAAAACUCUCAACAUACCCAUAUCCGUUCUGUACGGCAGUGGUAGAGUACUGGACCAUGCCUAUGGCAUAUUUGCAUCAUAACAAAUAUACUGAACUCUAGUGAUUAUGGUGCCCCUUAAGCAUCUUCCAUUUUGUUAUCUUUAAUUAUUUUUUGAUCCCAAGGAAGGGAAAGGGACAGUGGCGUACCUACCAUGAUCGCAGGGGUUGCAGCUGCGACCGGCCCCUCGCUGCAGGGGGCUCAGCCGUAGCCACAACCCCUGCGACUGGGACGCCUAGAUUCCGCCCCCUCGGUGUUCCCCAUUCCAUAGGGGGGACCCCAAGAGGUGGCGAAUUGGGCCCCCCCUGAACACGCUUCAAAUGAGCCUUCUUAUAGCUCUUAUGUAACUGCAUGUAGGGCCACAAGUAUCUUCAUUCAUGAAAAAUGGUUAAAUAAGCUGCUCAACAAGCUCCAGAAGAGGUGUGGCUUCACAAAUGAAAGUAUUUGCAACUGCUGCAGACAUGUAUGUACCAUAAACUGUUAGGAGUUUAUGGCAUAUGCAUUGCACUGAUUGUUGCACACAGUCCCUUUUUAGGUCUCUGCAAAAACUGCAUCUCUGCCAAACAAGAAACGUUUAAGUUUUAAUUCAAUAUUUUUCAAGUAUUGUCAUCCUUCUAAGUUCUCCAUUCAGUUUAUACAGAAUGUGAAACUAGCUUUGUAUUGUUUGCACUGAGGGAUUAAAAAAGGUCUACUACAAUAGUUUGCUUAAAUAUAACCAUGCCUUUUACGUUUUAAUUAAAAGGGCCCUGAGGAUCAUACAUUGGUUUGCAUGCUAGUUAAUGGGUAAAAAUUGUGUUGGGGGAAAAAAGGAUGGCCUGUAGGAGAAUUAACACACUGUAAACUUUUUCAUUUAAAUAUAAACAUAAAUAUUCAAACAUGUUGUAUAUAGGUUGCAUUAAAAACUAUGGCUAUUAGGGACACUCCAGUGUAUAUUCUACCAUUUAAGUAAGCUAGGUUUUUCUUAAUUGUUUUAAAGGAGAAUUCUUUUGACUUUUUCUAUUGUAGGGAACACCCAGCUAGCCUUGCAGAUCAUCAAAAGGAAUCAGCUUCUGCCAUCCAUCAAAAUGAUGUCGGAUCUUCGAAAGAAGCCAUUAUUUCAACCCAUCCAUCAGCCCAUGCAGCCAAUUCAGAUGCCAGGUUUCACCACUGUUCAAAGAAAAUGAUGUAUGGUUAUCCUGGGACUGACAGAUGAGAAGGCUUAAAAUCUAUCCGUACAUUAAUAAAUGGCAUACUAGACUUUCUGGUCACAUGUAGUAUUUUGUUUUAUUUUUAUCCAUCUUUUUUGGGGGGACUUUGGUUCCCGGAAGUGAAGAGAUUUAAAACCUUGUCACUGAGCCACCUAUUUUUUCCAGAUCUCACCACAUUUUCUUAAACCAGAUUUAAUCUGUAAACGUAAAAAAGCACUGUGCAGGAGUGUGGGGUUUUUUGGGGGUUUGCAAAAAAGGUUUUGGGAGUCUUUGUGCUCCCCCUUUGGCAAAUAUUUUUACACCAUUAAUACAUCAUCAUCAGCAGAUAUGAUUGGAUUUUAUCCAUGCUUUUGUAAAUGCUGUAAUGAAUAAGAGAAAUGAUUGUUUUUAUAUAAAAGUGUGUGGCCUGAGUUAAGGUCAAACUAAGGGAACACGAAUAUUGUGAAAAUAAAUAUUUUCAUGUUCAUUUGUGUACUUCCUGGCAUUUUUAUUUUGGUGUAUACAAUACUGUUUAUAACAUUCUCUGGGCUGUCAAAAAGAAAAGUAAACAGGUUUGUGUUAAAUAUUGAAUUUAUUAACAUAAAUAUUCGUGCAGUUAUUCACUUCGUUUAUUAUAGGGACACCCCUUGUUUAUCCUUUGUUCAUCCUCUGUUCAUCCUUUGGUGUCUCUUACUCCCCACCUUAGGCUGGUUGGUGUGUAUGACUGUAUCACAAAACACCACUGCAGUACAACUCACAGUAGGACUUAUUCAUCAAACCAGACUUAUGAUGCAUUAUGGGAAUUUAUCAUUUUGAGAGACUAGAAACAAAAUGUAACCAUUAUCUACAAACGCUUCACUAGUUUUGCCUAAAAUGCAUAAUUCCCAUGUCCUGCUUCACAAUUUCCAGUUUAGUUUGCCUAGUUACUUCAAGGUGCAGUCAAUGUUACAUAGUCACCUUGUUGAAAGGGAAUGUUGGUUUUAUUUUUGAAUAGCUGCCCAGUUAUAUAAAUGGUUAGCAGCAUACCAUAAAGUUACCUUAAUAUUCUUAGUAAAUCAACCUUCAUUAAUCACAGCCACUUUCCCAAAACAAAGGGUGCUGUAGAUAAAUUCCCCAAAUUGUUCAUUAUGGUGUAUGUUUAACCCCUUAAGGACACAUGACAGAAAUAUUCCGUCAUGAUUCCCUUUUAUUUCUGAAGUUGUCCUUAAGCGGUUAAACAUUGCCUUAAACAUACGUGACAACUUCAGCGAUUUUGAGUUGUUAUGGUGGUAGAAGUAUGUAUGAGUAGUGUUUCGGUUUAAAACACUGCAUAUUCUGAGUAACCUGCACUUUUUUGCUAGGCGGAUAGUUAAACCCCUGGCACACGUGACUUAGGAAGCCUGGAACUAUCCAAUUCUAUGGAUAUUUUACGUCUGGUCGGGGCGCUGGCUACACAUGUGAUCUUCUCCCUUGCUGACCGGGAGUGGAGAUUGUUCUUUCCCUUGCAGACACUCUAACAACCCACUGUGUGCUCUCAUGACUCCCACAGUUGCUCAAAUAGAAAAAAAUCCUCCCUCCCCAGGCUUAGUGUGUGUGCAUGUGCGCGCGCUCUGAGCCUGCAACACGG